CACUUCGUUUACAUUUUAUACACUUAAGGCAAUCAGAGCGCAUUUAAAUAAAAUAAUAAUAAAAAUGUCAUUAUUAUUUUUAGUAAGCUCUGUGUUGUUGUUGUUGUUGUUGUUGUUCUUCUUCUUCUUCUUCUUCUUCUUCUUCUUCUUCUUCUUCUUAUUAUUAUUAUUAUUAUUGUUAUUAUUAUUAUUAUUAUUAUUAUUAUUAUUAUUGUUAUGGGCACAGAUGUAUUUAGUGGUUUUUCUGUCUCUUCAAAUAUCAUUCAGACCUACUCCUUUUGCGUUUGCCACAGAGUGUGUGUAUGUUUAUUUGUGUGUGUAUGUGUGUGUACCUUUGUGUCUUGGUAACAAUUGUCACUUUGUCGCAUUGGUGGUUGUUAACUGCCUUUGUUUUACCGCAACACCAAACCAACUGGUGAUCAAGAAGCGGGGAGUGUCGUCUUUCCCUAACAUUCCCAUGGUCCGUGAACGCAGCAUGAAACAGCUCCAUUGCCAGUAGAAGGAGCUCUUCGGUCUUACCUAAGCUACAAGCCAAACAUACACAAACAUGGCGAUAUCACAAGCAGGCAAGAUGCAGUCCUCUCUCCGCUCUUCGUUAUAUUUAUUACUUUUUUUGGUCGCUGGAUUAAAUGCGUCGACCCUUCAUCUUCGCCCAGAGCAGCGUUUCAUGCUCCCUCAAAACAGAGGAUUUUUCACGAUAGAAGCAAAUGAGGAUUUACCGCGGAGAGAUGGAGGACGCGCCGCGGCUCCUGCACAGCCUCUGGCCGCUCGAAGCAUUGCUGAAGGCGCGUCGGAGUCCGGCGCCCUCCCGUUGCAGAGAAGCCGCCGGAGCGCCGGGGAAUCGGCCAUGCCAAAGGUGUAUGGACAGGUAAUAUUGUGCACCUCCACGACAGCGCUCUCCUAAACCCUAAUCUCUGCGCAUCACCUCAGUGUGCCCUUAGCUGGUACGAAUAUCUCGAAGAAAAAUUACGCAAGCCUCUGUGUUGUUUGUAAGUCACUCAUUGCUCGCACCUUAAAGUGAGGAGGAUUGGGAACUUUGCAGAGAAAAUAACUGAAAUUAUUGACCUGUUUAACCUCAAAGCAGCACACCCAGCUCACCGAAUACAGAGUGGGUCAGCCGGUUCACAUUAUUUAUUUCGAUGCAAUAUGUAAGUCGUUACUGCCCACUGAAUAUGCGGGGUUUCUGUGUUAAACCUGGUCAGCCUGGAGGUCGGCUGAUGGCAACCUGUGCAUGGCAUCUCUCGUACACGAAUGGCAAAAAUCUUGGGAUUUAAAAGCUCUUACGUAGAUGUUAUUUGCCCAGAAGUUACCAGAAACCCCCGAGGACUCUGGAGAGUCUUUGAGGUCUUAUUCAUCCUGCUGUGCCCUGUCCAAUACUAACAAGAAAACCGCAUUACAUGAUUGCUAAAUGGUGGUUUUCAAUGGGAGAGAAUGAGGAUAGAAGGGGGAGCUGGGGUUAGAGGUGAGAAACAAAUGGCUCCAGCUGUUGUUUCCAUUUCACCUCUGUCACAAGAAGACAGGGGUGACUGAGAAAAACAACUGAUAAGUUUAAAUGAAGUACCAAUUUCAAAGACAUUACACAUGGAGGACAGACUGUUAAAGCAAACUUUGAGACAGUUUUGUGGAUCUAAUCGGCCUCAUCUCGUGGAUACAUAAGGUGGAAAUUAAACAGGAUAGUUGCUUUUACCAGAUCAAGACUGUAGCUGACUUGGGUGCAUCAGGUUAGAGUUAAGCUUAGUGAGAAGUACCUCCUGAGAGAAAAUAGCCAAGAAUACAGAGAUGAAAGCAGUUGAGUGAAUUUUGGAGAUGAAAUGCACAGAGACUUGUCUUAUGGAUUUUUUUUUAUUAUUGAUGUUGCACCAGUAUGAGCUUUCAAAUGGCUUCUGUUUUGACAAAUAUGAAGUAAAUUACACAUGGUCAGCUGAUGCAGGGCACUUUCUACAAUACAUUUUUAAGAUAGAGAUAAUAUGAUUCAGGGAUUUUAAUUAUAGGAUGUUCAUCUAGUGAUGGUGGUGUUGAUAUCAUUAGGGCUUUUUAAACUAAUACAGAUCAUGACAUACUAAUGCACCGAUAUAUUUAAUCCCUCACUGCUGCACCUACACUAAACAUUUUCAUGACUUUAUUUAGUUGUUUUCUUACGUUGAAAUCCACAUUAGCUCAACAUUGUCAUGAAAGGAGCCCAAGAAGACUUAAUAAUGCCUCCCUGUAUAGAAAAUAUCCAACAGGAGAGAAUUUCAGCAGCUUCUUUCUUGAACCAUCAAACCAAACCAACAGCCUGAUAACAAUUGAACAAUGGUGAGAUGGUUUAUUUUUUGUCAUUCGCCGAAAACACUAGUCUGUCAACUAAACAGGAUCAAAUACUGCUCCCUUUUAUUUAAAUUUGAGCUGCUAACGUAAUGCUAUGUUGCCUCCUCUGCCUUGCCAUUGUCUUUUAUUUUGUUAUCCAUGGUGUGGAAAUCAAAAUACUUUAGAAGAUGCUUCUCAGGUGUCAGAAUUGCUGGUGAAACAUUAUCAUGUCGUACAAAUACAAUUCUUCCUUAAGUCUGCAGUCUCCCCAUGCCGUUGAACUUGCCCAGUCUCUCAGCAUUGCAGGUUGGGAAAGCAUAAUAGGGCAACUAAACCCUCACCACCACUCAACACCAUGAUGGAAGAAGUAAUGAAGCAUCUUACAACAAACUGCAGCAGAGUCAAUGAAACAUGAUCACUUCAAGAAAACUUUUUCUCCAUUAAGUUGAGAUAGACAGUAAAAGACAGGACGGCACAGUCAUAGUGAAACUUUCUAAAAUAGUUUGGGAAGUUGUUUGGAGAUGACGCCCAACAGCACUUAUCUGGAACUGUAAAGAGGAAACGAGCUGUUGAAAUGCUGGAUGAUGGCCGAGGUUAUUUACAGAUUGCCUGAAAACUUUUGGACAUUGGUGAUUUAUUGAUUGAGGCACAGAGCAAUAUGUUCCUUUUUUGACAUUUAGUGGUCAUAAUAAAUACUGUAAUUCCGGAAAGCUUGUUCCAAAAGCAACCUGAUAAUGACAGACACCUUAGUUACCAAAUUGCUUUUCAUUUUGAAUGUGGUCACUUAACAUGCCUUUAACUCAUGUUUAUGUCACUCUGUUUUAGACUUCAAUGUUAAACUCUUUAAGACAACGAAGAAAAACACUAAAAAAAUUAAAGAUACAUUUUAGAAAUCAGCAUUUUUCUAACGCUAUAUGGUUCAUGAAGGGUAACAGGAGGGGCUGAGAGCUGAGCUGCUGCUAAUGAGGAUUCUUUUUAUCUCAGAGGUCACCCAAAGGGAGAUGAAUUAUCAGGGGGGUUUCCUCCUCCCCUCCAAAACAAAAUGACACAGAUUUUAAAAUCACAAGAGAAAACAGUCUUUUUUAGUAAGAUGGUGUUUCCAUGGCACUCGAUUGCUCAUUUGCUUAAGUUUGAGGCCAUGGCAUAACGUCAGCGGCCUUCAGACGUAUUCUGCUUGUCAUCCAGACUUUAUCAUUUUUCUAAAAAGGGGAACGAAAAAAAGGUUUUUCCAUGACUCUUUUUGGUGGGCAGAUUGCCAGGGGGCUGCAAGCUGACCUGCCUUACAAACUUCAGCACUAGUUUUUGAUUAUGCUACAAUUUACCGUUGACAGCAUUUCUUCAAUGAGAUGGCUUAACUGUACACAGCUCAUUUUUACCCCAAAUCGAAUUAACCUUGUAUAGCUAAAUAAGAUUGUUUACAUUUUUAGACCUGGGGGGCUGCAAGCUGAGCUGCUGGCAAUGUCAGAAUAGUUUGUUUCAGUCUUUACUUCCAUUCUUCUGAUGACUCAGCUGCUUUAGUUCAUCUUUUUUUCAGAUGAAGUGAUACUGAAAUAAAUUAAACAGUAAUGAGUCACCACUCUGAAUGUUUUGCUGUAUUUUACACUCACUUAAGCUGAUUCCUGUUUUUAGAUUGGUCUUCAGUUCAACCUAAAUUUAGCUUUAAAUGUCCUGAAUUUUUUAUUCUUAUCAGUCCUAAUUUUACGAUCCUCUUUCCAGACAUUUAAUUGCAGAUUCAUCCCCAGUCGUUGCAGACUUAAAAGCCAGAUAAAAAAGGGAAAACAGUCGAGAUAACCUCCAUGCAAAUGCAGACAGACUCCUUGAGAAAUGGCCAAAGAAAACAAAUAAGUAAAAGGGGAACUUUAUUGCAGCAUGUGUUGGUGUCUGCGGUUGACAAUCCCACAGUGAGUUUUGUAGACAAGAAGAAGUUACCAAAGAGAGGAGGUGUUGCUCUUCAUCAUUUGUUGUCAGCCUGCUGUCCCACGCUGUCCUGGGCUGUUCUGUCCGCUGACACCCACAGUCCAAACACAGCAGACAGGACAAACAGACUCCAGAGAGUCACAUCAGGAUCAGGUUUCGUGGCUUGUACAGAGGACAAGCGGUGGAGGUUGUUAUUAAGUGCUUAGCUUGCCGAGUGUCUAUUCCUCAGAUUGUUGCCUUGUAGUGGGAUGGCUGGCCUUGUUAAGAAGCAGAGCAGGUGCUGUAAUUGGAGAUAAUGGCUUGGUCUUAUUGGGGUACAGUUUGCAUACUUAAUCAUGCACCCAUUGACCAAGGCUGUGGUUAACCAGUCCAGUGUGAGAUUAAUGGUACCUCGAAUGAGACCAGAAUACAGGAUGAUUUAAACCAGCUUUGGGAGGUUUUUAGCUGUCCUAGUUGCAUUAUGUUUGAUUGAUUGGAGUGAUCUGUAUCUUCACUUUGGAGGAAUGCGUGUAAGUGUCUCUCUGAGCCUGAUUCAGCUUUUUGUUGUCCUGAUCUAUUGGUGUAUUGGGUGAAGUUUUAUGUUGGGAGGCUUGAAGUGUUUUUUGUUUUUUUUUUGUGUCACAAUGCACCACCAGGACUGCAGGCUAGCUGCUUUAGCACCCGGUUGUUGCCAUGCAGCUGUAUUAGGUACUAAAUGUAGUUUAGGUUCUUCUUGCUUCAUUAUGUUAAAUCCGUCUGGAUAACAGCACAUGUCACUCUAGCUUUGACCUCAUUUGUGGAUACAGCAGCAAACCGUGUUCAUAGACAGUGUUUUUUUAGGGUGUUAUUUUGACCCCAUGUGGUGAGUUCCACUGCAGAGUCAUGUCUGUUUAAAUGCACCGGGGUCUGAAGAUCAAAGCCAUGUAUUACUCAUCAUCAGCGUUUCACUUUCAGUACAGAGAUUUCUCCAGAUUCUCUGAAUCUUUCAACAAUAUUAUGUACUGUGGGUAAUGACUUUCCCUCUCACAGUGUGGCAAAUCUCUUCCCAUCAUUAUGUCUGAGAGAUCUGGCCUCUCUGAGGAGUCUUUUUCAUGCUCUGUCACGUUGCUCACCUCCUGUAAAUCAGUGUACUUAGUUUGGAGAUGGUCCUCCAGUUGUUCGUUGUAGCAUUUUCAGUGUUUUUGUGUCUAUGUUGUUAGAAUGAAACCUGAAUUGAGCAUAUAUUUCAUGUAAAAGUAAAAUGAUAAUUUUCAACAUUUGAUGUGUCAUCUUUGCUUUGUUUUCAGUUAGGAUUCAAAUGAUUCGUUGUGAACUGUCUAUUCUGUUUUUAUUAACAUUUUGCAUCCUUUUCUCUUUUGGAGCUGAGGUUACAUUUGAAUACUUGGGUGACUACUUGGGCACCAGCUGCUGGAUUAAAAGUGUUUCAAGUUUGCAGGAUUAACAAUCUACAUGUGAACCUUUGACCGGUAGCUACAAAUUAGUCUGGAAGUGAAAUUCCUGCAGACAACACGAAUGGGCUUGAGGUUCUGUGGUGGCGCUGCUGAGGCUGUCUGAGCUGUAAUUGAUGUACCUUCUGAGGCUCUGUGGUCGUAUUCUGUGAUAGACCUUCUGAUUUCACUGCCCAGUUUCUCAUCUGUGGAUACAUUUGUGCAGGGGUUUCCUCCUGAUUUUAUUCCCUGCAGCCCCUUCCAGGCUGGUUUCAGUCUUAAUGCAACAGAGGCCUAAAUCAAGAACUUCUGUGCCCACCCUUGACUCAAGAGUGUUUGUUCAUAAUGAUGUGGUAUGCACAAAUCUUUGAGGUCAGGUCUGUCUGUUAAAAAUGACACACCACUUUUACAAUAUUCACAAAUGUCAUUUUGGCUGCAAAUGUAUACUUGCGCCUACAGAAAAGAAAAGCCACUCAGUUCCUGGUAUUAAGGCUGAGAUCUUUUUCUGUGAAGCCCUGAUGUCAUAAUCCCUGAUCAACACACACCUCUGAGCAGGAGAGGCAGCUGUCACUCUACAAAUGAAAGUUUGUUUCUUUUCUCUGCACAUCUUUGCAUAGAUAAAACUGCAAAUUCAGACUUUAGUGCUCUUCAUGUUUGCUGCAGCAUGACUGCAUCUGCAGGUGAUGGCUGUGUAAAACAAAGAGAACAAUCGCACCUUAUUCAUUUGAGCUAAAAGAACCAAGUUAUUUUAGGUGAGCUGCAGCUGAGGGUUAAGUCUUUCUUUCUGACUUUCACCUGAAUUUUUCCUGCCAGCUAUGAAGUGAAAUGUCUGAAGAUUUCAAGAUGAGCCAGUGCAACAGGAAAAAUCAUGAAACUUCACUGCGAAUGAGUGAUAAUGUUUACAUUACGGCUGUGAAGUCCUAGUCCACUGGUCGACUUAUUGGUCGAUUCGUGCUGAGUUGAUCAAAAUUCUAAUUGGUUGACUCGAUUUUUUUCCAAUUUUUUUUUCAAUUUACAGUUUAUGGUUAAUUUCACCAGGAGAAUGUACAAGUGUUUUCAGAACACCCCCUUCUUUUAACUAUUUUGGCUUCUUCCAACCCACUGGAGACCGGCUGGAGACAGGAAGAUUGAAGAGUGCCACGUUAAUCAACGUCCGGUGGUUGGCUGAAUAUUAAACUUUAUUUUGAGUGUUUCAACUUUUGUUGUGUUUAAUGGCCUUCUUGUGCUGAUAUCAGUAUAUUUUCACCCCGCCGAGCCACGCCUUGCCAUGCCGGGUCAUCCCCGCUGUGGUAGGGUUUGCCUUCAGAGAAUCCCCACACACAAACGAGUUGAUUUUGGUCGAACAUUUCAGGGUUUUAGCCGACCAAGAGUUUCUUUUGUUGAUUACAGCCUGAAUUUACAUGCUGCUGUUGAAUGACUACUGCUCUUGUUCUGCACACAAUGGAGCUGUAUCAGACUCCUUUCUGGUCACCACUCAUUCUUUCAUACCUCAUACUAAUAAAUAGACAAAAACUUUUUGUCAUGGUGUUGGACUCGCUUCAGUCACCAUCCAGGAUUUCUUGUAAACAUUACACAAUGAUCCCUGCAGCAUCCAUUAACUCCCCUGUCCUCUUCCUGACACUUCAGGCCAUGAUGAAUGAGUGAGGAUAGGCAACUCUGAGGAAUUUCAGGGAGAGAUUGUCCUGUAAUUUUCCAGAGAAUACAGGAGUGCAUGUGUUAAAAGGGCUCCCAUCAGCCAGAGUUGGAGCAGCAUCAGGCUGCACUCUCUAACCACCAGGCGCAGUCCUAAUGACACUCCCACACACUUUCAGAAAACACACACUCUCCAUGCAUCUCCACUCUUACUGCUUUCGUGCAGAGUCUGAUUUCUUGGGCCCUCUUAAAAUUCAUCACUGACUCUCACUCUUAACAGCCGAGUGAACAUGUGUGUGUCUGCGAGUGUGUUUGUGUGUGUUCUGUAACGCGGCACUUAGCUCCAGCAUGAAAACACGGCCCUUGGUUUUUGUCUGGUCGAGUUUGUGCAGCUGCUGUGGAGACGUUUCGAGCGGGGUUGUCUUGUUGUGGAACAACUCAAGCCCACUUUUCAUUCAGCCUGAGAGAAAAUGAAUAUGCCAUUAAUCUUUUUCACAUGAGAGCCUCAAUUCUAGACAUUAAAACCUUUGCAUCCUAACCUUGUAAACAGUUUAAUCAACCCAGAAGCAUCAGCCACUUGCUCUUCUUCAUCACCACCUUUAUUCUGUCAGCACCUUGCUUUCUGUCAGUGUGGUCUAACCUUAAGAGAACCCUGAAGGGGGAUGUCUGCUGUCACAUUUCCAAUACAGUGGCUUCAUUGUGUUUCGUCUCCGUAGCCAGAAGUACGCUAAGAGCACAGGCCAACUCACACAUGCAAAGUGUAGAAGGCCUGCCAGUCCUGCAGAGAUGAUGUCAUUGUUUGAGACCGGGCCCUGCCGCCGAUGCUCUCCUGACUACGAUACUGCCCCCACCCAGCCCCCCCUUACAGCUGAAUAAUGGAGAACUCAGAGCUGAGGAGAGGGGAGGGCGAAGUAGGAGAGAGUAGGCUAAAUGCCCGGGUGUAGUGUUGCUCUGUUUCACUCCUUGGUAGUACCAGACACAGAGCCAAACUCCUCCACGCUACCAACAGGACAUGAAAGUGCCAAGAGGGAGGGAGAGGAAUGCUGCAGAUAGCAAAAAAAAAGAGGUGUAUCUUCUACGAUCAAUCCUCUCAGGUCAAAUCAUGGAGGAUUUUUGCUUGACUGUAAUGUAAGACUGGGCAUGGUGGCAAAAAUACAUGAUAAUAAAAACCUGAAAACUUUGUCAACAACAAUGGUGGAGGUCUGUACAGAGGAAUAACUCCUGUAGUUCUGUGGGGCAUAAUUCCCAUGUGUAGAGCUGCAAAAAAUGUCACAACACCAUUUCUGUCAGAUUUCUCUUUCUUCUUCUUCUUUUUUUUUUUUUUUACAUCGAAUCAAAUUAAAUAUGAGUAAUUAUGAAGCAUUAUUAAACCGACUUUAACUGAAACUGCCAAUGAAAGGAGAAGUGCCUCCUGGACAACUUUCAUAACCUGUCAGCACUUAACGUUGGCGAGUAGAGAAAAUGCUUUAAACUGAGGUCAUGGGCGCUUCCAGCUUAAAAAAAUGUCAGUGGUUACAACCCCUUUAGCAGUUUCACACAGAAAAGCAGUGACUAAUACUAUGUGAGGGGGCUGCACUUGUGCUUAGGUGAGGCCACUUUCAGUCCUCAGCAUUCACAAGGCUUUUAAUUUUACCACUGUGAUCUAUGAAUGAAGCUGCUUUGAUUCAGAGACGAGUGUCUUUGCUCAUCUCUCAGAAUGCCAGUAAGGGGGCUGGUAGCUGAGCUGCUGCAGAAUCCGUAAACUUGAUGUCACGGUGCCUUGUUUUCGUUACUGCUUUCCUUGUCUGUUCUGGAUGGUUAGGGGAUUUCCUGUUGGGAUUCUCUCCCAUUUGUUGUUUCAGUUUAUUUUUCUGCAGCUCAAUCUGAUUUGCUGUGUGAAGAAGACGCUUACACUGUUGUGAACAUCAUGUCCAAAAACAACCGAUAAAACAGGCUAUUUCUUCUCUGUGUGAUCGACUAUGAAAAGGAUCUUUAAUAGAAAGUUCCAAAGUUUCCAAACUUUAUCAUCAUCAGUACAACCUGCUUUCAUUAUCAUUUUAUGACUCUGCUCUGUUUUGCUGUAAAGGGGAAUUGAAUAAUUCCUGCCUGCUUUUAAUAUUCAUCUUUAUGAAACCUGCUUCCAAGAGGUAAUUUCUCCCUCUCUCUGCUGGAAGCUAUCUUUUUUGGUUGGAUAAAAAUAUUUUAGGACUUGGAGAUGCUGAGACUUGAAAUGAGCUGCUCCUCCAGAGGGAUGAUGAGAAAUAGCACAGACUGUUCAUGUGCCCGUUCUCACUCAGGGAAAGAGUUUCUAGCAUUUUCUAAUAGAUGAGAACAGGAGCUUUGUCUGGAGUUUAUUUAAUUGUGUUCAGGUUUCACUUUGCUAAUCCUCUACAAAGAUCUGUCUGGCUUGCACUCGUCUGCACUGGAUGACUAAUGCUGUGUCACAUCCAGGCCUGGUCAUGCUUUUUACGAACACUCUCCCAUGGCAUUUAAUCUUCUCUGUUAAUAUUAAACACUGCUACUGAAAAUGUCUGUCCAAUGGCGCUGGUUUCAUCCCAAAUAAUCAAUAUACAUUGAUGAGGCUUUUAAGCGGUUGUCAGACAGCCAGCAGGAAUCCUUUAGCCAAAAAGGACUGAAGGCUUUUUAUUUGGAUCCAGGCGCUGAUGAGGAAUGCAGCCAGUUUUUUUUUUUUAACUCGCAUGUUUUGGCUUGUUGGUAAAAGAAAAGGCCUCGUCGCCUGCCUGUGGGACGUGACACAAAGGGGUGUGUAAAACGACAACACAUAAUGCCAUUUGACGGCUUUGAAAACUGGAUCAUGGCACCAAAAUUCAGUCUUUCAGGCUGUAUUCUGAAAUGCUAAAUAUUAGACAAGAAAGAUGCACCAUAAGAAAAAUAAAUUAAUAACUGUGCCAGCAGUAGACACUUGUGUUCUGUGUGUCUGUGUUACUUAAUAUUUUCAGUGAAAUCAGGUGUCUUUAAAAAAGGAAAUCCAUGUCUGGUAGAAAGGACAAAACAAAUGAAACUUUUCGAAGGUCAACCUCAGUACUGCACAUUUUUUAGAUACACUCGCAAUUUUAUUGGAUUUUAUUUUUAUAUAUUUGUUUUAUAAUAUUGUGUUUGUUUGUUUGUUUGCACUUUGGUCAGCUGAGGUUGUUUUUAAAUGUGUUUUAGAAAUACACUUUAACUUGACAAUAAGAUAUGAGUCAAUACAAAAGAGUACAAGACAUGAUGAUUCCAAACAAUACAAUGAGAUGGGAACUGAAAAGAUGUAAAUGAUAUUAAUAUAUCUAUUCUGUUUAUCAGUCCAGUUCUCUUUGGACUCUUUUAUUAAUUCCUGUAGUUUUUCAGAGUUGAAUAAGUCGGCUAAUACAAAUUUUCUGGGACAUCUAAACAAAUUAGGAGUUUUAUUACUGUCGUUGAGCCUGGGAGGUUUGGCCUCAGCUGAUCGCAGAUACGACUGAUUGGUCAACAGGACACAACAGAGAUAAUUUCAGUCCCUGCAAAUUCACUGAUUCUCUCUGGUAGUUGGAGAAAUGCACAGAGUUUAUCACAGAAGGGGUACAGGUCUAACAAAGCAAGUGGAUUUUAAAGAAGACAGUUUGUCACCCUGCUCUAUUUUUACAGCCGAUAGUGUGAACUGUACAAAAGUAUGUCGUAUUCAACAGCGGUUGACUGCUCCUCUUUUCUGUCUGCCAUGAUGGCUUCCUUGACUCUAAAGUUGUGAAAUUACAAGAGCCACUGCAAGGAGUCAUGGAGUAAUAACACUUACAGUCACACUGAACCCUAACCCUCUGAACAGCUGUCCCAACUCUACCUCUAGAGCUGGUUAGUUUGAAAGUAUUCAUACUGGGUGAGCAGGUUGGGGUAAUAUUGUCAGGAUGACAAUAUAAAGCUCUAAUGAUAUUUCUGUCCCAGCUCUCAGACAUGUAAAGUAACAACAGGAACCCCUCUGUUGCAGAACAAGCACUCCGAGUGUUUCUGUGUUCUGCAGCCUGUCCCUAUGUUUACAGACAACAGUCAGCAAAGACGAGUUUGUUUGGCUUUUCUGUCUACGGCGCUGUGGCUCAACUGUUAAAGGGAAUAGAGACAGUGUAGAGUUUUGGGGAUUUUCUGGGAAUGUCUCCAAAACAUUUCAUUUCAUUAAAGUGAUCUUCUGCUCUGAUACGGUUUUGAUCUUUGAUGAGAUGCAUUAACUUGUUUGAUGAUAAAUGCAGCAGGGCUUGAAAACAAAACGUCAUUAUUACAGAUUUAAACUCCUGGGAUGAAGCUUUGACUACAGAGACAAAAACGCAGCGUUGGACUUGGCUGCAGGGCGACUUUUCCAUGCUUUCAAAAACUCUUUACAGCCUUUCUUCCACUUGUGUUUCAGGCAGUUUUAAUGAGUGUUUCAAUGACUUUUAGUUGUUUGUAUUUCAUUGGGUGUUUGAGCAGGAUGAGGUGGUGUAGAUAUAAAUCUCCCCUUCCUCGCCACAGAGGAGAGCCUAUUAAAAUGGCGAUAAACUCGCUGUUCCAGUCUGCUGCCUCUCAAGGUCUGACUGAGGAGCAAGCCGUCAGAAAGAGAGAGAAAUCCUUCUAUCUGCACUUUCAGACCCAUUCACCGUGUUUACCGAGCCCUGUCUGCCUGCUCAGGUAUGAAGGGUUCACACAAAGUAGCUGCCACAGAGUGCAUGAAACAUGUUUGUGCGAGACAGAAAGGCACAGACAGUGGCAGCACAGUCGCCUUUGUGUCUGUCUGAGAUGCUCCUGACUCUUGCCCUUCCCCUCUUCCUCCCUGAGUGACCACAAAGCUGUCACAGAGAUUGAUGGACGGGAACAGACAGGGAUUACACCUCUGAAACCCGGCCGCCAUGUUGCUUUGCAGCAUGAAAAGGGGACAGAAAGGACUGAACUGAAACAGAGCAGCACAGGGAAUAUGCUAAAUAGAAGCUAUAGCAUGAAAUCUUGUUAGCCUGAAGGUGUGCAUUAUUCUCAGAUGAGCGUUCGGCUCUGACACAGCAGCUGUCCUGAAUUAAUUCUUGGGUGGGAGGUGUCUGUUCAGCUGUUACUAGGCUGCAGCCUCCCUGUGUUAUGAUGGUAACGUCAUGUUGACAAGGUUGACAAAGGUAGUGUUUCUGUUUGCAGAGCAAGUGUCUUAGUGCUUCAUUACCAAAGAGAUCAUUGACAUGAACUAAAACCAGCUUUACUUGGAGAUAAUAGUUGGUAGUUCAGGUCACAGUGGGAAUAUGCAACGUUGAUAAAAACAAAGACAGUGUUUAAAGUUUUAUAAAACUCAUGGAUUUUAUGUUAUUAAUCUUCUUCAGAUGACUUUGCCUUCAAGAGCGAGAUCAACUGAAGAGAGAUGGGAAAGAGAGAUGGAUGCAAGACCAAAACCCAGAGAAGACUUAAACACCCACAUGUGUGGGCGGGGCCACAGCCUGUCUUCUCCUUAUGUCUUAUCCUCUGGUGUACAUAAACUACACAUUUAAAAUACAAAAUCCCUCCAAAAUAUGUCUGUGAUUUAUCAGUAAAGGCCAUCUAGAGCAGAUUUUUUAUAGAGCUUUCGAGGAGUUUCUUUUUGAAAAAGACUGAAAUUCAAAUUAAUGCCUUGCUAUGAUUUACAAAAGCAAACAAGACCAUCAGCAACAAGACUGUCAAUUUUUUUAUUGUAAUUUGUAUUGCCUGACACUGGUGUGGGAGGAUAAGUGUCAGCCAAGUAGCUGCAGAAACAGCCCCUUUGUUACACUUUCCACAUGAAAUAGUAACAGCAAAUGUUAAAUCUGAACUUCCCUCUACACUUCCAGUAAGCCUGACUGCACUUUUGUCUUGUCCCACUUUGACCUCACAGUAAACUAGUCCUACUGGUAUAACCAUAAGAUGCCAUGCAGUCAGCUGGAAAAAAAAAACAAAAAAACAGUUGUAUUGAGAUCUUAUGUGUCAUGUCAGCUUUGACUGCUUGUCACAUUGGUGACUUCUUUAAAACACAAGGAGUUGAAUCUCAGUUUGUUUGUCUGCACUGGAAAAAUAUAUGUAAAUACAUGUCGGUCUUUUGCUGCAGCUCUGACGGAUGAGCUGCAAAAACUGUGUUUGCCCCCAUUUCAUGGUGUUAUGAAUAGAACUGCAGGAGCUGUAGUACAAAAACAAACUUUCUUUACUUCCAAAUCAACCAGGGAAAACACAUUUGGUUGUUUGGAGGAGGCUGCACAAACGGACACUGUUACAUUGUUGAGUAUUCAUGGCAAAGUGACUCCUCUAAUGAGCAGCGAGACAGAGGGUUCUGCCGUGUUUUUCAAACCUUUUGUUUUGCCUGUGCUCUGCAAACGGUGUUCACUGUUGAGCUCUUCCUCCUCCAGAGACAGACGAGUUUACAACCUGAGGUAAACAGUGAAGCUGUAAAUGUAAAUCGUCAGUAAUGAGGUCUUUCCAUCAUGUACCGUAUGUCUCGGGUUUGAAGUUGACCACAUAAUGCUGAGAAGUGGUACUUCUGUAGGUUUACUGUGCAGAUACCACGUCAUCUGUCGCAUGAACAUGCGUGUGAACCUCUGUGACCUGGCACCAUGGCUUCAGUGAGCCAGACCACAAAGUCUGUUCUCAGAGAAGCACUUAAACCAAAGAUAAUGUGUUGCACACAAUGAUAACUUGGCACUUUUACGGCUGUAGACUAUAGCGGUGUAAUUCCCGGACUCUACAGCCUCUCUGUUGGGUUGGCCUCAAACUGAUGUCAGGGGACAAUGCUAGAGGAUGAGUCCACUCAGCAGCUCUGUCAGAGACAUGCCUACUGGGAAAUGGAAAGUCUGUGUCACCGCUCAUCGCUUUGUUGACACAGCUGAUUAGCAACCAAAAGCAGCACAAGCUCUAAUGUGAUUGUUUUAUGUGCAAUUAAUAUAAAUUGGGCUGCAACGAUUAGUCGACAUUGUUGACAAAAAUCGACAAUGGAAAAAAGUCAACGAUGAAUUCCAUUGUCGACUGUUAUCGCCAGACAUGUUUUUUUCCAGUGGUGGGGUAUUCAAACAUUGUGGUGCCGGCGUCCCAUACAGCAGCUAUGAGUACGCACUUAAAACCUCUAAAGUAAGGUGAAAAUGUUAAAUUUAAGAAAAAAAUCAUAAUUAUCCGAUUAGUCGACUAAUUGUUUCAAUAGUCAGUGAGUAGUCGACUAUUAAAAUAGUCAUUAGUUGCAGCCCUAAAUAUAAAGAAUCUGCUCCAGCUAGCUCGCUGGCAGUCUGCUACGUCUCCUUCUUCAUCUGUGAGUGUGGCUACCAGUGUAAAAGGACCACCACCUUUAUUCUGUCAUGGUACUCCUGUAUGCUUAUUUUACUGUGAUAUCAUAAUUAAAAUCUUUGUUAAAAAGGCAGUGAUGGUCAGUGCUGGAAUAAAGCAACAGAUAUAUGUGAUAUAGCGCUAAAAUACCAUUUUAAGGCCAUUGUGCUUUGGUCAGGGUUUUAUCUUCUUCAGGUAGUUCUGUCUUCAGAGACAAAGCCUCUUGAGUGAUCUUAGUUUUAAGUCACAGCUAGCCUUGUUGUUGCUCUUGCAUUACUCUGUGUAAAGUUAUAUUAAUGCAUUACAGCAGAGAGAUAGACGAUUUACCUGUGGAGAUUCAAAUCUCUGACUUUUAGUAGCCUGCCCUAAAGGAGGCCAACUUUUAAUGGCUGUGCUGCCUUUCAUUUCGAGCCACUACCUGCAAACAGAGCUGUAAUCAUCCACAGACAGACCCCCACAGCUUCUACUCUAAUGCUGCAAUCUGCUGCAACCUGGCAAAUAGUUUUUAUCACAGUCAUCACCCUUCCCUAGUUUUAGCUGCAGAGCCGCUGGCAAACUUUUUGGCCCGCUCACACCGCGAGCCAAUGAGGCCUAAAAUGCAGAGAUUUACUGCCGCAACACCUCGGCUGGCGGGGGAGAGACAGCCCUGACUUUUACUGAGGUGGCCCUGAGGGAGGAGGACUGAGGAAGAUGGAGAGGAGGAGGAGGCUGAUGACUAAAGCAAGAAAUGGAAAAACAAGUUGUGUAUCAGUGAAGCUGGCUUCAUGACAGCGUUUUAUAGAUGUCCCAUUGUUGGAUGCCUCAUGAAGAAAAGGUUAAAUCUGAGUCUUGGAGGCGACACUCAGUCUGGUCCUGCAGGAUGCAAACAGGAAAAAUCCCCACUUUGUCGUCUUCCACUUCAACAUCAUCAGUCUCUGCUGGUGUUUGGCACUUUCCAGGACUUAUUUUUGCAGUUUUCUUGAAAUAUCCUCCUCCUUAAACACAGCACAGUACUGUAUGUGCUGUUUGUGCGUUGCUCUAUAGAUUUGUGAGGCCUUUUGUGGGUGGUGAUAUUAGCGUCUCAGCCUUUUUCUGCUGCAUCUUCUUCCUCUAGGAUUCUUGUUGAGACCAAACUGUGGUGUUAAGAACACAACCAGAGCCCAGAGAUGCACAGUGGCUCUUCAUAACGGCUCAAACAUUUCAAGCCUUAUAUCGUAUUAAACUCCAGUUCUUUAUUCUUUCAUGAAAGCAACAUUUUGGCCCUGUCAUCCACAUCAUCGCAGCGAUAGUGGAAGUUACAAACAAGAAGUGGGUCGAGGGUUGUGUUUGAUCACAGCUGACAGGGGAAGCAGAGAUAUUUGUUGUUUACUCCACAGUGUGAAGAGCAGAAAAAGCCUUUGAAGCAAAAAAACCAGAGCUCCUUCAGAAGCCUGGCCCCUCACAGAGUCAUCAAUAAAAGAUAAGGGAAGAGAGGCAGCACGGAGGGCGAGGCAGUGACAAUGAAAAAGAUGAAAUAGCCUAUUUCUUUUCAUUGAUCUACGAGCCCGAAGGGAGGUGCGCUGAGCGUGGAAUUAGCAUGUGUUCCAGCGAGUCGUUUCAUUACCUUCCCUAUAUAUACAUGGAGGUAGAUUUCCUGCACAAAGGCAAACGAUUACACUGUUAGAGCCUGAUCAGCCAGGUGGUAAUGUGAUUAGAAAAGGCUCCCAAUGCUCCAUGUUGAUACAUCGAAGUGAAACUCAAACAAAAAUGGUCUUCAAACAAUAGAUCAUCUGCGUAGCUCAUUUACUUAGUGUAAUGGAGCUCAGUCUGUGUCCAUAACAACCCAACAGAAGAAAAAAGAGGGCGUUUAAUAUGAAAGUAGGUCAAGUAUCAAGAAAGCCCAUAACUUUGACGCAUAAUGUAUAAGUUUUUACAUGAUCAUCUCAAACAUUCAUUCAAAUAAAUGAAGAAGUGAAUAUGUGGUUUUCAAGGAUGAUACUGUAUAACACAGUGUAGCAUAAGUCACAACACAGUCGUUUGUGUUGCAAAGUAUUGGUUCAGAAGAAAACCCAUAAUGCACAACUGCACAGUAUAGAUGGAUCUUCACAAUGGGUGUUUAUUGCACAUUGUAAUGCAGAUUAGACAAAUUAGGUGAAAAUGGCAUGUUCUGAAAUAAUUUUUAAUAUGUGUAACAUUAAUGUUGCUUAAUGUUGUUUAAAGAGCUGCAUAUUACACAGUAAAUAUAUAUUCAGUAAAAUGCAUGGUAGAUAGUAUAUGUUGAAUUAUGAGUGAUGCAUGUGGAAAUAUGAAUGUCACAGUAAUCAUGUCAGUAUUGUGUAGUAGGAAAUGUUCAAUAUAAUUCACAUAAAAGGUAUAUAUUUAACUGCACAUGAGUUAAUGUAUAAUGCACAAUUAAAUAGGAAUAUUGCACAGUUGGCCAUGUAUUUUGAACAGUAGGACACGUAGUUUGCAUGGUUUGAAUAUUCAACUUCCACCUUGUGACUCAUUAUAUUACAGUGACAUUGCUAAUUGGGUAAACAGUUAUUAUGUGUUUCUUUUCUGAGCUGCUCAGACAGAUUCAGGCUUUACAGCGUGAGGUUACCUUAGGUCUUAGCCCUGUUUGUUUGCAUACCUUAAUAAGUUGUCAUGAGGCCCCAAAGGCUGCUUUAUUUUUCUGAUGAUUAUCUCCCUUCUCAGUGUAAGUUUGACAGUUGGGACACUGAAGGCAAAGUACGUGAGUCUUUAAAGAAGAGGAAGAGGAAUGAGCUUGUCUGAGCGCUCUGCUCUUUAAAUCAUAAUAGAUUCAUCGCUUUACGGUUGAGGUUUUACAGUGAACUAAAAUGUCAAGGCUGUCUGCUGAGGUCUUAGAUUUAAGCCAUGUGUUUGGUUGGAUAGAUGUCUAUAUCUGUUCUUUCGACAGUCAGCAGAUCAGCUGAUUUACUACACCAGUUUUUAUUUGUGUGAAACAGUAUCAGACUCACAUUAAUGGUAUAAUUGUGAAUCAGAUAAGGUCUAUCUCACCCUUGCUCAUUGGCUUUUAUCCCAGGACCAAAGAAUUCAGUGUAAUAAACACAACGCAGCUAAAUCUUUCAUCAGUUUGCAUGGGUCAUUGUUGAUCUACUUUAUUAAAACUGUGUAUUAUUAGCACCAAGUUCAUCUCUAACAUUGACUGUUAGCCUAGUGUUGCUUUUAAAACAUGGUGGAUUUUUUGUUGAUCAAGCGCUGACUUGAAUGUAAAUUGGUCUGAUGUGUUUACCGGAACCAAUUUCUAAUCCAGAUAUUGCAUAAUCCCUGCUUUAAGGCUCUUAUUUCUGUUACUUUCACAGCUGUACUUGGCAAUCGACAGAGAGGCUUCUGCCAAUCCUUGCGGCGUAAUUCAACCUGUUUAUGGCUUGGUCCAAAAAUGGUCUCAUUUGUACAUAAGUAACAACCACUGGAAGGGUUUGUUUUCUCAAUAUAAGUCAUUUGUUUUAAUUUUUUGUAUUUUAUUAUGUAGUUCAAUCACCAUCACUAUCACUACACAUGCAAAUGUAUUCUUAAAUAGCUACUAAUACACACACACAUAUAUGCACACAUAUACUUGCCUACUUAUACAAUGGAGAUAAUUUCAUUAGAAACAUGCAUAAUUUAUUCUCUAAGAGAGUAAACUGAUGAUUUUGAGAGAAAGCUAAAUUAAAAAAAAAACCUAAAACAAAAAGCAUGUGUUCAAAAAUAUAGCCAUAGCUAUAUUGACUAACAGAAGGUAUAUUGUAGGUGUUUACUCGGUGGCUAAGCUUUGUUCCCAUCUCUGCCUCAUACUGGUUCCUAGACAGAUCUGAAGUUGGUGGACUCAGCAUUCAGAAACCAAUAAUCUCAAUCAAUGAUCUCACUGAGACUACAUCCUCCAGGUCUUCUUAUGAACUGUGGAGCCAAAGACUUGUCAUGAGACUGAUGGUCACUCCCUUUAUGCAAAUUGAAACAUUUAUUUGAUGAAACCCUGAUGAUCCCUCAGCUUGGUAAUGUCAUGUGUUUGUUUAAAGCAGGAUGUUAGGUCUUUGGAAAACUCAGUGUCUCGUAUGUUUAAUUCGUAGUCCGAUCCAGGUUCCAGCUAUUAACACUAAACAGGUGGGGAUUAUGACCUAUAAUGCUGCCAGUCAGUAGGGGGAGCUCUAAAUUCUUUGGCCUCACAGUUAGUGUAGAAUUUUGGCAUCAACUUUAUUAAACAAUCUACAGUUAACACCUACAACAUCAUCGAACAGGGACAUUUAAAGUGAUUUUCGCAUCUGGAGCUGCUUCUAGACUUUGCUCUGAAAAACAACCCCUGAAAUCUAUGCUUGAAGAGCUAAUCCAUCAGUUUGACAGUGAAAAUAAUCCCACUUAAAGAACUAAAAAGGAGGUUUGGGGGUUCAUGUUUCAUCCAUCCUGCACAUGGCUUGUAAAUUUUGGAUGCCAAGACAGCCCUGACUUGAGCGCAAACUACAGUAAAUAAAUACUUGACUCUUUUGUAAUUUUACUUUGGCCUCCAUGUUAAAAGCUUUGUUCCUGACCCCUUAAAUCCUAUUUGCUGCCUUUGUGCGUUGACUUUUCUGUUGCUUGGCAGUGACCCAGCAUCUCUGAGGUGAAGAUUGACUUUGCAUACCACCUGUAUUUUUCCUUGAUGUAUUUCAUUAAUUCAACGUGUUUCGUCCUACAGGCUAACCUGAACGACUCUCAUAAUCAGAUGGUGGUGCACUGGGCUGGAGAGAAGAGCAAUGUGAUCGUUGCCUUGGCCCGAGACAGCGCCGGAACCACCGGGCCAAAAACCAGCUCUGUAAGUACACCUGAUCAGAUCCUCGCAUUAAAGUCAUAAGAUAGACGAUGAAAGGUGAGCUUUGUUGUUUUUUCUCGGCUCAAACAGCCCCUUACAGUGUUUAUGUUGUCUUAACAUCCCUGUUGAGUUGAAUUUUAGUCGCUGAAUGACCUCAAUAAUUCAGCAGCGCAGCAGAAGGUGUGUGCUCACACUUGUCCAACAUGUUUCUCAUAUGUCUGGUGAUGUUUUGAUUUCUGAGCCACAGAUUGAAUGCUCCAUCUGCUUCCUUGAAAACACACUCACGCUCACACACAAACACACAUACAUACAAGCUCUUGGAAAAGCCUUAAGCCAAGUCAUUGAACCUGUUCUUCUUCAUCUUUCAGUUUGACUUCCCACCUGUUCUGUUGUGGAUUUAUUUCCUCUCACAGUUUGCUUGAAAAAUGGGAUGUUACAGGACAGAAACCAGCAUAAAUGGUUUAGGAAUGAGGAUAUUCUCUAUCAUAGGCUUUGUACCUUUGAAUCUUUUUUUUCACUUUGACAGCUUUAAGGGUUUGACUGACUCUUAGGUAUAAAAAUAGCCUCAGUAAACUGCUCUAGCUUGCAGGUGUGAAACAGGCUGGAGUGGUUAACAUAUGAUCAAACUAUGUCUCCUAUAGGUGCUCGUCUUGAUCUCUGUCAGGCUCUAGUUGUUGUUGACUGUAUUACAACAAUUAUCCCAACAGAGAUUAAUAUUUUUGCAAAGGUGAGAUGUUAUUUUAAACAAAACAAUAGAUAAUCUAAAGCAACAAGACUGGAAUCACAAAACUUACUGGUAAAGUAAGUGUGUACCCCUCAUGACUAAGGCCAGCUGUCACUCACAACCUCAGUGCCAAGGGGAUGAAAGAUGGAGAGACACAGUGAUUGUCCAGAAAAAAGUGGCUCAAAACUAAAUAGUUAUUUGGCACCUGAUGUGAAGUUAUAGUGAAUAGUUUAAGAUACUAGUUAAGACUUCAGCGACCACUAUAAAGAGACUGACAGGAGAGUGUUGAUGAGACUGAGAUAGUAGACAUGGCUGUAACCAGAGCCAGCCUCUUGCUGAAAGCUUACAUUUGGCUACUUCAAGGCCAUUUUUUUAAACUGAGACUAAUAAACUCCAUUGUUUUUGUCGUUAUUCGUGACAUUAAUAGUUUAUGGAGGUAAAAGUGCUUCAGUAUUUGAGAUGUUUACAGCAGACCUCUUUUUAUUUAGAGCACUUUUAUAAUCUUAACUGUAAAUUUAGUUUGUGUUCCUGUGUUGGAUUGAUAUGCAACUCACCUGUUACUGGAAAAAAGUCACUUAUUAACACAAACAAACAAACUGACCGAGUGAACUAACGGCUCUCAGUGGAUUUUGUUGGUUUUUAGAGCUUGAUGUACAAUCUGUUGCUGAUUGAACGGUCAUUCAACAGUUUCAAAAUGGUUUAAAUGUAUAGGAAUCCUUUCUGUAAUUGUCAGAUUCUUAAAAUAACAAUAUGAGCCUGCGAACAGCCAAACAACAGCUCCUAGUGGAAGGACUUCUUAGAAAAUUUAUCUUGGAAAUGUUGUGUCGCGUUCAUUACAGCAGUGGCUUCCACUUUAAACAAUCUACUGAGGCAGUUUUAGAUCCUAUUUUGCCAACUUCCCAGUCAUAUUAACCUUUAAGAUCAUAAUUGAUAGAGCCCAAGUUAAGAUGCUAUAAGACAAGGAUUGCCAAUGUCCUUACAUGCCUCUAGAUUUAGACAGGCUCUCUGAAAUAUUGCACUAAAUUUCCCACUGCAAAAGCAUAUAGCUGAAUAUUCCACCUUAAAUCAGAAUUUAAGGGUGCCUGGAGUCGCCCCCUCAGUUUAAGCACUGAGUCUAUAUCCCCCAUUGUGGACUUCAAGCCACAAUCCUUAUAUUUAAUUAAUUAAUUAAACUGAAUGCUAAAUCUGUUGGCAGUGUCGACUCAUUUCAUUGUUCUUUAUCUGACGAAUGGAUAAAUGAACAAAAUUGAAAGACACUGAGGUGGAAUAAAACCUGAUUUUGUGUUUGUGGUCCAUGCCUGGCCUCCAUACAGUUCUCAUGUCAAACUCUCCCUUUUUUCCACAGUACAACCCAUUAGAGUUCUUAUUACACUGUAAAGAUAUGGAAUUGAUACCAUCUAAUUACACCUCAUCUCAUUCAAACACCCACAGCCGUAGAGCUGAAUGUGUUGAUAAAGAAGACGUUUUAUAAUUGUCCCCUGAGGGAUGUCAUUAAGAGAAUAAUUUGGCCCUUUAGUUAAUUACAGAUAAAUGGAAUGAGUCAUGUUGUAAUAGAGUUAAAAUGUGUCACCUCUUUAUGUAUCUACAUGUGCUGAGAAAGAUACAAACAUUCAUAAGCGAACUGAUGUGAGGACAUCUUUUUUAUAAUCUUUAAUUUCAGUCAUGAACAUUUUCUGUGGUUUAGAUUAUGUUGCUCCAGAUAGCAUCUCAAUCCUAACUUAAUUGAAUUAGAGGAACUGUUGUUUUUGCUCCUGGGUUGAGAUCAUUCGCGUCGCGUGUUAAUUAAAACUCAACAACUUAUAACACUUCAGCAUACAGAGGACAUUUACAAACACAUAUUUUAUCAGGAUACAGACUGAUUUCCUUCUUUCUUUAGCCUGGACACUCAUUGUCAUUGUAGCCUCUCUCUCUCCUCCUGCUCACUGUGCCCCUCUGCUUUACUAACACACACCUUUUGCUCCUGUGUCUCUACCUGGAUUUCAGUUCACAGCUCUCUGGUUGCUGCUUUUACACAACACAUUGGAGAUGCAGAAGACCCCGCUUAACGCAUUUCAUGGCAUUCGCAGCUUGUCUUCAAAACUGCUGUAAAAGUUAUUUUUCAGAAUUGUAAGUGUAGUCAUUGAUUUCUCUCUCUUACGCUCUCUGUCUCCAGGUCUAUGUGUCGUACGAUUAUGGGACCACCUUCACGCUCGUCUCAGAGAAAUUUCAGCUUCUAGGCCCCAAGUUUAAAGAAGGAUCGAAGCAAGUCAUCUCCCAGUUUUACCACAGUCCUGCAGACAACAGGAGGGUAAGUCUCAGUCUGUGCAACACAAAUAAGAGUUAUUUACUGCAAGACAAUAUGUAAAUUUCUGUCAGUCAGCUUCAGUACUGUGGGAGCAAACUCAGGCAUUUUCAAACCUUCAUUUUCUCUAAGCUGACAGCCAUGAAACAGGUAAUAAAGACUACUUAGUGAUUGUUUGGGGACAUAAAGAAAAAUCCUGUCAAUGAAUUCUGGUCGCUUUGAAAAGACUUACGUAACUGCUGAUCCUGGUUAAAAAAGGCAUGAGUCUGAAACAAAAAUCUCUUUUAUCCAUUUCUAUAAUCGUAUCAAAGACUUAAACUAACAAUCUGAGCUUUCAGUGGCAAAACUUUAGUGGACACACUUUGAUGGGGUGGAUUUAGUCAGCAGGGAUUAUCACGCAGACUAUUUCAUGAAACCAAUUUAAAAGAUUCACGUGAGUGGGUCCAAAGCUUUUACUUUUACUGUUUAUUUUAACCACAAAGAGAUGAGUAUGAGUUUAGAAAGCAGAUGAGAUUGUUUUUUAAAAGCUCAACCCCUUAAACCACCUCUGUGUAGGUGUGACAGCCUUAUAAGUACAAACCUAUUUUAUUAUCUGUACUCAUUACAGAUCAAUCAAUCGAAUUACUGAAGAAAAUGUAGUUUUAUUUAUGAUGCCAAGAAGUUCAAAUGAUUGGGUUUAUUUUGGGUAGAACGUGUGGAAGAGAGAAAGCCGACAACAGCCAACACACAGCCUGUGUGAAUGCCAUGGUGACUCAAGCCUGAGCCAUCACACGGUAGCCUUCACACAGCCAACACAGAGUCAAAACAACAAACUUCAUUUAAACUGCAAUGCGCCCUUAAAAUUCACAAUAACACGGAGUGCCAGUGCAUCAGACUGACUGAAGUAGCUUGCUGUAUGAUCCAACAGAGGGCGCUCUCAUUGUAACCUGGCCCAAACACGCACUCUUGACCUCAGUCAAUGAAUACAGUCAUGUUAUUCAGCUUUCUUACUCGUCAACAACCACACAUUUUCAGGUUAAUCUGAUGGUUUACUGUCUAUGUGAAGCAGCAUCUUUGAUGAAGGUAAUCCUCCCAUGUAUUCGAACAUUUGCACUUCAUGUUUAAACUUGAUUAAAACUGACAGCCCUAUCUUAAGUUCCUGAUAAACAUGUGUUGCCAGUACACGUUGAAAUUAGACAUAUGUCAACAUGACAACAGAGUAUAAAAUGGGUUUAAAUUUUUUUAAAAGAUAUUACAUUUAGAUGCUUCUUGUUUGUUUCAGUUUUGUCGCCCCCUGUGGGUGAAAUUAUGCCUCCUAUCUCUUGUUCUUCACCUGUUCACCUCAACUUCCCUCAUCCUGCUGUCUUUUAAAGGUAAAAUGUACCACUGAACCUCGAGUGGGUUGAAAUCGUGUUUUUCAGCCUGCUGUCAAUCAUCUGUUGUGACACCCACCUCCUUACAGCUGUUUUUAUGCUAGAAAAAUCACAGCAGAGAAAAGAUCAGCCUUGUUGCUGAUGGUAUUCUCUGCUCUUGAAGGUUUUAGUCAGGCAUCAGUUUCAGUUUCAGUCUUUUUUUUAAGUCAAAAACUCCUCACGCUGCCUUUAAGUACCGAUCCAUCAAUCCUUUUUCCCCCGAUUAUCCAGGAUCAGGCUGCAGAAGCAGGCUAAGCAAGUCGACCCAGACAUCCAUCUCGCCUGUGGUGUUUUUUCAGCUCCUCUUGGGGGAUCCAGAGGCGUUCCCAGACCAUUUAUAUCCAGAUUGGAUAUAAAAUCCCUCAGGAUGCUUAUAGUCUACCCUGUGGUCUCCUUAGACGUGCCUGUCUGAGGGGAGUCAUCCAGGAGGCAGUUAGAUCAGAUGCCUGGACCACCUCAACUGGGUCUUUUUAUUGCUAAGGACUAGCUGCUGUACUUCUGUGAACAUUAAAGAGUUUACCAAAGUGCUGAUAUAAAAAAAGACUUCUUAAUCAAGGAAGUAGAAGAUUUCUAACUUCUCCUGGAUUGACUUCUUUCUUGGCACUCGGUUAUUAUUCAGCAAACUGCUCUCCUCUAAACACUUGAGCAGUCUUUUGUCCCGGUGGGAGUGAAUUAGCAAAGCUUUCUUUGUGCAUUAGUGAUCUGGCACCUCAACUUUCCAUCCAAAUGCUGCAGUCAGAAACCACUAAAGCACCUGAGAAUCACUCCCUCUGCUUUAGUCACUUAGGCUGUCAGGUACAAAGCGACUUACACACACAGAACAGAGUAUUUAUUGGGAAACAAUGACACAGCACAUCAAAGCCAGCUGAGGAAAGUGGGAUUAGCUCAGUGCAAUUACAUAAUCAGACUGUGUAAUGUGACGGGGGAAUACAAAGAGUUGAUGGAGCGCUGAACUGUAAGACUGCUUCCAGUUGAAUCUCCCACAAUUGCUUCAAAAAGUUGCGUAACCUUUUAGCUCUAACUGAGGUUAGAAAUGCAGUUUGAUGUUUGAUUUGAUUUAAAUGAGUGUUUUCUUCUUCCUCUCCUUUAGUACCUUUUUGUGGACUCCACCAACAACUACCUGUGGAACACCUUUGACUUCUGUAAGAGCGUGCAGGGGUUCUCCCUCCCCUUCAAACCCACUGACCUGCUGCUCCACAGCCGGAGAUCCAACCUGGUGCUCGGCUAUGACAGUUCGCACCCCAACAAGCAGGUAAAGACGGCCUGCUGAAUCAUGUGGUAUAAGAGAAUCCUUUCCUGGAGAUCAAAUCUUCAAAGUAUGAAGAGGGUGUUUUUAGUGCGCAGGCUGGAAAAGAAACAACAAAACACCACAAAACUUUUUUGCACCAAAAUUUUCACAAAUUAUUCAAAUCAAUGAACUCUGCCCUGAAUACAAAUGAACACUGCUUCAAUUAAGAAUUUGCUUAAUGCAGUGUAUUUCUGGGUUGUCAAAAUAUUAGGAUUUCACCUCUUGGUUACUACAGUCAUAAGAUAUAAUAAUAUUGAUGAUAUUACUGUGAUGUUUAUGGAAAACUUGAAAUUAAGACAUAAAAAACCCUUUAAGAGUAACAAACGUAGCUAAAAUUCAUGAUUUAUCAUCAGCCAUGUGUUUAAAACACUGCCUCAAAAACAACCAUCAUAAUUUUAUUUUGAGAUGUGGAUUGUCAAACUAUGCUUUUAUUUUGAAGUUUACUACUUCUGGUAGAUUGUGAGUGACAGAGCUGAAUUAAACUAAGUAAAAAGAGCAGUUAGAAAGUGUACAUGUGGAUUAGAAACUUAAGUAAGUUUAAUUUCUGACUCAGGCUGUCAAGAUUUUUGCCUUAAGAUUAUUGUGGCCUAAAAACAGGGUGGUUUAGUGGUUCACUAAAAAGCUGCAGUCAAGUCUUCACUCUUGGGGUUAUAUUUGCUUUGUUGGUUAGAAAGAGACGUUAACAUUUUUCAGUCUUUUUUAUAACCAGACAAAAUAAAUAAAUAAAAUUGUUUGAUGUAUUCUCGUUUUUAUUAUUUUCGUUUUAGAAACAAGAGUUACUUUUUACAAAUACUGGCUUUUAAUAUUUGUGAAUUCAGCAAGCAAUUGCAAGCGUGUGUGUGUGUGUGUGUGUGUGUGUGUGUGUGUGUGUGUGUGUGUGUGUGUGUGUGUGUGUGAGUGUGAGUGUGGUGUAACCUCAUGUAAUUCUCAUUACUGUGACAGUAACUCAGGGUCUGCUGCUUGUUGACUUGAGUAUAUUAAGUUAUUAUAUUAUAUUAUAUUAUAUAUUGUGUAAAUCUUAUAUCUUGGAUAUCGAUUGUAAAAGUCUGAUCAUAUUUCACAAAAAAAAAGACAGAAAAGUCAAGAGCUCGACUCAGGAGCUUUAAGGUCCCUUAUGUAACUGAGGAAAUGCUUCAGCUAAGAUGCUGGUUUUUUUUUUAAAUUAGGUCAAAUCACCUUCACAUAUUUCUGCUGAUGACAGGAGCUGAAGCUGUCACAUGAACAAUUGCCGUGAGGAAUCUCUGUUGUCACAGAGUGUAGGUCAGGACAACACAGGUGUGGUUAUGUCCUUAAAUAACUGAUGAAGACAGCAUGAUUAUCAAACCUCAGGCGUUAACCUGAAAAUACAGUAUUGUCUUUCUGCACAAUGCCAUGGAUGCUCAAGUUCUGAGAAGAGCUGACUGUUGGCAUUGGGCUGCAGGAAUGUCACCCGGGCAGUUUAUCUUUUGUUCUCUGUUUCUGGGAAUUUGGCAUCUGAUCUAUUUAGCCCGUGCUGCCGCACUUCACCUGCAGGACCAUACAGGUUUUAGGGCCAGUUUCAUUACAGGACUUCAACAAAUGAGAGGGAUGGAGCUGGUUCUGGGAUCGUUUUAGGAAUAAAGUAAUGUUUUUUGAUCCAAACACCUCAAAUAUCCCCAAUGUCAUGCACACAAUCAUCAAGCAAACUAUUUAUACUAUUAUUAGGAAUUCAGAAUUCAGCAAACCACAUUUCAGUGUGAGAUUUGUUUCCCCUCUUGGCCUGCUUUUACUCUUCAGCUCAUGACUGACUUAGUACUUCUCCAACAGAAGAAAUGGUAACCAGGAGAGAAACAUAUCGGUUGCUAAGGUACCAACAAGGAAUCUUUUUUUUUUUGUGUCCUUGUCUUGAGUUCAAGAAUAAUCCGCCAAAAGGGCUCUUUACUCUUCUCAUGUCACAUGUUCAAGAGCCAAAAUGAAAGGAAUGAGCUUGACCUACAUUUUUACGGUGCACCAUCCCCCCUCCUCCUCCUCCUCCUCGUCAUCCUCCUCCUCCUCCUCUUCCUCCUCUACCUUCUCAUCCUCCUCCUCAUUUCAUUUCUCUCCUCUCUUGCAGCUAUGGAAAUCAGACGACUUUGGGGAGACAUGGGUGUUGAUCCAAGAGCACGUGAAGACCUACUUUUGGUAAGACACAUUCACUGUCUCAUGUUAUAGAUGACAAAUGUCCUGAACUCUGUGCUGCAUUCAGGGCCUCGGAUUGUGCAGGACAUAGGAGAAGCAACCCUCCAGAAAUAAAAGUGAAGUCAGUAUCACAUGUUAAAGCCCAGCUUUCAAGCACAAACAAAGACUAACACUGUUCACAUAAUCUCUGAGUUGUAAACAGUGAUUUGGUUUGAUGUUAAUACUGCUGUUUGGUCCCAUCAUUCUGUCAGAUAAUAAUAUUAACCUCGCUGGUCAACAAUGCACAGCUAUAUUUAUUGUAGAUUAUUGUGAUAUAAUACAGUUCCUUGUCCAACAGUCUCAAAUACUUGACCAUUAUCAAAAUUAAAAGCAGAAAGUUCUUUUUCCAACACUUUGACGACACUUUGACAUCAUUACUGUGUUUCUGUUAGUUUUUCCUACUGUCAAUUAAAUUAUAACACUAAAAUACAAGUUGGGCGUCUCUGAGAUUUGCCAUUUCUUGGUCUUUCUUUUUUCUCCAUUUACAAAAAGUUCUUUUGAGAGAACUUUUUUUUUAAAUAAUAAUAAUACUAGAUUAGAAUAGCAACCUUUGUUGAGACAUAAUUCUGGGGACAAAUAUUUAAAAACCUCCAAAAAAGCCUGAGAUGAGUGACUCAAAUAGAAAAGUUAGCCAACAGUCAGGAAAUAUUUAUUCAUAACCAUGUUUACAUGCUGAAAAUGAUCCAACUUCAUCACAAUAAGUUAAUUAUGAGAGGCACUAAACACUGUGUGUCUGGUUUAUUCAGCUUCCACUUGAAUUAUAUCCAUAUUUUAUUUAUCAGUAGCUCUGAUCUUUGAAGACUGAGUACAAAACUAAAUAAAUUUGUUUAAAAAAUAUUGUGCAAACAGUUUGGCUGAUCAGCACAUUCAGGAAAUGACUAAAGAACAUUCAUAUGAUAUUUUAAGGCUGCCAAAAUAAAAGAGUCAGGUUUUAAGAGUCCAAAAUGAAAAAAAAAAAAAAAAACAUUUCAAUCUGAUUCUGACAUUUACUGUCACUGCCUUAGUUGGGCCUCCAAUCAUAAAGCCUGGACACGCCCCUGCAUAGUGGUGCAGAGAAACAAUGGGAAGUGAUGUCAGGCUGUUGAGUUGAAGACAAGAGGAAAUGUAAACAAGUCAAAGUUGAAUCUUUAACCUAGAAGACAGUUGAUGGUGACUUUUGUACUGGGGGAGGAGAAGUGUAUGUACACCUGAAUUAUUUUAUGAGAAUAAAGUCUAAGUAAAAUUAAAAUAUUAUACGAUAAAAAACACUUUGUUGUGAUAAUCCAGUCAUGAUUCAGAUGUAGUUUUGGUUUACAAUCCGCAGUCAGUGAGGAACAUGAAGGGUCUUGGUAAAUUACACUUUAGUCAGUUUCACUUCCAAUGAUAUAUUUAACAUUUGGCACAUCAGCUUCAUGUUGUUUUAAGUAUCUGAAAAGAUACCUUAAAUAAGCAUUAUGUGGUGAAUCAUUGUUUAAACAAAUGAAUGAAACAUCACAGCUUUAGUCUUGAAAAAUCACCUCUCCAUGGUGAGUUUAAUCCCGUAAUAUAACAACUUUAUUCAAAUGAUAUAAAAAUGUUAAUUUUCUAACAUAACAACUUUAUUAUUGAUGACUCUAUCUUGUGACAUAACAACUUUACUCUGAAGAUCUUUUUCUUAAUGUAGUCCUAAAACUAUAUCAUAAAAAAACAAAGUCUAACUAAUUUCAUUUACUGGACUCCCCCUUCCUCUUCCUCUCUCAGUGCACGAUCAUAAUGAUGACAUUAAUUCAUUUAAGCUAAAUUUACUUCAAUGGGUUAGUGUUUCAAUAUCACAAAAUACACUAAGCUGUAAAGUUGACUAGAUUUAAACGAGCAAUUUGCCUUAAAGCUGAUUAUCCAGUUUUUCAAGUUACUGAAGGAACUGUUUUAGUCCUGAUUUAAGAAGGCCAGUGUCACUGUUCAGAUUAAUGCACCGCCGUCCAUGAACCAAUCAUCGGACCUCAAAGAACCACAUAUAUCAGCCCGAUUAAGUUCUGCUGAGAAUUGGUAACAAGCUAGAAUAAGUCAUAAGAGUCCAGUUGUGAUUCUCUAACCUGCAGGAGGAUUCAAAAGAGUUCCCUGAUUGUGUUUUUAAUAUGAUAAUGGACCUGAAGGUGGUGACAGGCUGUGUUUGUCUAUAAGGAGGGACAAGAGAAUGACUCUAUUAUUCAGGUUACUGAACAGGAUCAGACAGGAGGGCUCAACUGGUUCAUGUUUACUUUCACUUUGUCAGUGUCUGAGGGUGUGUGAGCGAGAUAAAGAGAGAGAGAGUUAAUGGCCCUCCAGCUUCUGGUUUAUUCUCACUGCAUUAAAAAUAGCUGGAAGAGGAGGAGUAGCAAAUGCUCAUGCAUGUUUGCGUGUCUCAUUGCAGCUGAUUGCUCACACUCUGCAGCCUCAGGAGUGUGUUUGGUGAAUAUUUAAUGAUCUACACUGCCUGUUGUAAUAGCCAGCAACACUAUUAUGAAUGCAUAUGAUCAGAUUUGGUCACAGUACAGCACUAAACCUGGGUAUUCUGAAGAAAUUCUCACCAAAAAAAAACAAGUUUCAAAUCAGGGCUGCGCUGUUUUGAAAACGUUGUCUGAGUCUUUAAAGUCAUCUCUUCUGAUUGAACCAAGCAGGCUGCAUUCACAGUGACAGCUCAGAAAUGGUCCAGACCUCCUAUUCAUCUUCACAGAACUUGAGAGGCAGCCCAGAAGCUGAGCAGAAACAAACUUUCUUGGCGUUGGCAGUAGAGGAGAUCAAAGGUGAUCCAGAUUGUAUGGGAUCAUGGCGAGAACUCGGCCCUCUGAUGCUUAUAAAUGUCUAACAUCAGUCUGUGAUGCUUUAUACUGAUGUCCCGAAGUGAUCAAACUACUCUUACUCCUCACAUAUAGUUCAGAUGGCACAGUGGCACAGCUUUGCUAACAACCUAGCUAGUUCUUACACAUGGUUUAGUGUGGACUUUACAUCUCAGCUUAGACACACAGCGUCUGCAGAGAUGAUGCAGCAGGUCACCGAAGUUCUGGGGGUGGACACAGGCAAUGUCAUCCUGCACUUGUGGUUCUCAAUCGCACCUUUAACAGAAGCUUUGAAGGGACUCUUUAGUCUUCACAGAUGUUUGUUUGGUUUCCUGAGGCUGUCGAGGUUUUUAUAAACUGUUUAUUGGCCCACAUCCUGCUGUGUCUCCUUAAAGCUACAUCCCAAAGACAGCUGACAGGCCAGGGGAGGAGAGCUGGUUUCUGUGAUGCAUUCAAACCCUUAUCCUGAGGUUUCUCUUUGUUACAGGUUAACCUUCAUAAGUAUUUGAGUAUAACACUAUUGACCCAGUUUGUGCAUAGGGCUUUAAGAUUUCUCUCCAAAUUGAUGUCAAUGUAAGUUUCCCCUUGAGUUCACAGAGGAGAAAUGUUAGUUUUGGAAACGAGACAAAAAUGCAGUUCAGCCCCCGAACUAAAGAAGUUAUUUCUCCUGUUUUGAAUCAAAAAUAAUUGAUCCAUAUUCUACUCUGGUCCAGUCUGACAAAAGCUUGUAAAAAUCUUUGGUGUUAGAGUUGUAAAAGUAGCCACACUGCUGCCAACAGCCACACAAUGAAAGCAGUGAUUGCAGACUCUCUAUUGUGCCAAACUCUUCUCAGUCUGCUGCUUCAAAUUUAAAUAAAGGCCAUGCUUUUGGACUCUCAAGAACAGCUCUGAACAACCUCGAUGAUGUGUCCAACAAUGUUAGGAUAAUGUAAAUUUGAUGGUUUGCAAACCGUUUCAAGCCCAUAGUUGAUGAAAACAGGGCAAAGACAAGGAUCAAAUGUUGAAACUGAAGAUUUUGUAUAUUCAACAGAUUGGGAGCGUCCUUUGUUGUACUAGUCAGUGAGUCACCAAAUGUUUUCAAUAGGCAACAAGCCAGGCCUGUAGGCGGGCCAGUUUAGCACCUCUACCUCUCUACUCCAGAGUCAUGCUGUUGUAAUACAUAAAGGAUGUGAUUUGGCACGGCCUUACCUGAAAAAGGCUUAUCUGAAUGGCAGUGUAUGAUGCUCCUGUAUGUGUUGUUCAGCAUGAAUGGCGUGUUCUCAGUUGUGAAAGCUUCCCAUGCUGUGGAACAAGCCCAGGUGGUCCCACUUCUCUUCAGAGCCGAGGACACGGCGUCCAUGAUAUCCAAGAGGAAUGUCAGUUUCAAUUGCCAGACUACAGGACAGAUUACGAUUUGAUCUCGGUUAGGGCUGAAGGAUUUUGGAAAAUAAUCUAAUUGUGACCUAAGUCUUGUGAUUUAAUAUGCGAUUUAAGGUCCUCUUCUAAUGUAUUUUUCAACAAAUACAAACACUAAAUCAAUCUGUAUUAUAGUAAACAAUAUCAGAUCAUUUAUACCUAAAUUUUUCUUUCUGGCACACACACUCACACACACAGAUGCUGUCUCUGCUUAUACCCUAUCGCACACACACAAGCACGCGCCAUCAUAUACGUCAUGAUACUAAUCUACGUACCGAUGGAGAGAUGACGUGGUUUGAAGUUGAAGCGCUGGUGUUCUAGCCAUUCAACUAUCAUAUACAUGGCUUUGUUGCGUUUGUAUAAGUGUUGAUAAAGGUUUGACGCGUUACCUCCUGAUGUAGCAACAGUAGCACAACAGGUUCUGCACAUGUUGCGCAGCAGCAUCUUUUUUUUUUCCAAAAUAAAUCAACACAACCGCCGUGCUUCCCCUCUUUGGUACUAAAAUUUCAGCAGUGUCAGUUUCUGUAGUGGAAUCAGGCCAUAGUGUUACAGAGUGCAGUGUUGACUUCUCUGUCUACCUGCCCUGCUUCCCUCGGCUCGCAAGUCAUGUGACCAGACGAAAUCGCAGCCUUUGCAGUUAGAAAAUUGCAUUUUAUUAUAUCGCAGUGUAAUCGCAAAUGCAAUUAAUCAUUCAGCCCUAACCUCGGUGCACCUUUUAUUUGGUCCGGCCCAGAGAAGUGAUUAGUGUUUCUAGGUCAUGUUUAUAUACUGUUCUUACCAGUAUUGACCAACUAUAGGUCUACUUGGUAGCUUAGCAACAAAACUCAGCCAACUAUGUUUUUCUCCUGUUACUGUUUUAUUUUUGACAGAAUCUGUAAUUCUGUUAUGAAACAUCCAAUGACUGUCUGAUAAUUUAACCUCUGAUGGCAUCCAGUGGUCAGCCAGUGAGAUUUGAUGAGGACUAAGGCUCCCCCAGAGCAACACUGCACCCGCCAAAAGAAACUGCACAUUAUCUGAGGACAAAAGCAGUGCAAAUAAAGAUUGAUCUGAACCCAAACUCCCCCCUCCAGGCCCCCUGAAGCUCCAUCCAAUUUGGGUCUAAUCCUGUUUGUUCUGGCUUUAGGGGAGGGGGGUUCUGUUGUGUUGCAUAUCGGUCUAAAGGCUUUGCUACUGGGUGUGUUUAAAAACCCAAUCUGAUGGGUCGAUCCCCCACCAAACUCCUAAUCUUCUGAUCUCAGAGCUCAGAGACGGACUGAGUGCUGAAAUCCUUUGUGUAUACAACGAGGAGUACAAUCCCCUUGUCUCGUAUGGAUUACAGACAUAAAACAAACCCUGCAGAGGUUUCUUUUAAAUGCAUUGAGUCGGAAAAAGGGGACAGGGGAAGGAGAUGCUGCAGAGGCUGAAGGUGGACCAGAAAAUACAAGUAAAAAAGUGAAUUUUGUUUGAAGGGCUUACCCUGAGUUUUAGUGCUCCCUAGCUACUUUUUUCACUUAAGUUGUUGAUGAAAAGUCUGAUUUAUUGAUAGCAUUUCUGGCUGUUAUUAUUAUUAUUAUUAUUUUUAAUAAAUGAAUUGCAGGGAACUAAAAUCUAAUGACAAUCAUGACUAACAGAAAAAAAGAAAAAGUGGGAGGACGGGUGUCAAGGAAGUGUUUAAAGUGCACUGAGUCGAAUUCAAAGGAAGGAGGCAGACCGCGAAUGUCCUUCUGUGCACUCUCAGCCCGGCCAGUGUCCAUCAGCUGAACAGGAACCUCUGAAAGAAUGCCACAGAGGCCGAGUCCAGCCCAGACACACUGCUCCUUCUGUUCAGCUCUCCAGACUCUGCAGGAAAACACACUGAUUUAGAUGGCAGACGAUAGGAUGCAGUGAACCUCCUCCAUUCAUUCAGGCCGACUCUCCGUGCCACGGCCGUGGAACAGCCUAGCUGUACACUUGAAGCCAUGAAUAGUUUGACCCCUGCUUUUGUAGGCUGACAUAUAGGCAGAUAUUUCCAGUACAGUCUCUAUUUUGUUUUUGCAUUCAUUAUUUUUCUAUUCUGCAAUUUUUCAUUUUAAAAUGGGUUAUUUAAGAAAGGGAAAAAAAUGCUUAUAAAUGCAAUAAAUAUGUAUUUUCAUUUGGGGUAAGGGGAUGAUAUUCUUGACCUUGUGAGGGCCGAUACUGAUAUGAUCCAAUUUAAGUGCAAAUGCAAUUAAUAGACUUGGUCCAUCUGUAAUCAAACGUUUGCAGAUAAGCUGGUAUUUUUUCCCUGGCAUGUGUCACUGAUCAGUGGUUUCAUUCUGCAGGACUUCUCUACCUAUAAGAGCCAAUGGAGGAUUAUAUAAAUGACAGGGGUGGGAGAAAAAAAGCAUAGAUACAGCAUAGUAUUGUGAAAUUUUGUCUGGUGAUAUAUUGUAUCAUCUUAUUUAAGUAUCGAUUUUUCAAAUUAAAUGUUAAUAUGAAGUCAAAUCUAUGAUAAUGGAAAAAUAAAAUCAUCUGUUUGUCCAGUGAGGUUGGCAGAGGUGACAUCAUAGAGCAGGAGGAAUUUAGUGCAACAAAUAUCUAUAUAUAUAUGGUUUACAAGAUGUGCUACAUGAAAAUAAAAUACAGUGUACAUAAGACAAACAUAAAGGAAAGACAUGCUAAAUUAGCUAAACAGUUGAAAAAGUUAUAUAAAUCGCAGUAUUUUGUAUUGCAAUACUCACUGUAUUGCAAAAUGUUAAAAACUGCAAUAAUAUCGUGGCCCAAGUAUCGAAAUAAUGUCGUAUCAUGGGGCUACUGUUGAGACCCACCCCUAAUAUAUAAGAAAAAAUAUGUUUUGGAUCUGUAGCCAGUGCAUCUUAAGAGUAGGAUUGUUAUUCACAGUAUUUAUCGAUCACUUUUAUGGAUAGGCCUUUAAGAUCUAAACCUUUUUUCACUGAUGAUUUGAUGAAGUCAGAGAAAAUCUGAAAAAACUCAGAGUCAAGAAGCUUGUACAAGGUAAGCAUGGAGAGACUUUGAAGUCAAGACUCAAGUAUCCUUCAAAUAUCUCCUGUGUAAGACUGUGCUGUAUAAAACAGGAAGUCUAUACAUCCCACUGCAGCAAAAGUUUGAGCGUGUUUAACUUCUCUACUGUGGGUUACUUUCAUUAGGCUCUGCUAACACAUCCCCAUUUCAAAUUAGAGGGAGAGAUGCUUUAUUUCACACAGAGCUAAUGAGACUGAACUAACACCUCAGGCUGAGGCACAUUAGCAUUUAAAACAGCACAAUUUCUGUUUAUUUAGCUUUACUGAACUUUAAAACCUUUGCACCGUUGCCAAUUAACAAGCUGUCUAGACAGAGCUGACCUUUGAGGGUACAGAGGGUUUUUCAGUCCAGGAUGGAGACAGAUGUGUUAGCCUAUUAACAGUUUGUCACUUUUAAGUGUUAAUUAACCUCCUCUGUGUCGGAGGGUUGAUGGUAUAAAUUAGAGUCAAAGGUUUGAAUUCAUCUUCUGAACUAACUGUUUGAACUUCUGACCCUUAAACCACUUAGCUCACUCCGGGGACUUGUUGAAAUUACUACUGUAAGCAUUUUCCAGGCCUGCUCAUCAGCAUUAGUUACCAUCUCUACACCACUGAGCCUCUGGCGCUCCCACACUGCAGAUAUGGAUGAGUUUUGUGGUGGUACUUUCUUGUUUAACUGUUUAUGACACAUUUGAGACUUUGUGCAGUGAUGGGUUGACUGGGAAGAUAUUUGGUAUGCGAAGUGAUUGAUUUUUUAUUUUUUUAUAAAUGCUGCAAAUCAAAGUUAUUUUCUAUUUUCAUGUGUUUUUGUCCAGAGAGCUGGUGCUGAUUCUGCAACACAAAACCUGUAAGUGUGGUUCAGCGUCAGUGAAGCUCCCCUAGAUGUGUCAGCGAUUCAUGUCAUGGGCUCUUAUGCAUCCUCAUACCAUCAGAGAAUCUGACUUUUGAUCUGUGCUGCUUUUGAGCGUAUAGAGUGAUUUCCACUACAGAGUCAUAUCUGCUUUGAUGAGUGCCUGUAGAUCACAGCCGCCUUGUACCGUCUUCGGAUUUCUCCCUUUUGAACAGAGAUUUCUUUGAAUCUUUUCAUGAUUUUAUGCACUUUAGCUGAAAGUCUUUGCCAUUUUGUGCCGAGCAUAUUAUUAAGAAACUGUUGAACCUUUUGCCCACACAGUCUCUCACAGAAUGGUGAACCUCUUUCCAUCUUUACUCCAGAAAAAAUAAUAAAAAAUAUUUCUCAAGGCUCCAAAACUUUGAUAGUAAAACACUUUUGUUGUGCAGAAACAAAGCAUAAAAAUGAAUUUUUAAAUUAGCGUUUGAAAUACAGGAUAAGGUUCAAAAUGAACAUCGUCCAAAUAUCCUCUGAGAUUUUUUUUUAAAACUUCGAUCAAUAUAAACAUUUUUAUGCAAAUAAAGCUCCACAAAGGUCCUCAGACAUAAGCAAAAUGUAGCCUUGGUGAAAACAGCAACCAACAAUCAAUACCAUUCUUCCAAUAAAUUGAGAAAGCUUUAAAAAAGUCAGGGGAUAGAAGCUGCAGGCCUUUGAAAGAGCAGGCAGGAGAGGAUUUCCUCUUUUGAUGUUGACUGCAGGUCUAAGUGGAUGGACUGGGUGAAGGAGGGAGUCUUGAAAAUUUUAUGUGGGGGUACUUGUAGUCCAUCAAGAAACCACUAAGAUAUUGUAUGUAGAUGGACACAGGACUGAGCAGAAGUAUUCAGGAAAUCAAUGAUGGUUGGCUUCUUUGAACUGAAAUGUCAGAAUGGAUUGACUAACUUCAUGGUUUCUUGUGUUCUCCUUCCUGCCCCUACUUUCCCCGUUUCUCACUCUUAUCUUCUCCGUCUCAGGGGUGUGGAGCCCUACGACCCCCCGACUACCGUUCUGGUCCAGAGACACGAGCCUCAAGGUGUCUCAACCAUCCUCAGCAGCACAGACUUCUUCCAGAGUGAACUCAACCGUAGGGUGAUCCUGGAACAGGUUGACAGCUUUCAGCUUCGAGAGAAGUACAUGUUCGCCACCACCACACGGGUAAGAGGGCGGGGGAGGGGAGGCUGAACAGUCAGAAGUGUAAUUACGCUUUAAUUCUUAUUUUUUACUCUUUUGUCUCGUGAAAGGAAGGCUUCCUGUUAACUCUACUUUUUUUCUGUCUUGUGAUGGUGUGAGUUGAUAUCAUACUGCUACAUGUGUGCGAAGUUCAUAGGCGGAUGUCACACUUACGCAGUCUAAUAUUGCAAAAGCCAAGUUCUGUUCAGUGUAGCUGAAUUAAUUCAGUGUAUUUCACUCUCAGAGCUUUAUUGAAAGGAGCUGCUUGAAGACGUUGGUCUGUCUCCUUGGCGAACCAAACAUUAAUGUUCUGCUAUAAUGUCUUAGUGUGGAAGAGCCUUCAUUUGUCAUUAUGGAGGUUUAUACACAACAUAAUUGGAGAGGCUUCUCCCCAGGUUUGUUGUAAUAUAUGUACAUAUAUAUAUAAAAAUAUGAUUGUCUAGCAAACAAUCUUAAAAACAAGAACAAGUUUGAAGACAGCAAAAAAGCAACCAGCGCUACAACAAUGACAUGAAUUAUUACGGGGGGAAAAAUUCACAGAAUUUAUAAUAUUGCAGUGGAUUACAUACAUGUACAUGUUCGCAGCGUUUCACAUUGGGUUAGGUAGUGUGUCUGGCAUGCGGAUUAUUGCACAUGAGAGUUCAGUCUAGUAAUGGCUUGGGGAAAGAAACUGUCUCUCUUAUGGUAUCCCAUCAUAUCGAUUUGUGUAAAAGAGAAAUACAAGAUCAACCACAUCAUACAGCUUCAUGUCUUAUCAACUUAAUCAUAUUUUCAUUCGGCUAAUCAUCCUAUCAUAUUGUGAUAUCGUUUUGUAUUGUAUCUUUUUUUAGUUUGUAUCGCGCUGCAUUAUUUCGUAUUGUGUUGUAUCUUAUCCCAUUGUAUUGUGUUGUGUAGUAAGACAUUUUAUUGUGUUUGUGUUAUCUUAUCCCAACAUAGAGUCACCAUUUUAGUUAAAUAAAAAGAAAUAAUCUGUUGUUUCAUAAUUUCAAAUGAGUCUUGAGAGAAAUGACUGGAUGGAGCUGAACUCUAAUAAUCAUGAUUGACACUUGCCCCAUAGUGGCGGGGUGGCAGUAGCUCAGAAGGUAGAGCGGUCGUCCAGUAACCAUAAGGUUGGCGGUUCCAUUCCCUCCUUUCCCGAGUCUGUCCGUUAAGUCCUUGGGCAAGACACUUAACCCCCUUGCUCCCAGUGUGUGUCCUCCACUGGUGUAUGAUUGUGAGUGUUGUGUGAUGGUGGUCGGAGAGGCCAUAGGCGCAAACUGGCAGCCAAUGCUUCCGUCAGUCUGGCCCAGGGAAGCUGUGACUAUUAAGGUAGUUUACCACCACCAGAGUGUGACUCUGUGAGGGAAUGGAUGAUGUAUCCAAUGUAAAGCACUUAGAGGGUCUCUGAUGAAGCGUUAUAUGAAAUCUGAUGCAUUAUUAUUUUUAUUACAGUGUUUGCCAAUAGAUUCUGCAACCUGCUUCAACAAAGCUGCUCUAGUGACUUAAGUUAAAAAAUAUAUAUAUUUGUUUUGCAUCUGAUCCUGCUGAUAUUUAUUGUGUUAUGUCAACAUUGUAUGAUAAUGUUUGAUAUAAAAAAAAUAAUGUAUAGUUGAACAACUGAAAGAUAAAAAUAUCUCUUAAUUCACAUAAUUGAGCUGAAUAGUGAUAAGCGCUGUGGUAUUCAUCACCGUAGUAACCAAAUAACCCAGGAAACCUGAAUUUCACUUAUGGCCAGAAAUGCCGUGAUGAUUUUUUAAACAUACUUGGAAAAUUUAAACCAUAUAUUACAUAGAUUGCUUUAUUUAUGUCGUCUGUGAAUUUUCUUUUCUCAAAUACCAUGCCUAACAUACAGAGGUUAUUCAAGAGUACAGAGCUUCCUUAAACAAAAUGUAGUACAGUAAUUGAAACAGUCUGUUCUCGCUGUGCGCCAGCAUACAUUUUUUAAAGCUUACAUUGUUUUACAGCAGAGCCGAGCAGGCAAGCGAGCAGCCAUUUUCCCACCUCAGCAUAAUGCUGUGAGUCGAACAGACGUUGGAUCAAUAUUUGGCCAGCAGUCACAUGAAGCUCUGUGUGUUUGUCACAUUUAGUCUCAAGUGUUUGUGCAGUGAAAGCCUCAAUCAGGCAGCAGACAAACAGGCAGCAGAGCAGAUGGAGAGGAUAGUUUGGAUCUCAUCUCCUCCAUGGUUCACAGGCUGCCACGGACAGAUUCUGCUUUCCUCUGCGUCCUGUGCCGGCGUUAGCGUGGGCUGACAGCCGUCUGUAACUCUAGAGACAGCUGAGUGUAAAGAGAGAUUAGCUGCGAGUGACUUGUCUGAUCUGAUAAUUGGUAUCAGAUGGUUCAUGAUACUGAGUUAAUGCAUGUAUCUGUGUUUUGAAUCAGCAGGAGAAGAAGGAUUACAGCAGGUAACCUUUAGAGCUAAUAAAUGAAGGGAGCGAAGAAGUGCCAAAAUCUGCAGUUCCUCAAGCGUCCACUUGAGGCUGACUGCUAAGGCGAGUCAAUCCUCAUCAAGUCCCAUACUAAAAUCCCUGAUUUAAUAACUGAAUCAAAAUAACUUAACUAUCUAGACUAACUCUACAUAGCUGUUAAGGUCAGUAUUUGUGAAUUGGGUGUCACUUUGCGCUAAAAUUUAAAAAUUAUAAGAUUAUUUGAUGCAAAAGCUUACCUCUGAUUCAUAUGAAGGUGUGGUCCCCUUUUGCAGCUGAUGAUAACUCGCUCAUGCUAAUACUCGGCGCGCGCUCCACAGUGUGCCUCACAUAUGUAUACUGACACAUAUGAGCCACGCAAGAAAAAAGUAAUUUUUAAGGUGUGGCGGCUUCUAUUCAGCCAUGGCGCUGCACCGCAAUCAAUUGUAUGUAGGGGAAACCCUGUGUUAAUCAUCCCAGCUUCAUCCGAGUCUCCUGAAGUAGCCACGCAGGUGCACUGUGUAGCGUUUAAACUUUCUAUUAAGUUUGAAAUGGAAUCAUGGCGGAAAGAGGAGACAACAGUGUUGAAGACAUCCAUCAGCCCUCUCAAAGACCAAGUCAGAAGUGUGGGCAUAUUUCAUAGGAAUGUUGAGGAAACACUUAGUUUAAGACAGUAAUCCUGUCUAAAUAAGAUGAAACAAUGAAAACAAGACAUUGUUUAGUGCAAGUUAAAAGCCUCAAAAAUGCUAUAAUCAAUGCCUUUGAAUACAUUUUCAAAAAUACCACAAUAAUACCUAAAGCCAUGAUUAUUUUGGUCACACAAUAAGAUAGCAUUUUCAUACCGUUACACCCCUAGAUAUUCUGCCUAGUCGUGUAGUUGUUUUUGGAGCAACAAAGCAGUGGUAUUGUUUUCUUUGAAUGUUGACUGUAAUAAGAAAGUACCUGUUCCCAAACUCACCACACCAAGUGUAUUUUCUGGCUCGUUCAGUUUUCAUACUUGGAUGUAUUUCGGCAGUCGUAUGAGUUGAGGUUGGUGUCGGCUUUCCUAGAGGGGAAAGGGCAGAAUUGUAGGUAAGAAAAGUUAUUAAAAGUUCCAGAUUGGGGUGCAGAUACUCUAGUGAAGUAGGUGCGCCCCAUACACACAGGUGGGCCAAAAAUAAAUCUCUCAAACAGAACCAGAUUCAGGUUGUUAAUGAGCACUGCUCUCCCACCAGACAUGUAAGCAACAAGUUCUCUUGGCUCUCUUGGAUUUAUAGUCUGAUAAAUAUACAGCUGUUGUCAGCCCCCUUAUCUUACCCAGGAGGGAAAAAAAACUUUUAACUUACUGAUCCACAAACCAAUAAAUUAGCCUUCUGGCUCGAGCACCUUUUCUGCCACAGCAUUCACUGGGUUCUUGCUUCUCCUCACCCUCUCUUGCAAAUAUGGUCACUUCUCGAUUCACAUAACCAACAUGGUAACAAUCACAAUCACACUGCUGAACCGGCUGACUCUAAAACCCUGCCCACAGCCCAAUAUGUGACAUAUUAAAGCUGCCUCUAUUAUUAAUGCACUCUGUGGAGUCACUUCUGUGAUUUAGUGCACACUGCUUUCAUGCUUUCGUGUGGAAUUUCCAUUGAAGUAAAGAGAUUGAUGUCCAAGUCCUUCAUAAAAAAUGCACAAUUUAAAUUAAAGAUUCCAUCAAAGCUCGACUACGGUCUGCUCAACAAGUUGUUAGUAAAAUUACACAGAGAGAGACAAUGAUGCAUCUUUAUACUCUCUAAGUGUGUUGUCAUCUGUGCAGCUGCAUGUGGUGCAAUUUACUGUGUACGCAGCAUGCAGGCGGUGUUUAACGCAGAGCUAAUGAAGUCAGAGCAAUAUAGAGCAGCCUUAAUAAAUCCCAGUGGCUAAUGUGGUUUAAACUAAUGAGUAAAUCCUCAUUUCCAAUUACUUAUGUGGUCCCAUAAAAUACAGAGUUUAACCUCAAAGUGUUUGGAAGCAAACAGCUGCUGAGUGGUUUCAUGGACCCUUUGAGAAUGAAGGAAAGGAACUCAGAAACAAACAGUAUGAGCUUUAUUCAAACCAGACUGUGACCGUCUUUGAAAAUGGAACAACUUGUCCCUAUCGCUGAUCUGCAACUAAGUAUUGAUCAGAACCUCUCUGUUACAGUUUAUAGAGGUUCAUAGUGUUUUUCAUUACAGAGUCAUGUUUCUCAAGAGCAUCAUCUUUCUAUCAAAAUGUGAAUUAAAAUGCGAGCUAACCAGCUCUGCAGCCCAAAGCUCUCCUCAUGCAUGCACCGUACUCCUGAAAAUUUGUCUGGGGGCCUACAUGUGUGAACAUAAAAGGCUGAAUCACUCAUCCUGACUUUGAGCAGGCUUUGUCCUUCAAAGUCCCAAGUAAAAAGUCUGUGUGAGUCAGUGCGUGAACGCAGCAGGUAAUAGUCUGGAACAUUGGCGGCCAGUGAGUAAGCAAAGUGAUGAUUAUGUUCACACUGAGCACAGCUUCUCUACUUUGUACAGCGUACUGCCUCUCUACGCUGUCAGUGGAAUAUUUUCCUCUGUCUUGCCGGUAUAACAGACACAUUCUUGUCCACACUGUAGGAAUAGAACACAGGAACAUUCACAGUCAGGACUUUUAGGAUUCCCCUUCACCCAAACAGAGCAUUUACAGCUGAUAGACUAUGUCUGACAUGGUUGGUUUCUGCUGUGAGAUGCUAACCUAUCCAGGAAAAUGCCUGGACCUGGCUGUUCUGAAAUAAUCUUAGAAAUGUUAGCAGUUCCUGUGCAGGAAGAACUAAAGUAGAGCUAGUUUAUUCAACCCUUGGGAAGAAAGGGCGUCAUUACAUUCAGAAAACUAUUAGGAUCUGCUUCAAAAAACAACCCAAACGUUUCUGCUUUGGAUUGUUUUGAAGCUUCUUUUUUGCCUUGUCUUCUCCACUUUUCACACGCAGUCUUCACGAAAAGUGACCCAUUUAAUUGUCAUAAGUCAGAAUAAUGAUAUUAUUUGUCAGGACAUAUUAUUUCAUCAUGUAGGGGACCAAAUAGGCAAAGACUGCUUUGUCCACAGGGGGCGCCAGACUGAAAGUCCCUCACAGGAGCUUUGAGGAGAACAACUGUUUUUGCAUUGAGGAGCAGGGGUGUCCUAAACCGUUGUUGGCUGUUGUGCAUAGGUGAUACAGAAUAAUAGGGCUGGCAAGAUUAAGAUCACAAAUGUUGCAGUUUUUGGCAUUAACACUUUGGCACUUACAUUGGUUUAUUAGUAAGUAUGCUUGUUUUGUGUCUUGAUGACAGUUUUCUUUUCUGGCUGUAAAAUAAGAUAAUGUAAUAAUUUUCAUCCAAUAAACAAGCUGUUGGGAACUUUCUGUUAAGUUCCCCGUGUGGACAAAGUGAUGCCUUUUUUUCCUGGUCUGUAUGUCAAAGUAGUUUUCAGACCAAAGACACAUCAUGUAAUCAUCUAAAACUGAAACAUGUCUUUGACUUUGACUAAUAGCCUUGGAAGAGCCUGUUUCUUACUCAUUCAAAAAGCUCCUUACAGUAGCUUUAAUUCCACGCAUCUAUAUAAUUUUAAAUUGAAGGUAACCUGUUCUUUAUUCUCUCUCAGUUUAGUGUAAAUUUUUGGCCUUAAAAUGGUUUAUUGGGGGAAAUUAAGCACUUUUAGCAACAGUUAAGACCCCGUUUUUCUUCUGCUGAACUAAAGUAAGUAGAGUAGCUGAGAUUACGCUUGUAUCAGUUUAGAGCAGCCUAAGCAUUUAAACAGCCUCAGUAAAAGAAUAACAAGUCUUAACGUGUGGUUUUCAGGGGACUUUACAAUCUUUUUUAGGAGAUUAUCCUGAGCUGGUGUAACAGGUUACAUUUCAUCUUGUUUUAUCUGUAUUUUCCAACUUGUCUUGUUCUGAAAUCAAUGUAAAUGCCCUGAAGAAAACUUCUAAAAAAGCCCAACUAUUCCCUCAGUCUAAGUUUUGCUUUACUUUCAGAACAGAAAGUACUGCUGUGCUGAAUCAUAUCAAACAAAACAAAACAAAACCUUUUCAGAUUAGUGUGCGACCUAAAACUGAUCCAUCAGGGGCUCUCUGACAUGAAAAUGUCAGAAAGGCUGUGAACACAAGAGUUCAGAGUUAAAGUGCCAACUUUUGGCCGCUUUGCUUAGAAUUUCUUUCUGUAGUAUUUCCUCAGAGAGGGUCAUUUCCAGAGCAAUCUAUCAGUGCUGCUGCAUGAGAUGAAGGCAGUCGAGGGAAAACGCUAAACAUCACUGAUACCCAGACAAGCUUCAAGAGUUUUCUGUUGACUGAACAGCUCAGAGAAGCUGAAUUAGCGACAGAAAGAUAAGACACGGUUAUUAAUGGGUGUCUGCUAACUGUUGUCUCGGUGCUGCUGCUGCUUUGUAGUUUGUUUUCAAACAGUUUGGAAUAAUUGUGCAGAGACUGGCCUGGUUUCCAGCAAAGUUAUUACACAAGGAAGUCCUCCAACACAUAUGCCCACGCAGAGUUUUUGUCCCCAGCCCCAAUAUGUCCCACCAGCACUUUUCCAUAAUUAGAGCUUUUACUGAUCCCAUUUCAUUCUCACACAUGCAGGAUUUUAUUUUAUUUUACUUUAAAGGUAUAUUCCGACGGAAAAUUAAUUAAUAGCAAUACACAGCGGUCUGAGGAGCCAUAAACAAACCUCAACCAGAAAGCCACUCUAUUGCCACAAAUAAUGCUCAGAACAGCACCUAACUUCAUCAACAGUAUAGGGUCCCAGCCAUAGCACUAGCCACCAAACAUCUUUUUAACUUUGCCCAAUUUCUAAAGAGACUAAACACAACUCACCUACUCUCUUCUAGCAGCCGCUUGUUUGUAGUGAGACCUCAGGCCUGUCGGUUAAGGACUGCUGUGGGGUGAUGCAGCUCAGGGAAGAACAUUUAUGAUCAUUUCUUUAUCACUUCCUUAAAGCAAUAAUCAUCAUAUUAAUCAUUUUGCACUGCAGACGCGGUAGUUCUUCUGCCUUAGCGUCUCGGUCUGAUUGCGUUUCAAUGAAGAAAUGAUCAUAAAUGUUCUUCCUUGAGCUGCAUCACCUCACAGCAGUCCGUAAUGGACGGUCCCGAGGUCUCUACAAACAAGCGGCUGCUGGAAGUGAGUAGGUGAGUUGUGUUUAGUGUCUUUACUAAAGAAAUUAGGCAAAGUUAAAAAGAUGUUUAGUGACUAGUACUUUGGCUGGGACCCUAUAUGUACUGUUGAUGAAGUUAGGUGCUGUUCUGAGCAUUAUUUGUGACUAUAGAGUGGCGUUUUGGUUCAGGUUUGUUUAUGGCUCCUCAGACCGCUGUGUAUUGCUAUCCUUCAGUCGUUACUAAAGUUAGUAUAACUAGAGAAGCAAGCGGUUUGCAACAUUCAUCUCUCAAGGGGGUGUCUAACUCGGUGUUAAAGAGUGUUUGACCCAAAAUUAAUUUUACGCUGGAAUAUCCCUUUAAUAUGUUUAGUUUCAUCUUAUGCUGCCUUCCUCUAAUAAGAGCUUUCUUAUCUUAUUAAGUGACAGAGAGAGAAAUAUAAAGUAUGGCAGAACAUUUUCUCGAAUACAAAAAGCUUCUCAGUGGUGGGUUCUCACAGUCAGCCUAUUUGUGACCUCCCUGCAGCCUUAGCUCUAAGUCUGACCCCCAGAGCUGAUGAGACUAGCCAGACAGACCAGUCGAGUCCAGUCCUCAGCUCAGACACAGCCUGCAGAAAUGAUCAUGCAGUGAGAGGGAUGAAACAGAUACAGACCGACCUGUCACAAAGCAUCAUCUCUAUUCCCCUCUCUCUGCAUGCCAGUAUCCUCAGCUAGCAGAGUUAUCUCUAAACUCUGCUGUGUUCAUUAGCUUUAAAUAGAACAGUUCUUCUUGUGGAGUCUCAGUUACUCUCUCCACUCAUCUGUCUUUGCACUCGCACUAAUGGGAUUAGAAGAAUGGAAUAUCACAAGUGCUUUUAGCUGCACCAAGCUGCUUAAGCUAAUUAAAGAGCCAGAAAUGGAGAGUUUUAUCUAACUACAGGGAUCCUUAGGAAAAGAGUGUUAAUCAGACCUCAAAGACCCCGGCCUUUCUCCCACACACAGAGACCCGGGGAAGAUAAGUGGCUGAGUAGAUGUAAUAGAGGUGUUGAUAAGACCCAUCCCUCCUCUUCACAGUAAUCAGUCAGCCAUAUUUUCUCUCAUUUAGAUCACAGAUUCUCUGCAAACAAGUUCUGAGACGGACAGAAAAAAAAAACAGGAAGUGAGUAUUGGAGGAGGAAUGAUUCCUCCCAUCGCAUACUUUAAAGUGGACUCUGAAGUUUUGUUUACAUGCAGUUGCUUAAGAAAUCAGUUUGGUCCUUCAGACAGAGAAGAAUUCCCGGCAGUGUCCUCUCCUCUGUUUGGGUAUUUCACAGGAAAUUCCCGAGAGAUGUAAGCGGUUGUUACAAGCUUCAUGUUCUGACAUUGAAAGUUGAUAUUGCAGCUCUUUCGUGGGGAGGGAAAGUAAUAGUUCAAUUUACUCCAGACACCUUCAGUUUCAGUUUGAGCAACUGUCUGAAAUGUCCUGAAACAACACACGUUUUCUUUGGACUCUGGAUCUUCAGCAAAUCAACAAAAAACAUCAAAACAAGGCUUUACAAAUAGGCAAUAACCGGCUAGAACUAGAAUGAAGUUGUUUCAAAAAGCUAGGCAUAAUAAAACAAAAUUAAACAGUUUUUCUUUGGCUUAAUCCUUGACACAAGCGCCCUGACUGGCACCCACUCAAUGUCUGUCUCUGGAGCAAUGUCAGGAGUUCAAUUUGGCUCUGAAUUGUAGAAUUCAAAACCCUUUAUAUGAAUUAUUCUUUAUUCAGUAACACACUUUUAAAGAGUUAACUUUUGUGAAAUUUUUCAGUAGCAAGAUAGUUUUUUUUUCACCCACCAGGCAUAUGGUGGUGUACGGUGAAGAAGUAUACAUUGUUUCAGAGGUCUAUCAUUCUGGUUCAGUGAAGGAACAUCUCCUCUCUUUGCUGAUCUUGAUGGAUCAUUAGUUUAUAUUAAUGACAGAGAGGGAGACUGGUCUCUUAUGGAUGAUCUACUUUGACUUUUGAUUUGAGAGGGAGCAGCUUACUACAUGAACAUACUGUACAUCCUUGAGUAGUUUUCUGACUUUUAUCCAGUUAAAGUUGAGUCUCUGUGUGUCUCUGUGUGUCCCUGUAGCCCUCUAAUCCAUCGUCAAAACCUGAGCAGCAGGGCUGUGAAGGCUGGACAGGAAAAAGGGGAAGACAAACAUAUGCUGUCCAAUAUCUUGAUCCAUUAAUCCUGAAAAUUUACAACCACACUCUGAGCUUCAUAUUUGAGUUUUGGUCUCUAACUUCUGAAGUAGAAAACAUCCGGUGUGGUGGUUCAGAAGGAAACUGUUGAUACUUUUCAAGGACCCACAUGCACACAUACCAAAAGUCAGAACACUUCGGCACUUUUGUAGAUCAGGUUUUUUUAUUUGCGACCCUCUUGAACACAGAUCUGAAAGGAAAGAUGUUGCCUUUAUGCUGUAAUACAAACCCAUCUGAAUAACAAUAUUGCCUGAGGUGCAUGAGGCCAGUGAGUAGGUCAUGAAUAUGUAACAGAUGAUCCCUGAGAUAGAGGCUGGCACAGAGCAGACUGGAAACCUCGUUGCAUAAACUGUGAGCCACAUAAAGGUCUGGGAGGGCUCAACUGAACAACAGAAGGCACUUUUCCCCCCAGAGGAUUUGGCCUAUGACAUGUCCAGCUUGUUUUGGUGUCAGUGCAGCUACCUCUCCGAAUAAUAAAAUGUCAGCCCGUCGGAAAAAAAGCAGCUGCGAACAUGCGCUCCUCCUCUGGGCCAGUCAUUAACAAAUGUCACCUUGCAGCUGUUUACAGUGUGGGCGUAGAGCUCUUACUGUUCGGCUUUUGAGUUACAGGGAAAUAUUAAGGUUCAUAGAAAUCUUUAAGCACAAACGCUUAUUUGUCUGGAAUGGCAGAUUGUGUGGGUAGAGAAAUUGGCCUGUUUUUCCUUUAGCAACUGGCAACUUAUAUUGGCUUUAGAUAGUGCUGUGACCUCCAUGAUAGCUCUGUUAACCAUCAUGUGUUCAACAUACUUAAAACACGUAAAAAUAUCAACAGAAAAAGAAAGCAAUAGAUCUUAAAGACCCACUUCUAUGAAAAUUAUGUUUUUCUUGUUUUUUAUACGUUCAUAUGGCAUUUUUCUGAUGCUACAGGACAUAUCGUGAGAAAACGAAAUUUGAAAUUGCUUUUCCGAGUAUUUCUUCAUUCAAAACGCUGUGAAUCUCUGGCAGACCCAAACAGCAGGAUCAGAAACAGAAAGAUUUCAUACGUAACCACUCCAAGCUCCGCCCCCACGGAACAAGCGUGUGCGUUAGCAGAUUGCAAUGCUCGUAAGAAAGCUUAUUAUGAUAUUAACUUUCAUCAUGUCCCCAAAGACAAUAGUGUCCGAGAGCUGAAUAGCACCUUUGUUACCUGCCACUUCUACUACACUGGCAAUGUUAGGCUACAAGCUAGCGUGAAGAGAAGUGUGCAGAGCAGCACUGUCUCUGCCCACGACUCAGAGGUGAAUUGCUAAUGAGCCACUGGAACUCUGCAGAAAAAAAGCCCUUGAAAAUGACACAGGUACCGUGAUUUUGGCUAAAAAUGUCCUAAUCACAUUUAAAGACCGCUGAGAUCACUUGAAGUUGUAAAAAAAAAAAAGGCUUGGGUGGGACUUAAAUCUGCUGUGCUCUGAAAGGUUAGAAAAUUGUAUCUCACGUAAAUUUAUCGCAGGCUUCUGCAGAUUCAGGUGCCCAUCUACCAACUUGACCGCCCAAGAAAGGCUGCAGCGGCCAUGUUACAGUCAGAGUCCAGCAUAACCAGAUCCCUGUUAAUUAAGGCCUAAAACAGGACUGAGGAUCCCUUUUGUGGAAGCAGAACAAAAAGGGACCCAAGAUUGAGCCUUGUGGAACUCCAGUAACCAAUCUGAAAGGUUCAAAGCUUAUUAAAAAAAAAGUGUGACUCUGAGGAUAUCCACACUGUACUCUAACAAAUUUAAUCUGACUGGAAGGAGUAUUUGUUCUUUCUGUUCUUUUUCGAGCUUUAUGUAAGUGCUGAUUAUUAGCAUCAUUCAGUGGCGACAGUUUUCAGCGGAACAAAAUUAAGUAUUUGUUUUGUCUCAGUUGCCUUUCAGUUUUUUCCCUGACUACAUAUUGCAUUGUUCACUCCUAUCAUAAAAACAACACUGCAUUCUUUUGAAAUCUCUUGUAAUUGAAUGUGUUUGCCACCCAGGCAGAGUUGAUCCCAGGCCUGACAACCUCAUUUCUGCUCAAGGAUUUAAGAGUUCAGAGAGGAUCAGUUUGAGCGAACAUGAGCACAGUGAGGAAUGCCUGGCUCACUGAGUGUGCAUCUGUAGAGCAAUCUGUGGUUUUGGUGGAAAAAUAUUAAAUUGCUGUACCACUUAUAUGUGUGAAGACGUGGUGAAGCCAUAUUCCUUUUCAUUUUUCCCCUUGACUCAUAAAGUAAACUGAGCUUAAAACCUUGAUUGCAUAGGAGUAAAACCAGACUCGGCUCCAAACCCACGAUUGGUACUCACCUUUUUUUCUUUCUUUUUUUUUUUUUUGGUAGUUGCUGUUAUAAUAAUGCUCUUUUGGAACUUCUUCUCCAAACUAGCUACUUCUUUAUCUGACUACAUGUUUCCUUGUGUUUUGCAUCAUUUCCAACAGUAACAGAGACUAUUAAAUUAGAGUGUUGCUACCCUUUUGUUUGUGUCUUUGUUUUUCCUCCAUUAGUCCCUCUGUCUGCUCUUUUCCUUUUGUCUCAGUGUUUCUGCUGCUUUGCUUUCACAUCACACUCCACUCCAUGUUGGCACUGUGCUAGAUAAAUCGAUAGAGUGAAUGGUAAAGGCUGAAAUGCUCUGCUGGAGACGGGGGAUGCUCAGCCACUCAAGGAUGGAAACAAAUCUUACCAAGGGACACGCAGACCCAUGUACGCACCAACAGACUCAAGAUUUGUAAAAGUAUCAGUAUGUGAGGAUGAGAGCAGUUACUCUAUAUUGUUCAUACUGUAGUAAAAUUAUUGGUAUAAUAUACUUGGUUAAAAAUGUCCUCAAUGCUUGGUUAUACCAGAGAGACACAAAGAACAUUCAGGGUUACUUUUCAUAAAAUCAACACAAACUGAAAUGUUGGCUCGGAAAAUUACUUCCCUUGGCAAACCUCGUGUGUGUCUUUAUGCCAAAUUGUACACUUUGAAAGUUGACAUGCAUAAUGUAGGAUAAAAAGUAGCAACAAAAAAUCCCUGCCUAAGAAACGUAUUAAAAAGGUAUGAAAUGUUGCCUAAAGCAUUACACUGCAGAAGCCUAUUUAUAAUUGUUGUAAAUGUACCUCUGUAUGGCCUAUAAUAAUAAAUCUGUACAUGCUGUUGGGCAUAAAUUGACCACACCUUUGAUACAGGAGUUCCACAGGGCUCAAUCAUGGUUCCCCCUAUGUUUUGCGUCUUCAAAAACAUCCUUUUUCCUGUUUGUCGGAAGAGUUUGAUAAUGAAUUGAUUAAAAUUGUAGAUGGCAACCAAGCAGUGAGUGAGUCAAACAAUAGCCAAGUACUGGUAAAUUGUACUGUUUUUUUCCUUGACAGUUUUUAUUCCUGGUGUUCGGCUCUUUUAAGGUAAAAUGGACUGUAUCAUGAAAAUGUGUAACUUUUGUAGCUCUAUCCCAUAGUAUUGCUAAUAUUUUUGGUUAAGGAGAUUAAACAUUUCGUAAAAAUAAAACAGUCAAAAGUCAUAAUCCCAGCCAAUGCCGCACUAAUGAGAUUUGCACAUAAUGAUGUAAAAUACAGAUUUGCUUCUGCUGUUGUUUUCUAUAUAGUCAUGCAGAGCUGCACUGAAAGAAUAAGAUGCUAUGAUAUGUGCUAUUUUACUUUGAAGCUUAAGACCCAGACCCGUGUGGCACUCAGACAGUUUAGUUUUAUAGAAAUCUGAAAUUCUCUCAUUUUCAUAUUAAAUUUACAAUAACAUUGGUGUAUGGUCACAUUGAUUCCUGGCAUAUCAGGUCUGACGUCUCCAGUAAGGUCUGGGAAAGACCUAAAAAAUGAUCUCUAGAAAAGAGUCUAAUCACAGAGCGAAGUUAAUAUUAUUCUUUAUUAUAAUUCAGUGUAAGAUGGGUCGAAAAACCAAUAAUGCCUCUUGCCUCAUUACAUGUAUUUAAACAAAGGUUUCAACUAUACACUUACAUUGUCAUUUUCAGGGGAUGUUGGGGGAAGCUAAACUUUCUGAGGAUUGGGGCAUAAUCUAAUUAGAUUCAGAAAGGGAAUGCAGCAAAUCUCAAAACUCUUUAUUAAUUAAAUUCGAAAGACUCAGUAAAUAGCGGAUGUGCAGCUCAGCUCUCUGAAUUUCAGUCUCCCUCCUCGGUUGACUUUAUUUUGCAGUUUUCUAAAGCUGCCCGCCCGCUAACCGCCUGCUUCCUCCUCCUGAUUUCUCUCUGUUGAACCCCCCGAUGGCCUUCUCUUGUUUCACUGCUUUUUUCUCACUACUUCUUUUUUAUCUCUCUCUCACUCUCUGGAGGAUGGAGCAUCGAACGGGGUGGUUUGAAUUAAUUCAGAGUGAAAUAACGAAGCAGCUUGGCUCUAUGUUAAAACUGAGCAACAUCACAAAAUAAAUUUACAGCUGGGUGAGCGCUGAGGAGUGAGACGGAAAUGGAAAGAGGAGAGAGUGUAGGAGCUGCAAAACUGUGUAAUUAGGAGGGCAGAAAAGAGCCGUGACAAGCACAGAGAGAAAAAAAACACAUUUUCUCUGUUUCUGUGAAUUUCAAUCAGAAUAAAAGUUGACAACACUAUGUCUAAUGUGAAUGGACAAUACAGACCUACAUAGAUUGAGUUAAGAUUUAGGGUAGCAGAGCUCUAGAUAUCAUUUUUGACAAAGACAGUGUUGAGGGUCUGAAGCAGCUCUUUCUCAUUAUUCAAGCAGAAAUGUCCAUUUUUCUAAAGGUAAGAAAAACACUGAUAUGGUCAAAGUCCAGUUUGUUUAAAACAGCUAAACAGAGGAUCACAGAGUCUGCAGUGUCUACCUUUAGCAGAGCUAGAACCACCAGCUCUCAGUUCUUCUUGCAGGUCUACGUACCUGUUCUGGUUACUACCAUUACUCUGGUUAAAGUUAUAUUCCUGUCUAAUCAGACACAGCCUAGAUUCAGCUUUAUCUCUUGGGGUAAAAUUUCUAAUCAUGGAGCUUUUUCAUUCUAUAAAACAAUUUAACGUUAUAAAAAAAGAAUUUAAAAAGGUCAGACUGAUACCAUGAGGGAGAAGGUGCAUAAUGAGAACUCUUUUAUUUGAUAGACUCACUCAGAGUCAGUAUUGUUCGACAGGCAUUUUAUAUCUAUUUAUUGAGGCUAAAUGUGGUGAACUUUAAUAUCACAAAAUGUGUUAUUUAACACUGCUGUUUGUUGGAUGUAUAUCGAUUUAUAGAUUUGUUAAUGUUCUUAAUUGUUAUUACAAUUUAAUUGAAGCUCCUGUGAGGAACUUUGGGGUCGUGUCAGUUUUGGCGCCCCCUGUGGACAAAGCAAUCCUCGCUUUUCUUGCCUCUUAAAUGCUAAAUAGUGACUAUUGUGAGUCAUUUGUAUCAGUCAUUAUGAUGUUUUUAUGGAAGUUGUAUAUACAGGGCUGUUAUACCUGCCCCCCUCGCAUCAAUUUCAAACAUCAGUAUCUCAGCCUUUUAGUAUCUCAGAAAAAAGCAUCAAUAUGAAUUUCAGUCUAUUUCAUAAAUGUGAACAACUUCACACAGGAGUUUUAAACCAGGAAGUCCUCCUCGAAAUGAAACAUUUAUUUACAAGAGUGUCCUGGUAAGGGUUAGAAAGAGUGGUUCCAGACAUACAACACCUAUUUUGAAAAAUAUGUCAGUAUAUCAUGAGUCACAUGAGAAGAAGUCAUCGGUCCAAGCAUCUCCAGUCUGAUGCAUCUUCCUCAAUGUUUUCAGUCCACUUCUGUUCAAAGAGAUCAGCUCUCUCAGAUCAAAGUCCUCCUUCAGGAGCGGCAUACCUUAGACUAACUCUGCCCAUUAUAAGACACAAAAUAGCAUCUCAGAAAAUGUCAGUAAAAUAAUGUUGAUGCCAGGGAUUGCGUUUGUCAGGGCUUUGGUUAUUUUGGAAAAAUAAACUCAACAAUAACUAUUAAGACAUGAAAAAAGACGACAUUUGAAUCACUGUAACUCUGCUCGAGUAUGGUGGGCAGUUUUUGUGUCCCAGUCCAAAUGAAAAUCUGAGUCACUCAUCUGAACAUCUUCAGUACAUCCCAGGGAAUCUGAUCAAAGGCUGUCUCUAUUUCUCCCUUACACACUUUUUCAUACAUACACACACAUAUGCAUUCACUACCACACACACACGGACAUGAGAUAUGCUGGAUAUGCACACUUUGUCUGGUCUGCACACACUUAUAAUUCAUAAAAGAUCAGAGCCAUGCUCCCUCCAGCAGCAAGACUUUUAAUGCAUUCGUAAUGACAAUGAGGACGUGUCCUCUGAGCCACUCUCCUUCUCUCUCUCUCUCACACACACACACACGUACUGAUUAUGGCACCCCACUGGAAGUCCUUUUAAGUCUGGGCUUUUAAUGUUUUCUGACUCAGCUGUCGGGCUGUGUACAGCUGGGAUAUUAGGAUAGAAAAACAUUGUUAUUACAGUCUGUGUGACCGAAGUCUCUGCCCUUUAACCUCCCUAAUCUGCGGACAGCGCUGUCCAGAUGUUUGUUUCCUCAGCGUCAUGAGUUCUUAUCAUCCUGGAGUUCAUUAAUGAAAUGAUUUAACAUUUGUGUCAGUGAUUUUCAUAGAUAAAGCUGUGGGGGAACAUUCCGAUGUUGUCCGCCUGUGAAAUGUUGAAGUUUUUGACUUAAAUAAGGAGCGGUUGACUGAAGUGUCCUGUCCUUUCUCUCUGUCUCUGCUUUCUCUCCAGAAACUCUUUGGCAGUCACGAACCUUCAUCUGUUCAGCUCUGGGUCUCCUACAACCGCCAGCCAAUGAGAGCAGCACAGUUCAUGACCCGCCAUCCAAUCACAGUGAGUCUUCUUUUUUUUUUUUUUUACAUGUUCUACAGCAAUAAUUCAACAUAGAGAGUGUAUGAGAACCUCAGGGACAAAAUGAUGAUAUAAUAAGGAACAAUAAACACAACUUUACUAAUAUGGUGUUUUUAUUGCCUUGUAUGGUUUCAGAGGGAUCAGAAACUGAUGUAACAGCUCAUUUCUUAUGUUUUAGAAAAUGGCCAUAACAUGACCAUAAGGUGCUCAGAAUAUUAAACAUUUUAACAAGUUCCUCGGCUGAGAUGCUGCUGCGGGCUUUGGUUGUGCGACACAGAAAACGUCUGGAGAUGCUACCAUGUUGACAAAUACAUUUUUAGUGCAAGUCAGGAGUUACAAAACAGAGCAACAAGACCUCGUUUCUGCCCCCAUCUCUCUCUCCUACUGCCUGAUUAUAAUGAUAUGAGUUGCUAUGAAUAACCAAAAUUAGGUAGUGUUAAUCAGAGGUGUAAUGAUUCAUUAAUAUAGUUGACCUGAAGAAAACACAGCAAGAUAAGUUAUUCAGGAGUGACCAUCUCUGCUGAGUGUGUGCAUGUUUAGGGGCUGUUUAAGAAAACACAUUAUAAUGGCGAUAUAUACACGGCUAUAGUAUCAUAUAAUUUCUAAGUCCGGGCAAAUUUAACUUCCUGGAGCAAAGAACCAGAACUAGUUUUGAGUGUUUAAAUGUACUUAGUGCUCAGCUUAAAUGAGUACAUCCCUUCAGAGUUGUCUGAAAACCUUUAGUUUUCUUUUCAAAAUCAACAUUUUCUAUGUCAGACUAUACAAAAAAACACUCCCCCAAUUGUAAGCCAUUGAUUGUAAGCAAGAUUUUUUAAGUCGCAUAAAAAUUUUUAUUUUUUUCAAUUUAAAAUCAGGAUAAAAAACUGAGUACACCCCAAUCAAGGUUCUGGAAGCAGAGCUACAUUUUAGUUAGCAUAUCACCCUUAUUUUCAUCUUAUGGUAAAUAAAAUUUUGUGUUAAACUCAACUUUGUCAAAACUUUGGAAAUUACACUUUUGCUCCUCUAGAUAUUGAGUAAUACAUUACUUUACAUAGGGGGUGAACUGACUUAUGCUGGACACUGUACAUUUACCUUAAAGAGCUUAAGUUGGAGCUGCACCCUCACCUUCAAAUCUUAACCUCACCUCAUCUCAUUAAAACAAAUCCAUUUUUAUCCAACAGGUGAUUUCUUCUGCACAGAAAAAACUCCUCUGAGAAGCAGUUAGGUUUAAUAGCUUUAAUUGACGUGAAACAGCAGACACACAUCAGUUACUGGCAGCGGUGUGUGGCACAUUAUUUGCAGAUGGUUUGAUGUCUGUUGACAGAGAAUCUAUCAGCUGAUACUGAUGCUCCGCUGAUAGAUUCGUACAUCUGUGUUGUUUAUGAGCUAUAACUCAGCUUCCAUCUGCUGUUCCUACUGUUUUACCUCUGUGUUGGCACCUCUGUGUCCUCCCGAAAGUAAAAUGAAUCUAAAAAGUGUUUUUUUUUUAUAACCACUAAAUUGGCACUGGUUAAUCUGAGGGUAGCUGAUAGCUGGCUUAGCUUCACCUGGCUGCCUCAGAAUGGUGUGAAAGCACAGUCAUUAUAGUCAAGGCUCGAUCCAGCUGGUAAAAUGUACACAUGAGUGAGAAAGCUGAAAUGGUUGCUGUCAUUCAGACUCUUGCUUUUCUUAUAAUGGGAUAAAAUUGUCUUUUAUUACGCAGCUCCAUCUCCUGUGAAUGCAUAGACCCCACAAGAUGACAUUUCACUCAGAAAUUACUCCUUUUAAGAGCCAUAAAGGUUUCCCGUCACUCCACUCUGACUCUACUAAGCUGAUGAUUUAGAAACAGAGGGAUGAAAUGCAUUUUACAUGUGAUAGAAAUGUUUAAGCCUAAAGUUUUUUGUGAUGGUUCUUAAUUGGAUGAAGUUUUUAAGUCAUUCUUUUAUUGAAAUGUCACUGGUAUAUUUCAUUGGUUAGUUAAGAAACUGCUCAAAACAGUAGAAAAAUAAGUGUUCCCAGAGGUCAGUUAUCAUUCUGAGAUUUUUUGCUGGAUCUAUAGUACAACAUAAAAAUAAGACAGACUGGGCUCUUUUGGACUGUCAGACCCCAGAGUCAUCCUAAUCCUAUUAAUGAUUCGAUAGAUUUUUAUGAUCCAGUUCGACUCAGGAGGUUUGAUUUUUCUCAAGCUAGAGAUGAGUCAGAGUUGCAGUCCUCCUGGUUAUUUCAGUACACUCAGGAUGUCUUGAAAACUGUGUGAUCCUUACUUCCAAAAAUAUUUGAUACGUUCGACUUUCUUGGUUUUGUUGGAAGAACCACCCACACCUCACCACAGAGUACAAGUCCACAUUUCAGCUGUAACAUCCAGUAUUAUCACUGUGUACCCAGAGUCUAGUUACGCUGUAUUUCAGUGAAGUAAAAAUGAUCCCCCCUCUCCUCUGUCUCUCCCUCUCUCUCUAAUAGGAGUACUACAUAGCUGAUGCCUCAGAGGACCAGGUGUUUGUGUGUGUGAACCACCUGAACAAUGUCACACACCUGUACAUCUCAGACACUCAGGGCCUGUCCUUCUCUCUGUCCUUGGAGAACGUUCUGUACUACAGUCCUGAGGGCUCUGGCAGCAACACCCUGAUACGGUAACACAUGUGCAUGCUAUCUUAACACCUAUCAAAAACCUGUCAGGUUAGUCUAAAAAAAGUAUCUGGAGUCAAGUGAAAGUAUCAUGAAGAAAAAAUACAGAAACAUCAGCCCUUUCUGAACUUUAGGCUGCUGGUGGUACAAAUGUGUUGCUCGACAACUUAAGUGUUUUUAAUCUUUUGAUUGGAAUUAUCCCCUGAAACCACCACUUUACCGGAUUAAGAUAAUCCUGAUAUUUUUUAACAAAAUAAAAAUCAAUCCUUUUCAAAAGUUUCGAAUGGUACAAACCAACGAUUGGAGCCAGAUCAAACAAACACUUGACCAUGAACGCUAAUAUGAUCCAGAGAUCCUUUGUUUAACAUAUACCAGACAUUUUCAAGUUUUCCUCCAAUCCUCGACCCAGAUUAUCAGAUUUCUUUGACAGCAGCGCCUGUGUGAUACGAUCUAAGCUUCACAGUUUACUUUGGUUGGUUUUGUUUCAUUUGUUUCCUCAAGACCAAAAAAUGCAGUUUGGGUAUUGUAAGUAAUGAGUUUCUCUUGCAAUAUGUGCAUGUUUACUUAGGUAUUCGUUUAACACAAGCGUUUACUGUAAGGAUGAAUGUGUGUGGAUCAGGUAUCAACCUGUAAAUAGUUUAUGAUCAAAGCUCUUCGUCAUCACCCAGCACUCAUGGACCAGCUCACAGAUGUGGUUCACUCUAAUCAGAUGGGGUUAUAGCCUCAUUAUACAAGAUCGUUGUGAACUCACUGCUUAGUAGUUUUCCACAUUUCCAUAUUCCUAUCAGAUGUAUGAAUUAAUUGAAAGCUGGCCUAAUCACUCAUCAAGCUCGUGAUCUCGGUUAUUAUUAAGAUCCCUGCAGCAGAUUAAAUAACGGUCUUUAGUUGAGGGUUUAUGGUAUUAGAUUGGAUAUUCUAGAUAUGAGGCGAAGCAGAGUCUGUUUCUUUGACAGAUUUUCUUUUUCUUUUUACCUAGGGUUGGGCAUUAAAACGAUAAUGGUAUAUAUCGAAACUAAUUCCCCUCGAUAUCGACUCAAAACAUGGUCAGUAUGCUUUUCAAUAGUCGGCAUUCUGACAUGUUUUGUAUAUGAAGAGCCAAUUAAAAGGGGAGUUUCUCCACUGAACCAAUCAUGUGCUGAAUUAGAACCAAGUAGCAAACAACUGUGUAGUAGCAGGCUGCAGCUACAUGCAACCAUAGCACUUUAACACAUGAAGCCGACAGCGCUGUUGGUGAGAAAAAAUGAAAAUGAGUGCUACCUCAGGCAGAAAUUUAGAUGAAGGCUUAACAGAUUACGACAUCGUCGACAAGACUGGCAGGAAACAUCGGUGGUGUGGAGGUAUUUUGUUUUUUUGAGGUUGUACAUGAAGCAAAGUCGUGAGCUCUGCAAAUAAUGUCAAGAACAUGUUCUCACGAAGUCAGGGAAUACCUCAAAGCAGUGCCACGCAGCAGAACAUGCACAAUGCAAAAGGUUACAAACCCCGAGCGAAGCAAGGAACCCAUGGCACCUGUGCAGCUGAAACAGCCGACCAUUCAGUUUGCUUUCUCUAGCACAACAGCUUACGACAAAACGUCCAAGAGACACAAAGACCUCACAGAUGCAGUAGCUUAUUGUAUUACAAAAGACAUGCUUCUAAUAAACACUGUUAAAUUUCAAUUUUUUUAUAUCGUGAUUUACAUUGAAAUCAAUUGAUUUGAAAAAACAUAUCAUGAUGAACUUUUUCCCAUAUCGCCCAGCUCUACUUUCACAAAUAGAAAACAAAUUUGUUCAUAGAAUCAGAAAACAAGUUGAUAGCAGAUACUUGCAACAAAACAGCUUUUAUCACGUCCACACAGUUGUGCAUCAAUGUUGCACCCUUGUGCACGAGCUGCUUGUGGUGAACAUCAUCACUGCAUGUGUGUGGUGAAUUUUCCUCACUUUUGACUUCCUGCAGAAAUGUCACUAGAGGGCUGGCAGUAAAAGUUCAGCUGUUUGUGUUCACACAUGCAUGAAGCUCGACCUCAAAACGUGAAGUCUUUCAGGAUUUAAGAACAUGUGCAUUGUGCAAAAGCAUCCUCAGAGAGAUUCGAUGAAUCGACAUUUUCAUUUCACAGGAGGACUCCCUGAUAUCAGUGUAAACAAAAGAUGGCUUAGACAAAGAAAGAUGGAGAUUUUUACCAGUUUUAUUGUUGAAUCAUGAAAAAUAUCAAAGACAACAAACAUCUUUGAUUAAAAAGCCGAACCAAGUGUUUGCCUUCAAGAAACUAAUGCAAUCUGUUCCUCUGAGUUGAUACUAAUGAAACAGUUUCCCAGCAGCUUUAGGAGCCAUUAAGAAGAUGUCUGGUUCUCAUUACAAAUACCUGAUGACUCUGAUAACACAACAGCUUUGUAAACAUUGAUCAGUGCAGCUCCUUUAUCUAAUAACAGAUAAUCUGGAUGGAUGUGAUACUGUAGGCUGCUCUGACCUCCCCGCUCUGUAUUCAUUGUUUUUCUGCUCUGUCUCCUCUGUAAUCACAUCAGGAAGACGCUGUGUUGUUGUUGUGGCAGGAGGAGUCACACUGUUGACUCAGGUGUUUGUCUGCCAGAGAUGAUUCUGUCUGCUCGUGUCGCACUGUGUCUUCUCUCAGUGGAAUUAGCCGUGGAUCUCCAUGCCGCUAACCCUGCAAACACAAAGCUUAUUGUUAAGUGCAAGGGUGCACUUUGGAGGUCUUGAUUAGUAGAAAACUUAUCAUGUGGCCCUUCUGUUGAUCCAUAUACUGAUGCACAGAAGGAAAAAAGUCUACUGCAUUGACAUUGUUAGGGUGACCAUAUUCUGAAUUCCCAAAAAGAGGACACGACUAUGCAGGGUAGAGUCACGGAAUUGCGUGUAGAUAAUUUUGAGAGUUUUUCGGGUUGGAUAAAGUAUUUUUACGCACUUCUAACUGAGUAAGUCCACGCAACACAAACCCAAAACUUCCAUACAAAACCCUGGAGAUUUGAAGGAUUUUAUUAACUCCCCUAGACAGCCCCCCAAAUAGAGGACAUAUCCAGGUAAAAAAGGACGUAUGGUCACCCUAGAUAAUGUACCCUCUUUGUAUUUUAGGUACUUUGCCAAUGAGCCCUUUGCAGACCUUCAUCGUGUUGAGGGGCUGCGAGGAGUCUUCAUCGCCACCCUCAUUAACGGCACGGUGAGCGAAGACAACAUGAGAUCCGUCAUUACAUUUGACAAAGGAGGGACAUGGGAGCUGCUGCAACCACCUGCUGCCGACAGUCUGGGAGGAACUCUGGACUGUCAGGUACUCAGACUAUAUUUGAUAGCUGUGAAGUUUUUAUUUAGUACUCCAUGUAUUUAAAUGUCUGGCCUUCGUGAAUUCACAGACUUCAGAGUAUCAGUGUCAUGGAACAGGAAAAAAAAAACUUUGGACUAAAUUACACUUGUACAUUUCUUUUCUUGAGUCUCUUGUCUCUGUUGUCUUAAGUUAUCUUCACAAAGCAACAUGAUGAUGAAGGAGAAAGAAAAGUGAAAUUGACCUCUCACAACAUCACAUGACUCUCCUCUCCCUGCCUCAGCUCAGUAAAGGUUGCUCGCUGCACCUGGCGCAGCGUUGGAGCCAGCUGUUCAACAUCCAGCUGAGGAGGAUGCCCAUCUUAUCCAAAGACUCUGCACCGGGACUCAUCAUGGCCACAGGUGAGAGCCAUGUCACAGACGCAUAGAAACCUGUUUUAACCUUAAAAUCCUUCAGUUCUUCCUCAUUUUUGUAACAACUGGUGAUAGAGAGAACUGCAGAGUCAACGCAGUCAAAAAAAGAUUAAUGUCCACACUGAGGUGGAGUGGUUUGAGGUCACCGUCCAGACUUGAUUGGAUUUCUGCAGUGUUUUGUGAAUAGUUUGACUUUUCUGUGCAAAAAAAUCACAAGGGAUACAUCCAAGUUUAGAAAAGACUCACGGGACCUGAAGCAUUACAUAAUAACAGCGAGUUUGCCAUGUCCUGUUAUCCAGCCCGGCAUGGUAAGAAGGUUACUGUAUGUGUUAACUUAACCUCUGUGGCAGAGCCGACUAACAAACUUUGUUUUGAGAAGAUGUUAUUUAUGCCUGUUUAUCUACGUAAUAGCUCGCACAAAAAUAUUGAUUGAGCACAUGACUGAUUCUGAUUUUUACACAAAAUAUAAUUUUAAGUUUUUGCAAAAAAACAUGUUUUUGUGCAGAAAUAUCUCAUUAUUGCAUGGGAAAGAGACACAAAUAUAACUGUGCAGCCUUUUAUCAAAGUUAUCUCUUGUCUUCAACAUGCGAUAGAGGUUAUCUCAGACAAAAUCCUCACCAUGUUGUCUUUCAAAAAUGAUAUGUGUCGCUCAGUCCGACUAUUUCUUCAGCUGCAAAUCACCCUCACAGUGGUUUCAAGCACUGAAAAUACAAACAGAGACAUGAUCAUCUUUGUUGCUGGUAGUUUCAUCUGCUGUUGAAGGUCAUAAAGAAGCACCAAGUUCCAGUCUGUUUCUCACCUUGUUUAAAACUCCUCACUUGGCCUUUAUUGUGACUGUUCAAAACUCUGCAUGUAUGUGUUCGAGGUGGAGAAGUGAGCAGCACGUUUCACAAACUCUGUUUAACCUCAAAACGGGUUACAAUCAAAAUAAUAAUUUUCAUUUUAGACCAAAUCAGUUUCAGAGCUUUGCAUCACAGAUGGCAUCUUCUACCUGUCCAACCUUCCAUUGUACCAUCCUCCAUCAGUUUUAUCCUGUUCCUUCACUACUCUGUGCUUAAAGACAACUCUGAAACAAAGAAAAAAAGUCCUUUUUUAUCCAAACAUUUCAACGUUUUGGCAGGGCUGCUUGAGUUUCUCUUAGUCACGGCAGAUGAAGGGGAAACGGGUACCAUCUGUUGGAGGAUGAUCUCACAGUCAGAGCUGAAGCCAGGCGAGCUUGUCUUGUUUUCUGAGCAACUUCCUUGUUUUUCUGAUAAUGCAGAUAAGUUUGCUCCACACAGGAAACAAGCAAUGCAAAGUUUCAAGUCUGCCUCUGUGGUAAUGAGCUGAGCUUCCUUUCUAUCUCUUACAUUAAAUAUAUACUUCCUUUACCACUUAACACAGGAAAUAUAUUUGAACCCUGCUGAGAGAGGUGAGAGAAACUUCUGGUUUAGUUUGUCUGUUUGACAUCCUGUUGAAAAUCAACAGGUGAACUUUCUGGACUUGCUGCAGAUAGAUUCAUUUUGCUCAGAGUGAAGUGGAAACAGUCUGCUGCCUGCCAAAGUUGAGUCCCUGCCUCAGGUUUCUGCACAUUUACAGCCAGUGAAAGCAUUGAUCUGCUGAUACUCCUCAGCGUCUAGGAGACUGCUUUCCCUGCAUCCAGCAAGUCCCUGUAAUUAAUUUCUUAUUAGAUAAUGGGCAAGGAGAGAGAGCGAGAGAGUGAGAGAUAGAAAGAAAGAGAGAGAGAGGGAGAGUGAGGACUGCCAGUCGCCGGCGCCAUUUGCUUCGUUAUCGCUCUCAAACAGAUGGGCUAAUUACUGCUGCUGCACCCAGCGGGCACUCGAUGGGUCAAACACACACACUCAUGAAUACAGGCUGUCACACACACCAACACUUACACCCACAGUCACUGCACUGACAUGUUUAUGUAAACAACAGUCUGAAUAAACUGCCCGCAUAUCCCUCCCCUCGUCCCCACCAAUAUGUCAGAUAAGAUUAUCAUAUAAGUGUCCUACAUAUGCUGCAUGAAGACAAAGAAAUACUGUGAGUUUAUAUUUUAACACAGUGUAUUGUGCAGCUCUGAUGGGUCAAACUCACCGUCAUCAUUGGUUAUGAAGGUAUAAAAAAUACAGCAGGAGUGAGAAUUUGAUCCCUGAAAGACUUGGAUAUGAAAAAUACACCAUAAUGCACCAAAUUUAACAUUUAAAGCACAACCUGGAAAACAUACAAACAUGCAACAAUGAGACUGAAAACCUCAAACCUGCAAAAUAAACAAAAUAAUCAAGUUUGCAGCUGCUUUAAAAACCUCAGGGAUGUGCGUUUUUUUGGUAGAAUUUCCUGCCUAAAAUCCUUGGCUGUAUUCCCAUUUGGAUAGCUGAUCUCCAUCUUCCUCCAUUGUAAGAACUGAAGCAAAAAUACUUCCUCAGUGGGAGCAAACAUAAGGAGGCGACAGCAUAUACAGAAGUUAUCUGACCAGUGAGGCCGCAGGGUUGACGUCACGCCUCCUCUGUUGACCUAAGCUGACAUUUAACAAGCAGAUAAAAUGUCAGAGAUUCCUGAGGUCAGUCCAGUCCACGGCAGAACAAAUACAUGUGUUGGUCCGAGGAAGACCUGUUAGCAAGGUCAAGUGUCAGCUGGAAAGGCAACUGGGUCACACUCAGACCAGCAGCAGAAUGGACGCUCAGGAGGCACUGACAUUUAGAUGUGUGCCAGAUUUGAGAGUCCACCAAAAAAACAACAAAAAAAAGGAUCUUGCAGAGACCUCAGCAAAGCUGCAGCUGAGUGUUGCAUGAGAUCAUGUUUUCACCUCGACCUGAUAGAAAAUGCUAGAGUACUUUCUUAAUAAUCAAUGACUGGAUACUCAAUCAACUGUCAAUAUAUUUAGUCACAUAAAGAAUCAACAAGUUAGUCAAUAAAUACAGCUAGACACUGGGAGCCCUAUUUGUUUACCGAGCUGUCAAUCAUGAUAUUGUUCAUAUAAAAAAACAUAAACCAACAUCAAACAAAAUAUAAUGACAGAGAUCGUGUUUGGAAAAAUGUGUUUAAUGGGUAUUUUGAUUUUUAAAGUUUGUCACAUGUCCCAUCUGUUUACAUGGAGGAGAUAGUCGUCAUUGUCUAUACCAUAGCCAGCCACUAGGGGGUGCUUUUACAGUCAGUCUUUGAAUAGAGGUGCUCUGUUAAACACAUUUUAAGUGUCUACAACUGUAUUCUUUCUGCUUUGUUAUCAUCACAAUGGCAGAGAGCCCCCUGUGGAGCGUUUGUUUUAUCAUCUCAAGCCUCCCUCUGGCUGUCUGAUGAUAUUUAAUGAGGGUCAUUACCCUGUUUUACACAGAGACUGAGCAUAAUUCAUUUCACAGGCAUUUUACAGUCUCAGCAGACACACAGCGCCCAUGUUCCUGUUAUUUCAGUCUCUGCCUCUCUAACUCGCUCACCCUGACAAAUUUGAUUAAGAUGAUCGACGUCUGCAGAUGUCAGCGGGUGUCCGUCUGCUCCUCAGGUAGACACUGCUGGCGGUGAAAAUCCAUCUGAUAAAUGUAAUUGUUUUUUUAUUGACUGCAGGGGAAAGGCAUUUUGUUGUUUUUAUGUUAGCACCAUGUUCAGGGUCUUGGCACAGUGUGUGAACAUGAAAACAUUAUCUUGUAGACUUUCGCUGAUCUGAAUCUUUGUUAAAAACCAGAGAUUUUAUUUAACCAUCCAGCUUUGAACUCUCAGGCUGGGCCAGGGGCUGAUCCAGAGGGGUGAGGGCCUCCUAAAAUAUGAUUGCUCACUCCUAGUAGGCCUAUCAUCCUGAUUUCUGAAUAUGAUUGGCUAUUUUUUACUUUUAAAACUUAAUUUUGUGUACGUGUAUUAAUAAUAUUUCCCCUUUUUUUACCAGUCCCAAGCCACGUUCUGUUAAAAUUCUGUUCAAUUUUAAUAAUAAUAACAACAAUAAUAAUAAAAAUCUAUAUAAUUCUCUGGGUUAUCCAUCCUACUUACGUGUUGGCUGUGCAGGAUGCUGCUUUUGGUCUCUCCCAUCAGUUUUUAUCCAUAUUAAGGCCAAAAACUGUCUCUUUCUAAAUUUUCCUCUGUUUAUCGAAGUCAUCAGGAUCAAAUAUUCAGGAAGUCUAACUUUACAUGGAAUUUCUGUGUAAGACAGAUGUGAGAUGCGCAUGAAUUUCGCUGCUGUCCCUGAUGGUCUAAACCACCCGGUCUGUUAAUGUGCAUACUGAAAUGAAAAUCAUGUCCUGUCCUGUUCAUCUGAGGUGACUCAAAAUCCCUCAUCAUCCUUAAUUCUAUUCAAUUUAUCUCUCACAUUUGAUCAAAUGAACAGAUCUGAUUCUGCAACACUUUCUUCUUAAUUUACUAAACCGUUAAUAAGUUUGGUCUUACUAGUAAUUGUUCAAACACUUGAAGUGCAUCUAAGGUAAAUACACACGGUUGUGUGCCUAGGGCCUCAGGAAGCACUCACAUGACAUGUCAUCUCAGCGUUGCAUAAUCAUUUUUGUUCCCACACAAUGCAGAAUGAUUAUUUUAGUAAGAGUAAUUAUUCAGGAGUUACUGGUAUGUUGGAGUUGUCCUCACUGCAGGGUUACAGACUGAUGACAGUAAGACUUCUGCAGAAAUGUGAAGAUGUUUGCAGCUACCAUGUCCAGCUGCUUUGCAGCAUUUAGGUUCAGAUUGUGGCAUUUAAAUAAAGACCUUUUCUGUGGUCAGUCCACUAAUGAUAAUAUUUAUUUCUUCAGCAAAACAUUUGAGCAUCUACUGAAAGUAUUUCCACAACACAAAGUUUAGAAAUUCUUGUCCUUCAUGAAAUGAUUUGCAACAACUUUAGUUAUCGGAUCUAAAAUGUCGCAAGAGUUACAACAUCUGGUAUCAUUCAUACCAUCUGUUAACUCUGUCAUCCUUACAAAAUAAGAUUUGUGAGAUCUGAACAGUGCUGCAAAACUCUUUAACACUGGGUUUACUCAACCAAAUGCAACUAUGAUCGCUGAACAUUAUAAACAGACUUUUGACGCUAAUUAAUAAAUCAUCUAAAAGUUGACCAGUAUGACCACUGGCUCCUAUUUCCGUUUAAUUCAGGGCUGGUAUUUUUAAAUCCAUAUUUUUUUGCUGGAGCAGAGCAUUCUGGGUGAUUUUCCUUCUUAUACAUCACACUGACAAAGAGAAGUAUUUAGAAGUGCACGAAAAGGUCACAUGAAUAAAAAGAAACAGCACGCUCUGGUUCGAGUUCUUGGGUUACAGGUUUUCCACUUGUAAAGCCAAAAGUGUGUUAGCCCCGAGUUUGUACUACUGAGGGAAAACCCCUGUUAUAUUCGUGUGUAUGUGUGUAUGUGUGUAUGUGUGUAUGUGUGUGUGUGUGUGUGUGUGUGUGUGUGUGUGUGUGUGUGUGUGUGUGUGCCCAUCUGUGUGUUAAAUGCCUCUCUGUCCUCUGAUUGCAGGAUCUGUAGGCAGGAACUUGGCCAACAAGCAGAAUGUGUACGUAUCCAGCAGCGCUGGAGCCCGCUGGAAGGAGGUCAGUACAAAAUCUGAGGCAGCUAAAGAGAAAAACACAGUUUGUAAAACUGAGUCACAAGUAGUCCAUCAGUCAAAUAGAGUUUUUUUUAACAUGCUGCUAAUUAUUUCAUUCUGCUAACCUUAACCUUAUAACCUAAUCUUUAAUUUUGCUGGGGCGGACCUUUCCUUUAUUUCUUGAAAUAUGCUUUAAAAAAAAAAAAGCCAAACUGCUCAGUCUGUUAUUGGCCUGAACUCCAAGUUUUCUGUGCAGUUAUACCUGAUUAAUUCAUGUUUGAUUCAGAGAGAUGGUCAUGAAUUUUAACAUUAUGGUAAAAAGGUAAAUUUUCAUUCCCCGUUAGCAUAGGCAGCUGCUUUCUUCCUAACGAAGUAGUUGAAGCAGUUUAUUCUAAUAGUUAAAAUUCUGCACUUUAAAUUUUACUGUUUCAUUUAUCAUGCUUUCACAAUAACUUUAGUCCCCCCUGAAGAAUCGCCUUGCUGGGUUAUAUACUUGAUUCAGAUUGAUGAAGGCAGAGAAUAGACUUAGUUUAUACAGCACUUCCCAAUACAAGGUAAUUGAGUGCUAAACACAUUGAAAUAAGUAAAUUUUUCUCAACUGGUUUUGCUUGUUACAUUUAGACAGAAGUCAUUUAUCUGGACCUGUAAAGUAAAUAAAGCUCAGAGUAAGAAACAUAAUGAAAAUCUGCAAGAAUACAAGAAAUCAUGUAGUGAAAGAAGAAUCAAACUUACCAUAUAUAACAGGAGCUUUUUGUCCUUGUUGGCCACCAUAGUUUGAUGACAGCAGGAAUGAGAAAGAGAGCCUUACAUAUAGACUCUGCCUGCUAGAUAUCACUAAAUAAUUGUCUUUUUUUCCACUAUACUAAGUAAUAAUACAACUUUGCUCCCAGAACAAGGAUUUCCUGAAGUCCUGAGUAUUUUUUACAAAAAAGAGGAAUAAAAUUUUUAGUAGAAGUAAAUACAGAGAUCUUUUAAACCCAUUAUUUGUUAAAUUGCAGUGGUUGAAAUUCAGUGAGUUAGGAGAUUUCAGUAUGUUGCAGGUUGAAAAAAGAGAAAGUUGUUAUAAUUUUAAAGGAUUUGAAAUAUUUAAAAAGCCAAGAUUCAGAACUAAACUGAAGGAGUGCUGCGUUACAGUGAGGGGGGUAAGUUUAUGGAACUAUCUAAACAAAGAAACUAAAGAAGCUAAAUUAAAUUUUAUCUUCAAAAAAAAGUGUCAAAGCCAGUAUGUUGAGUAAAUACAGGGAAAUAUGUUAAUCUAAGUCUUGCUAUGUUUGUUUUGUGGAAAAAUGUGAAUUAACGUGGUCUUUUCUGUUUGUUUUGUGGGCUGUUUUUGAAAAUAAGACAUAAUGAACUGUAAAAAGGCUUGUUGGCCUGCAGCUCUUGUUUAUUUUUAUUAUGUGUUCAGUUGAUUAAUACCUUAUGAAAGAGGGGCAGACUCUAUAAGAGUUUUCCUUUUUCUGCUCCUUUUCAUUCACAUGUUUGAGAUUUUUCUUUGUUUCUAUUGAAUGGUUUAAAUUUUAAUAGAAUGAAAUCAAGUGUGAAAUGAAAUUUCUAUGUGCAUUUUGGUCAUAGUUUACUCAAAGAUGCUCUUUGUUGUCCAGGCUCUGGCAGGUCCUCACUUCUACACAUGGGGAGACCACGGUGGCAUCCUGAUGGCCAUCGCACAGGGAGGAGCCACCACACAUCUCAAGUCAGUCUAAAUAACCUCCUAAAAUUGACCUCAGUUGAAGCAAAAGUGAAAACCCUGUUUUCUGUUUGCUAUUUCUGAAAGAACAAUUUCAAGGUUAAGAGGCGAAGAGGUCGGUUUAUUGGGAGGAAUUAAAGUGAAUCCUGGGAGUAAAGCACCUAAACAAGAGCGCUCCCUGUGGAUGAGCUCAUUAGUCAGCAGAAACAGAGUAUGUGGACAUGAAACGAAGUAAAUAAAACUUCCCCCAGUGAGCAGAGAUGUAAUGAAAUGUCUCUGUGACAAUAACAGCAGUGCAGGCCUGUUAUUUGAAGGUUUUGGUGAGGUGGUGAAUUAAUGUGGAACUAGCUGACUUUGUCCACCUGCAGAGGAGAUUUACUCAGUUACUCACUAACCUCCACAUAGAAAAGACUGUAGAGUUAGUGUGUUGAUAUGGACUUUUUUCAGAGUUGGAGUUAAUGUUGAAGAAGUAGAGCUGAAAUUCGAUAUAAAACAAUAGAUGUAACACAGCUAUAAACAUUUACUGUCAAACUUGUUAAAAAUACAUGGAGGGUGAAUAAAAUAAAUCAUAAAUGCUCAGUAAAUUAAGAGGUUUCAUUUGGUCUUUGUGUCCUCCAGAUUCAGCACCAAUGAAGGCGAGACAUGGACAGACUUUACGUUCUCAGACAGGGACGUGUUUGUGUAUCAGCUGCUGACUGAACCCGGGGAGAAGAGCACCAUCUUCACCAUCUUCGGCUCCUACGCCGACCAGAGACACAGCUGGCUCAUCCUGCAGGUCAACACCUCUGACGUCCUGGGUAAGUCUGAGAGCAGAGACCGACCUCCAAAUAGCUUUGUAUCAGUAGCUCAGUUGGUUAUCACUGUUCAAUGUCUAUCAUAUAGUUUUUCUCCUUCUUGUUAUUCUUCAGGUGUGCCAUGUUCAGAGGCCGACUACAAGCGCUGGUCUCCAUCAGAUGAACACGGUAACGAAUGUCUGCUGGGCAGAGAGAUAACGUUCAAGAGACGAGCUCCACACGCUACGUGUUUUAACGGGGAAGACUUUGACCGGCCCGUCACGGUCUCCAACUGUUCCUGCACACGACAGGACUAUGAAUGGUGAGAGAUGGAACAUGUUUGCUCAUAUAUCAUCAGCACUCAUUGAUGAGCAGUUCUGAGUUAACACAUGACAUUUAGGGCAUCAGAUAUUUCAAUAAAAAUGUACGUUUUUAAUUGUUAAACAUGAUGGUUUUUCUAGCUGUUUUAAGAUAAACGUUCUUCUUUUAAUUCAGUCGGAAAAUAAAUCACAAAAUCUGUGUCACUGGCAGGAUCUGUAGUCUCUCAGUUUCUAACCUCUUCAUCCAUGCACUGAUCUGAGUGCCUGGGAAUGCUAUGAAGCACUGAGGGCUGUCUGAGGGGAGAGGGCAGGCUGGCGCAGAUCUAUGCAGAGUCAGAAAAACACCAAAACACACAUGGCGAGUUCUCCAGAAGAACACAACCUAAACGUUUCUUGAUAUAGUCAAAAAGCAGUGGUGCAUCUGCUGUUGCUGGAGACUUGCACAAUGUUAGGCUGGAAGAUUAUUGUGGUACAAAUAUGUGGAGGCAGGGGAAAUGUGUUGUCAACAUGUGGGACCUUUUGAUUCGAAUUAUUCCUUUAAUUGUCUCAGACAUAAUUUUUCACUUGUAAUAAAACUCACUUGAAUGGAUUUCUUUUAUUUCUUCUACAACUCUUAGAACGGUAACUGAGCGAUCGUUAACAAUUUGCUUCUUUCAGCUACGUUUUCAGCCCAUCUGCUCGUAAUCUUCCUGUGAAUAUGUUUGUCAUAAAAAUGUAAAAGUACCUACUUCAGUUUUUACCUUUGAAUGUAGUUUCAGCUUUUAGUGUUUUUUAUUCAUUCUCAUAUAAAGUAAAAUAGACCCAAGGUGGUAAUAACACAAAUAAAAGCAUCUCCAAAAACCGUCUCAUGAAACAACAUCUUCUCCAGGGCUUAAAGAAACAGCUGUGAUUCUUUCAACACAGAAGCUCCCCAAAGCCAUGUUCACAAGAGACAGAUUUUUUAUCUGGGGAUUUUAGAGGUUUCCCAAGGGACAAAUCUUAUCUCUCAACUUUUCUGCUCUGGAUUUGUGAAUAAAGUAGAUUCAACCAGGACAGAAAUCGAAAACGACCUUUGCUCGCAGUACAACACUCUUCUUCAGCUGAAUGUUUUUAACGUACACAAAGAAAAAUGUAAAUCUUGCUUUAUUGGCUCUAGUGUAAGUGAGACCUCUUUCAUAUCAGAGAGAAGUGGCCUUUGUCUGGCUGACUCUUAAUUAAAUUCACUGCUGGCAGACCAAUACAUCGGUUUUAGCCUUGGCUGCACAUUUUUAAUGUCCCCUAAACUCCCAUCACCGCUAUAAUGGGUCUGUUUUAAAAUGCACAUCAGGUACUGACGUUAAUCACAGGCCAGAAGCUAACUGAGCUGUUUUUCUUUUCUUUUCACCCUACCUGUCUCCCUCCUCCCCCUUCUUCUUCUUCUUCUUCACUUAAUUCUUUGCAGUGACUACGGCUUCAAGUUGAGUGAAGACUUGUCUCUGCAGGUGUGUGUGCCUGACCCGGAGUUUGUAGGUGACCUGUACGCUCCUCCUGUGCCCUGUCCUGUUGGCACCACAUACCGCCGCAGCAAAGGGUGAGCUGCUGUUAUUGUCUGAGAGUCUUUGUGGGCUUUAUUGGCUUAAUUUGAGCAUCUAUGUGCUUGAUUCACAUUUAUAUACUGUACACCUUCAUAUAAUAAGCAUUUAAGACUAGAGUCCAUGUAUUUUUAAAUUCUGCAUGUCUGUGAAUUUUUACACUUCAUUUUGAGAUUUUUCACAUCGUACAAAAAAUGCAAAUAAGUCAUUAAACAGUCAGGUAUGCACAAGUAAGGCCAAAAUAUAUGUGCCGAGUAAACAGAGAAAGGAGAUAAUUGAAAUUCCCCUCGGCCCUCAGCCUUCCUACCUCAGCACAGCUGGAGACAAGUAAAUAAAGAAACAUGACACAUUAGAAAGAGGAACAGAAAGUGUAAACACACAUGACACACCCCUUACCGCGGCUUCUUGUGGUAAGUUCACUGUAAAUACAGAUUUCCUGCUCUCUUAAGCAGCACUUCGACAAUUAUCCCUCAACUAUAAGAUCUAAUUUCCCCUUCUUGACAUACAAGAUAAAUGGCUUCCAGGACUCAUAAAAUUAGACCCAUUCAGAGUUGAUCUAACUUUCUCUAGUUGAACAAAUUGCAUUAAAUUUGAAAGCCAGUGAGAGUGGGCUGGCAAUCUCUCAUCUUUCCAUUCAAGAGGACUGAAGUUGUUCAGCAGUGAGAGAUGCAAAGACAUGUUUGUCUUUAAACUGCACUGACACACCAUGAAAUGGAGCAUGGAUAUGUUUUUGAGGUAUUUGUACGCUAUCGUCCAAAAUGUUGCAGCAGUUUACAGCCGAUUAAAUAGAGGAAAAUGCAAAAAUCUAGAGUAUGCGCCUUUGAAGCUUACCAGGAUAUUGGUUUACUGAAAAUGAAACCACAAUACUCUUCAAAAUCUAAAUGAGAUACUUCGGCUCAAUUUCCUAUUGCAGGAAAUCAGGAUCCACUAAUUGUCUUUAUAAGUAGACGUGGUAGACAGUUCCUCAUUGCACACACCAGCCUUUGUUCUCUUUGAUUUCUUAUCAUCAUCCUGUAAACAACAACUCCCUCUCUUGUUACUAGAAAUAUGAUGUAAGAGCUCACCCUAGUGUCCGUUUGGUGAAUCUGUGCUUUUUUUUUUUGUUUGUCUGCUGCAGCUACAGGAAGGUUCCAGGUGACAGCUGCAGCGGAGGAGACGUGGAGUCCAGGCUGGAUGGAGAGAUGCUGCCGUGUCCAGUCGGAGGUAAACCUGCAUUUAAAACUACAGUCAGAAAAGUUUAUUAUAACCACCUCCUGUUAGAUUGAGGUUUUGAAUUAAUCUGAACACAAGAGAUGAAGUGACCUGAAAGUGAAGUUGUACCUUAUAUGUACUUGAUGAAACAUUCAAAUAAGGAAAAGAAGUUAAUUCUGUGCAUUUUCCCCAGUCUUGGUUUGUAAUGCAGUUUAAUAGGAACAAACAAAUAUGACUGUACUCCAGUCAAAAGCAUCAUGUGGCUUUUAAAGCUGCUUAAUCUGCAAAAAGAAAUUUGUUAAGUAUCCAAAAUGGUAAAAUGCACCCCAGCUGUUGUGUAACUGAUACUGUCUUGAAGAUCUGAUGUUUUUUUCGCAUGUAUUGGGAUUUGGGAUUACAUUAUUGUAUGAGUUGUCUCUCAUCUUUGUAAAUGAGACUCAUUGCAAAAAACAUAAUUCAUAAGACGAAGCUCCUGCAGCAUUUGGAAGUUAUAUAAGAAGACUUUUCAGUAAUCAGGAGAACUGUUUCACUUCUGGGUGACCUCUGCAAUAAAAUAUGCUGUAAAUGCUGCCAGUAGAUGAAAUUUGGGAAAAAUGGGGAAAGUCGUGGGUCAUUUUUCAGGAAGUGAAUGAGACUGUAACUCUGUCUGGACGAGUUGUUCUUGCUGACUCACUCCUGAGAGGAAACUGUGUUAUAGAGCAUAAAACUUGCUGAAUGUCCGUGUUUGCUCUAGAAUCUAAUUUGUGUGAUUAUUGUUGUUAAUCAGAGUUUUAGUCAGAGCAGUGGAAAAUUGACCCAGUUCAGGAUGCUAGACAGGGUCACUGUCAGGUCUGCCAGAGUGUCUCACCCAUCAUCACGUCUGCUUCUCUGUUUCAGAGAGUAAUGAGUUCAUCCUGUACGCGGUCAGGAACUCCAUCCAUCGGUACGACCUGGCCACAGGCACAGACCAGGCUCUGCCUCUGGCUGGACUCAGAGAGGCCGUGGCUCUGGACUUUGACUACGACAAGAACUGCCUGUACUGGGCUGACAUCUCUCUGGACACCAUACAGGUGAGAGAGAGAAUCGUCCCCUGCUGGAGAUUUCCUCUGUGUUUGUGUGUCUGAGAUUAACCCGCCUCGGUCCUCUCUCCUGCAGCGCCUGUGUCUGAACGGCAGCACUGGUCAGGAGGUCGUGGUCAGGAAGGAUCUGCAGAACGUGGAAGCUCUGACCUUUGACCCUAUCAGCAGACUGCUGUAUUGGGUGGACGCUGGGGCACAGAAGAUUGAGGUAUAUACGCUUUAUGUGUUUCAGUUAGUGUGAUUAACACCACUAAUGAGUUACUUUUAUUGCCAUGGACACAUCAGUGGUUUAACAAAUCCAGAUUUGCUGAUCAGUAUUAGAUUAAAGGAUUUGGUUUAUGUUGGUCACACUUUAGUGAUUAGGUCAGACCCUUUGUGAUAUUCUUUUUUUAUGUAGUUUUUUAUUAUUAUUAUUGUACACAAACAAUACUCUGCAGUAUUUAAAACAUGACCUUUUCUUGUUAUCUUCACUAGAUGUGUUGUAGAUUGUUUUAUCUUAAUGAAAUGAAGCAUAUUGCUGUUAGGUUAUGUGAUUUCAGAACACAGUUGAUGAAAAUAAAGAUCCUUUAGUUGAGUAGAUUUCAUAUUUUGUGAACUACAUCCAACCUGAUGCAGAAACAUGAAGUGUGUCUCUGAGCAAAAUGUUCUCUGUUUUUCCUCUGAUCUGUCAAUACUCCCUCUAUAUUCCUAAAACCAGAGUUAUGAAGUUUUCUCAAAGUCUCUCUCUUGUUGUGUCUGAAGGUGUCGAACCCUGAUGGUGACCUUCGUCACACUCUGCUGAACUCCUCCAUCCUGGAGCAUCCCAGAGCUCUGGUUCUGCUGCCCGGAGAGAGGUAACACACGCUGACACACACAUAUAUAUAUGCUUGUUGGCCCUUCUGGACCUUUGAGAACCCUCUUUGUCUGAGCACAAUCUCUUAUUUGAAACCUUUUAUUAAGGCCCAAGAUUCAAGACCUGACCUUUAAACUAAAUAUGUGGUAUACAGUAUAACAACCACAGAUAACCAGACCAAAGAGCGAAGAAGCAAACUGAUCCGUCUUUUAUCUUCAAGAACCAACAUUAGAAAAAAGAGAAAACUAAACCCAAGUAUGUGAUAUGUAAGUGUCCUAAAGAACAGUUUUCCUUUUUUUUUUUAAGUUUACAAAAAAAAAACACUCUCUCUGGGAACCUUACAGGCAGCCAAAAGGGAAACUUCAAGUUUUCGUCAGAGUGUCAUGGUCAAAACUUGAGGGAGGGAGGCUUUAACCACCACAGCCAGAAGGCUAACCCCAACUUUUACCCCAACCCACAGGAACUCUGAACUCAUCCCGGUGCAGUCUUUUGAGGAAGUGAUAACCAGACUAAGUGUCUGAAACUGUCACACUCACUCACAUACUGCAUGAAAAAACAGUUUCACUUCUGCAAACACUGUUCUGCUUUUUCUGAAGUAAUUGGCAAAUUCUCCCCAGUGUUGAAAUAUUAAUUUACAUAUUGCCUCUUUUUUGUCAUUGUUCCCCCUUUCUCCUCCAAGGAAAAUUCUUUAUGUCUCACUUUCUUUGGAGACAUUUUCUUUACAGGCUUAUGUUUUUUAAGGACACCAGGUUGAAUGGUUAAUGAAACAGGUUUUAAUGAUUUGCAAAAACCGUUAAUGUUUCCUUAAAACAGGGGAAUAAAAACAAACCAGACAUUGUUUUUGAGAAAAUACAAGGUCCUCUUAGAUUUGACAUCAGUAACACACUCUCAACAAAGUUAUUAAAAGAAGAAGUGAUGCAACACAAUGAUGAACAUGUCCCUGUCCUAGCUGGUAUGAAGCUGUAUUGGGGAUCCAGGAGAGAAGUUUCUGGAUUCUGGACAUUUUGCUCCAUUUGUGUCUAAAAGUGACUUCAACUGCUCCACAGGGACUCCUCUGCUGUAGCUCUUUUGUGUCAUGAUGCACCAAACGUUUUCAACAGGAGACAAAUUUCCUCUUUGCAUUCUGCAGUUCAAACCUGCAUUUGUGGAUACAGCAACAAACAUAUUUUGUUGUUUUUAUUGAUUCUGAGCACAUGCAGUGAUUUCCACUGUAGAGUCCUAGCUUAUGUUAAAUAAAUGUAGGCUCUGAAUGAUUUGAAAAUCAUCAAAUUCUGUUUUAACAAUAUUUUAUGCAUCGUUCGGACUCUUCUGGAAUCAGGGUCGUCAUUAAAAAAAUAACCCUGAUGAUAUUUUGAAACCAUCACGUUUUCUUUAUAAAACAGUCUCCUUUCACUCUCUCCUCUGUCUGUCCUCAGUCUGAUGUUCUGGACUGACUGGGGAGACCGAGCUGCUGGUGUGUACAGGAGCUACAUGGACGGAUCCAACGUGUCCUGCAUCGUGUCAGAGGGUGUCCGCUGGCCUAAUGGGAUCACAGCUGAUGACCACUGGCUGUACUGGACUGAAGCCUACAGCGAUCGCAUUGAGAGGGCCAAUUUCACGGGAGGCCAGAGGAGCGUCCUGAUGGAGGGUCUGCCGCACCCAUAUGCCAUCGCUGUCUUUAAGGUGAGACACAAAUCAGAACAAAUCUACAGUCUAUGAAAUCUCCUUGUGUCCUGGUAGGAAAAUCAGGUUGGACUUUUGACCAGUUUUGACGUUUUCCUGUUUUCAGAAUGACCUGUACUGGGACGACUGGUCCCGAAUGGGGAUCUUCAAAGCUCCAAAAGCUGGUUCCCAGAAUAAUGAGCUGAUUGUUGGCAGACUGACCGGAGUGAUGGACCUGAAGAUCUUCUACAAGGGAAAGAACAGAGGUGAGGGACAGAGAGAGCAAACAUCAUAAAAGUGUGCAUUUCUGAAAUCUUAGUUUUAAAAUCAUUGAAAUACUGGAAGAUAUCCUCAGCUGUCACAACUUGGCCUGUUUCAAAACAGUCAUCUCAGCAGAGGUGUCAAACACUGAGAACUGCAAUUUGAGUCUGUCAGUGACAAAAAACAAAACAGUCACAUUCAAACCACUCGAUAUUUUAGUCCAUUCACUCCUAAAGUGAGGGCAAAAUGCUAGACCUUAAAAUUUAAUUAAAAAACCCUUCAAUUCUCAGACUAAGGUUGUAAUCCUUUAUCCUCCAGGUCAUAACGCCUGUGCUGACGGGCCAUGCAGCCUGCUCUGUCUGCCUCAGCCCGGCCACCGACACACCUGCGUCUGCCCUGACGGAGCCCCGACUGUGACCAUGCCCAACGGAGAGCUGCAGUGUCAGUGUCCCACCGGCUACCAGCUUCAAAACAGCACCUGUGUGAAGAUCGGUGAGACAGAGUCUCUGAUAAACUCGUGCUCCAAAAUAAGAGAUGUUGUGUUUGUUGGAAAUAAGAUCUCAGAGUAAUGAGGGACCAUCUGGUUGAUAAGCUGACAUCGGCUCGUUGUUUUUGUCCAAUCAGAGCACAGCUGUUUGCCCAAUCAGUACCGCUGCUCUAAUGGGCGCUGCAUCAGCAGCAUCUGGAAAUGUGACAGUGACAAUGACUGUGGAGACAUGAGUGAUGAGCAGGAGUGCCGUAAGUAUUUUUCCAUGUUAAGACCCUCGACAUUAUCUUUUUCCGUUAUUUGAAAAGUUAUCUUUGUUCUAAAUCGUUCGGGUAACUUUGAUUAACAUUUUCUGUCCCUUCAUUCAACAGAAACUCUGGGUAUUUGUUUAUCUGUUAUCUGUGUCUUGUCCAUUUUCAGCCACCACGACCUGUGACCCCUCAAACCAGUUCCGCUGCAUGGCCUCAGGCUCCUGCAUCCCUCUGGCCUUCAAGUGUGACCAUGAAGACGACUGUGGAGACAACAGUGACGAAGAGCACUGUGGUGAGCAAUGGUCAUGUAUCAGCAAACACCGUAAUGACCUGAAUGAAAGGCAGGAUUUUAUCAUCAAAAUACAACAUGAUAGAUUUUCUCUUGGUAUUUAGCUGUAGAAUUAGAACAGUACAACAUCUUAGAAAUCUUCUGAGACCUAAAUAAUAGGUGUAAUCCUGCAAGAGUUAAAAUGAUUCCUAAAAAGGACAUUGAAAGAUCUGAAUAGAGGCAGACUGUUUUUGGUUUAAAGGAGGCGUAGAUGUGUAUUAACAGAAACUAUAUGGUUAAUCCUUCCUGAUUAAACUGAGUCGAUAUUUUGUACAACUGUGUAUUUAAAACUUUCGUUCUACAUAUUUAAAAAAACGAAAUUGUUAUUUUAAUUGAUUUUUUGGGUGUUUUUUCCUUCUUAUCAGUUUCAGUUUUUAGUUUUGAUACAUAAGAAACAAAAAAGGAAAAGUAAUGUCUUAAUUUUCACUCAAUGAUAUAUUUCUUAGAGUCUCACCAGUGCGGCCCAGGAGAGUUCACAUGUGCACGGGGAGUAUGCAUUCGCGAGGCGUGGCGCUGUGAUGGAGACAACGACUGCAGAGAUUGGUCAGAUGAGGCCAACUGCACUGGUAAUGACUGUGUGAUGACUUUUGACUGAAUGGUGCAUCAUAUUAAACACUUGUAUUAAUCUUUAAUGUUACAUUUGAAACAUAAACUCUUGAGAAGAUCCCCUUAUCACUCAAAAACCCCCAAAACAAUGUAAAUUUGCAUGGAUGACGUGAAAACAUCGCAGUCCGUCAAUAUUCAAAAUAUUAUUGUGUGUUUACUCAUGAAAAAGUCAAAUCAAAGUGGGACAAUCAGAAUAAACUAUUUAUUAACUAACACAUAGGUAUAGUGAUCAGGUGAUUAUAGUGGACUGCAAUCCUGAUAGGGUGGGCUGGACCCUUAUGAUAAGCAGAGGUAUUAUGUGUGAUCUUGUUUAUUACUAAGCUACCUGAUGAAAGAAAUACAGAGGUUAAACAUGCGAGAGACCUUUUGCAGAACAGUUCAUUUGGUCUGUGGGAUCAGGUUGUAUCUUGCAACACUUUGCUACAGAAAUAUAAUAAAAUCUCUUUUUGUCACUAGUGGGUCACCAUACAUGUGAGGCCAGCAGCUUCCAGUGUCACACAGGUCACUGUAUACCACAGCGUUGGGUUUGUGACGGGGAUGAUGACUGCCAGGAUGACUCUGAUGAGGAUCCACGACAUUGCGGUGAGUUGUUGUCCUAAAGUUACAUCACUGAAAGUCUGAAAACCCAGAGCUGAUGACAGAGUUGAUUAAGGCUGUAGUCCUUCUUCUCAAAUAUUAGGGCGAGUUUGUGUGGUUUCAUCUGUGUUACUGUGUUACUUCCAGAGGGGACACGGUGUAAUGGCUUCCUCUGCUCUAAUCACACCUGCCUGCCUGCGACCGCUCACUGUAAUGGCAUUCAGGAGUGUCCAGAUGGAGCUGAUGAGCACAACUGUGGUGAGUGAUCCACUUUAACUAAGAAAAAUCCAAUUACAGAGUCAAAUCAUGACUAAGUGGAUUGGACAGGCAUGGUUGUGGUUGUUAUACAGACGGUGCUUACCUGUGCUCCCCUGUCAAACCAAAUGAAAACAAUGUAGUCACUCAAAGGUUUGCAGGACUGAUGCCUUUGAUGCCAACAUUUAAAAAGAGAUUAUAGUAUUUGGCUCACUGAAAUUUGGCUACACUGCUGCCUAUACUAAACACUUUCAAAUCACAGCAAUAAAACAAACCUCGUAAGGAAACCUUCAGGCACACUGAAGGCUGUACUUGUUUAUCAACCAGCAACAUAUUACAGUCGAGGUAAUAGACUUACCAUAUUUUUAUUUUAAAGCACUUUGGCACAAACCUGUUUUUCUGCAGAGCUAUGAAACUAUGAUUGACUUUGACACUAAUUUUAAAGUACAAAAUAUAAAAAUAAGAGUAAGAGUAAAUGUCAGAGUAUUAAGCCAACAAAUAAUCAAAUAGACAAACAAAUUAAUAGAUUUAUGUGAAUGCUUAUUACUAAGAUAUUUAUACAUAUUAUCACUGAGCCAUGAUUUUUUUAAGGUAAUAAAAAUGGGCCGAGAAUGGAGCCCUGUGGAACCCCACUUACCCUACCUACAUUUAGUCUGAUAUACACCACAUGAAAUACGACACAGGACAUCAGUCAGUGCUCUUCAGGGACUCAGGGGUUAUGUGUUUGAUUUAUAGAUUGUUUUUUGGUCAUUUUUAUUCCUGUGCUGACGUGUUGUGUGUUUGUUGUACCCGCAGACCCUCUCUGCACUCGCUACAUGGAGUUUGUGUGUAAGAACAGAGCUCAGUGUUUGUUCCAGUCGCUGGUUUGUGACGGGAUCAAACACUGCGAGGACGGAUCUGAUGAGGACGCAGAAUAUGCCGGCUGUGGUGAGAGACAGAUCUCUGUGCCGAAUUAUUUUGUAUCGUUGAGCUUUUGAUUUUUACACGCUUGCUUACCUCAAGAAAACUAAAGAAAAGACGUAAAUGUAAAGAGGAGGUCAUUCAUAUCUGUUGAGAAUUGCUGCUGUUGUUAUUCUGGUUCUGCUCUGUUUCCUCAAAGUGCUAAUGUUGUUGUUUGUGUUUCAUUAGCCACACCGUCUGAAUUUGGCAAAGUGUGUGACGCCUACACCUUCCAGUGUGCCAAUGGAGUGUGUGUGAGCCUGGAGUGGAAGUGUGACGGCAUGGACGACUGUGGGGAUUACUCUGAUGAAGCCAACUGUGGUGAGGAAGAGGAGGAGUUGAAACCCAUCAGAUCUGUAUCAUUUAGAUGAACUCGUGUUCUUUUGAUGAUUUCAUCUUUAAGUAAGAAGUUUUGUUCGGGCUCUGUUGCCUCAUCAUCUCUCUGUUUUGCAGCUGCUCCCACCGAGGUCCCCGGCUGCUCCAGAUAUUUCCAGUACGAGUGUAGGAACGGUCGGUGUAUUCCCACUUGGUGGAAGUGUGACGGGGAGAAUGACUGUGGGGACUGGUCUGAUGAGGCCCAGUGUACAGGUACUCUGUCUGUGAUCUGAAAUCUUGAACAGCAAAUCCUCUUAUGUGCGUAAAUGUCAAUUAAAAUAAAAAGGCUAGAGGAGUUUGAGCAGAAAAACUGUGAAUUUCACAAAGUUUUCCCUUAAAUUCCUUCUUGGUUGGACAAAACAUGCUUCUUAAAGGUAUGACUCUGAGCUCUGGGAAAUUGCAAUCAGGAUUUUUAACAGUGUUUUACCAGUUAAAAGUAUUGGAUGAAAUGAGUCUUUGGUUGCAGCUCUCAUGUGGAAGUAUGCAGUUAAAUGUUCUUUAUCUUUGUUUCAGUUGACUUGUUUAAGUCACUAACUUAUCUAACCUGUCUCUGAAGAUUUGACCUGACUCUCUGCUCUUACAGGAGGUGUUACUCCUCACACUGUGACUCCCGGUCCCUCCACAUGUGCCCCAAACCGUUUCCACUGUGGCUCUGGAGCUUGUAUCAUCAACACGUGGGUGUGUGACGGCUACGCUGACUGUCCUGAUGGCAGUGACGAGCUGGGAUGUCCCACAGGUACUGAAUCUGUCUUCUGAUUGGCUGAGCCUUUCUGUGUAGCAGAGAGUGAUUGUUAUUUAUUGAGUAGAUAAAAAAAUAUUAUUUCUGAUCUUUACAUUGACAUCCUGUCUCUCUGUCAACAGCUAACGUCACUGUGACAGCCGCUCCAGCACCCACUCAAUCCCCUCCACCGCCCUCCCCCAGUCGGUGCAGCCGAGGUCAGUUUCAGUGUCGGCGACCCUCCAUCUGCAUCCCUGACUGGCAGCGCUGUGAUGGUCAGAUCCACUGCCAGGACGGCUCUGAUGAAGCCCACUGCCGUGAGUCUUAGCUUACUGCUUCCCUCUGACACACUAAUAAACAAACAAACAUGGAAACAGAGCAAUUAGCAUACCAAAGCUGAAUUCAACCAAGGAAUUUUGUGUGGAUAAGUUUUAAACCUGCAGUUGUGGCCUGAUGCAGAAAAUCUAAUCACAUUAAGUUCAAUUGUCUUUAAUUGAUUCAUUAAAGGGAUACUCCGGCGUAAAAUUAAUUUAGGGUCAAACACACCGUUACACAAAGUUAGACACCCCCACCAAGAGAUGAAUGUUGCCGACCGCUUGCUUCUCUAGUUAUACCAACUUUAGUAACGACCGCACAAUAGCAACAUAGAGCGGUCUGAGGAUCCACACACACACCUCAGAACAGCACCUAACUUCAUCAACAGUACAUAUAGGGUCCCAGCCAUAGUAAUAGCUACCAAACAUCUUUUUAACUUUGCCUGAUUUCUUUUGCAAAGAGACUAAACACAACUCACCUACUCUCUUCCAGCGGCUGCUUGUUUGUAGUGAGACCUCGACCAGUCCAUCAUCGACUGCUGCGGGGGGACACAGCUCAAGGAAGAACAUUUAUGAUUAUUACUUCAUGAAAAUGCAAUCAGACCGAGAUGCUAAGGCAGAUGAACCACUGCAUCUGCAGUGCAAAAUGAUUAUUAUAAUGAUUAUUACUUAAGGAAAUGAUAAAGAAAUGAUCAUAAAUGUUCUUCCUUGAGCUGCAUCACCCCGUUGCAGUUGCAGGUAAUAGACUCAUCCAAGGUCUCUGUACAAACAAGCAGCUGCUGGAAGAGAGUAGGUGAGUUGUGUUUAGUCUCUUUGCUCAAGAAAUCAGGCAAAGUUGAAAAGAUGUUUGGUGGCAAGUGCUGUGGCUAGGACCCUAUAUGUGCUGUUGAUGAAGUUACGUGCUGUUCUGAGCAUUAUUUGUGGCUAUAGAGUGGCUUUUUGGUUGAGAGCGUGGCUCUCUAUAUUGCUAUCAUGCAGUCGUUACUAAAGUUGUUAUAACUAGAGAAGCAAAGGGGUCGGCAACAUUAAUAUCCUGACGGGGUGUCUCGAUGUUUUGGUGUGUUUGACCCUAACUUAAUUUUACACAGGAAUAUUCCUUUAAAGCUCUGGGUUAGGUUAGCUUUGGGACAGUUUUAGGAACAUGAGGUUUAGGAUGAAGAAAUUUCAAGUCAAAGGCAGGUGAUCCGAUUGCAGGAGCAGCAGUAUUCAGCUGUUCUUUUCUUCACUCUCCUCUUCUGCAGCCACUCGGGGGCCUCUGUUCUGUGCAAAUGGGACUCGCUGCUCUGACGGUGAGGCGUGCGUCCUGGACGGUGAGCGGUGUGAUGGCUUCUUGGACUGCUCUGACCACAGCGACGAGGACAACUGUACAUGUAGGUCUCAAAUGCUUUAAUUCAGCUCUAUAACGAUCACAUUCAUCAGAAGUACUGGAGCCAAACCUAAAUCUUUUCAAAGUUGGUGCAGUGCUGCCACCUGCUGUUUCAGGCUGAUUAAUACUCAUGAGGGAUCUUCCGGGGUCUUGAAUUAUGCUGGCUUUUAAUACGCAGCAGUGUGGUGACACUUUUACUUUGUUUUAUUGCAUUGUAUCUUGUUCUUUUUUUAUUGCUUUUAUUGUUUUUAUUUAUUCAUUGUUAUUUACCGUAUUUUCUGGACUAUUUAUUUUCAUAGUUUGCCUGGGUUUGCCACUUAUACUGAGACGCAAACUUACAUAUUAUCACCCUAUUAAAAUAAUGGCCUAAGUCAUUUUUUGACCAAAAAGAGGUUUUGGCCUGAGUCAUCUCGUAAUAAUGCUGUCAUGCCAUGAUGUCAAAAACUGACUUAGGCCAAUAUUUUAAUAGGGUGAUGAUGUGGUUUUUUUCUUCUUCGUUAUGCAUUUUUUGGCUGGUGCAACUUAUACUUCAGAGCGACCUAUAGUCCGGAAAAUACGGUACUAAGUAUGUAUCUAUAUAAGCACUUUGGUUCACCGGAAGGGUUGUUGUAAAGAGCUGUAUGAAUAAAGAACAUUUACAUUUACAUUUACUUCUCUGUUUAUCUUGACCUCCUAGUGGAUUCUCUGGCUUAUAAAGUCCAGAACCUCCAGUGGACACGAGACUUCCUGGGUGCCAUCACUCUGACCUGGUCUCGCCCAAAAAGCCUUCCUCUGGACUCCUGCUACUUCCUGGUUUACUACAGGUGAGUCUUGUCCUGCCUCCUCUUAAUGGUUUGUUCUGAGGUAGAUGUGACACCGACUCCUAGAAUCAGCCAGUGAAACUGGGUGACUGCUCAUUAGCCCUGAUGUGUCUGAUUUUGUGUGAUUGUGCUCAGGCUGGUUGGCACCCAACAGUGGACCAUCAUGGACACUCACAGCAACAAGACCAGCUACCAGCUGACGGUCCUGAAACCUGACACCACCUACCAGGUCAAGGUGCUGACUCAGUGUCUGAGCAAGCUGCACAAGACCAACGAGAUGAUCACAGUCAGGACACCAGAGGGCCGUAAGUAUCUCUUUUUUUUAAAUCAACACCUGUCAGCAUUUUUUUAAGGAUUCUGGAUUUAUUGAAAUUCUGAAGCACCUCUUUCAUGGACCCAAGAAAUCAAAGCUUCAAAACUUUGGGCCACAUGAGGAAUUCAGAAAGCUAUCUCAUCUAACAACACUUUCACACAUGUACUCUUUUUUACUUCUGUUGAUAAGUCUGUGAUCUCUUUGGUCCUACAGUGCCUGACCCCCCCAGGAACCUGCAGCUUUCUUGUGACAACGGUGAAGACGGUAAAGUCCAAGUUUCCUGGAGCCCUCCUGAUAAAGGACACGGCCUGAUCAGAGAGUACAUCGUGAGUCUGUCUGAUCAAACUGACUUACAGUCAUCAGUUCAGUUUUACAACACUAGAAAAGAGAUUCAGCCAGUGAAUGUCUGAGUAUGUGUGUCUCAUAUGUGUGUUUGUAGGUGGAGUACAGUGAGCGAGACGGUCUUGAAUGGACGUCUCAGAGAUGCAUAACAACCAGCACAGAAGUGAAAGAGCUGCAGCCGGACACUAUGUACAGAUUCAGGGUAAGGCUCACACACACAGUGUCCCUGAUCAGCUGGAUCAACAAUAAAAACAUAAACAAUAAUACUUUUAUUUUCAUGCAGCAGGAGGAUAAGGCUGUAAUUAUUUCACACUGUUUUUGCUCAUUUUUAUGACAUACAAAUGACACAGGACCAAAAUGCAGUGAUCUGACUCUUGAAAGUGUUCAAUUCUUUAUCAUCCUGAUUAAAUUACACACAAAACACACAACUAAGUCGCCCAACUUUUUGACUGACAGAUGUUUUUGGUGUUACAAAAAGGUGUCAACACUGUACUAUAAUUGCAGACGUAGCCAUUAUAUUGUCUUUCAAAUCUGCUUAAAGGGCUUUUUUUCAAAUACUAAUCAUUUUCGAGGGUUCGAAUAACUUUAGUAAUGUUUGCUAAUAAUCUGGUCUGGUCUGGAUUAGCUGUGUUCAAAUGUCGUCUGCUGUGAUGGUGUUUCUCAGGUGGCAGCAGUGACGAGUCGAGGUGUGGGCAACUGGAGCGAAGUGAAAUCCAUCACGCCUAAAAAAGGUAAGAAGCUCUAGAGAGAUUCUCAUCCAGAAUAAGGUCUGAAAAUCCUGUUCAACACCACCACCUGCUGGUGCAAACAGAAACACUUUCAGUACAUGUACAGAUAUGUAAAUACAGCAUGAGUUUUCCCCUCUGCCCCCUCUGUCUUUAUUUUGUCAAAUAAUUUUGUCGCCUUGUGUUGUCGUUCAAAGUUACAGCAACAUUUGGUUGUUUGAUAGAACUUUUUAUCUUCAGCUUUGGCUUGUUCAGUUGUAAGAAUGUGUCUGUUAUCCAGAUAAUUAAGGAAGAAAACAAAAAUAAUCUGCUGCCAGCAUGACAUGAAAGUAAUGUCAAAUUUACCACUUAAUGACUGUUUUCCUUCUUCAUUAAAUCAGUCUCUUUUCUUUUUUCUCAAAUGAAGCUGCUGCCAAAAUUUAUCAGGCAGGAUUUUAUUUUGGGCUUACAGUCGCAGCACAACGUAGUGUCAUUUUUCCAAUGACAUUAAGUUACCUUUAUUUAGACUUGUGUAACGGAAGAGGUGAUAGAGAGGUGGAUAAUUCCUCCUGAUUUUCCUCUGUCUCUGCUGCAGCUCUGCCUCCUCCAUCUGUGAUCACCGACACCAUCACCACCAACUCCCUGAGCUUCUCCUUCAGCUUUAACUCUCAGUACGAGGUAGGAGCCGCUCUUCAUCAGGUUCACACAGUCACACAGGAAUGUAGGAAAAGCUGUUGAAUUUCUCUUUUUUGGGUUUUGAUUCAGGAUAGCUUCCUCGUGGGUAUUACAACUGCCUUCUCUUUAACAUUGAGGUGAUUAAACAGAAAUGGAAAGAAGGAUUGGAGUAAAAGAUGCAGUCAUUUCUAAAUGAGCAUGGAAACAGCAUCUACCUUAAACGUUACCAAAGGGCUACAGAAAGGAAAAGAGGAUAUAUAUCAAAACAGAGAACCGGUCACAAGAUAAAAGCCUGAAUUGCGUGUUUUCACUCACUGACUCCUUUUAUGACUCAGAAAUGUGACAGGUUUGUCACUGACUGAUGUGACUCCUUUGUCUCUUUCAGGUGAAACAUUACAUAGUGAUUCUGUCCUGGCAGUUUGACUCCCACGUCAAGGAGAACAAGAACUACACCGUCACUGAGACCGUUCUUAAAGGUAGUCUUUGUGCACUGUUAAUGAAUUACAAGGUUUGGACUCAGCUGAGGAUUUGAACGUUGAUUGGUGUUUGAUUUUUUUUAAGCGACAAACCUGACAGCAGGGACGAUGUACGAGGUGGCUGUGUGGGCUCACACCAGUAUAGGAGACAGUCCCACCGCUCUGUCCCAUUAUCAGACCAGUGGCACCCAGCCAGAGCGGCCCCUCUUCAAAGCCCGGGCCCUCAACCAGACUGCCGUGGACUGCAGCUGGAACAUGAACGGACCCCAAACUCAGGUACCACAGAAGAAGAAGACUCACAGGAAAUGAUUCAAAAAAGGAUUUUAGUGAAUGAAUCCAAAAAUUGAUUUGUUUAUCACUAAGCAUGGACAGGUACAAAAUGUCAUUACUGAUUUCUGUCCUCCCUUCUGCCCUCCCUUCCUUUACUCAUUUCUUACGUUCUGUCUUUACUUUCUUUCUUUUUUCUUUCCUCCUUCCUUUCCCCUCUUUUUUUCUUCCUAUUUCUUCCAUUUUUCAUGCUCCCUUCCAAUCUUCCUUUCUGUCAUUCUUCUCUUUUCCCUUCCCUUUGUCCUUCCUUUCCCUUUUUUCCUUCUCCUUUCCAACCCUCCUUCCUUUCUUUUCCCUCUCCUUCUUUCUUACUAUUCUUUCCUUCUUCAUUCUUUCCUUUCUACCUUUCCUUCUCCAUUCCUUCCUUCCUUCCUUUCCCCCCUCCUUCAUUCUCCAUUCCUUCCUUCUUACCUUUCCUUCUCCAUUCUCUCUGUACUUCCUAUCUUUCCUCUUUUCUUUCCUUCCUUCCUACCAUUCCUUCUUCCCCCUACUACCUUUCUUCAAUUCUUUUUCUUACAUCAUUCCUUCUUUCCAUUUCUUUCCUUCUCUCUUUCCCCUUCUCCCCUUUCCCUUCCUUCCAUUCUUUCCUUCUUCUUUUCUAUCCUUCCUCCCUCCUUUCCUUCCUCUCCCCUUCCUUCCUACCCACCUUACUUGAUCCCUUCUUCCUUUCUUCCUUUAUGUAUCUCCUCUGUUUGUUUGUGUACAGGUGUAUGGUGUGUUUUAUGCCACCUCUUUCCUGGAUCUGUACCGUAGUCCUCGUCUGCUCAGCACCUCGACUCUCAGCCUGACAGUCACCGUGGACAGUGAUGAGCAGUAUCUCUUUCUGGUGAGCUUUCAUUGUCUUCUUAUUACAAGAGCCAGAUCUGUUUGUGCCUUCCCUCUUUGUCUUGAAAUCUAACUCAACUGCCGCACAACUAAGUUUUCAUGCUGAGUUUGUGCAGUGACAUUAUCUGGUUUUAAUUUGGGAGAGACCUCCAGGCAGAUGUGUGAACUCCUCACGUCAUGGGUGAAACUCUUGUCACAUCCAAAUAAAACCUUGGAGUGCUGAAAAAGUUAAAUUGAAGAAAGUCAGAACUGAAGUGGGAAGUAUUCAGUGUGAACAUUUGUGUGAAUCAGGUGAAAAUGGGACUUGUGAUCUCCCCGACACCUCUCACAAAACCUGUUUUAAUGGGGAGCAGUGAACAGUUGCUAAAUUAGUGUUUGAAAUUAAAACACUUCAAUAAGUGAAACCGCAGGUGAUGUGCCCUCUAAUUUCAGAUCUGUGGAUUCCAGAUCUACCUUUGUUUAAAAGACAAACCUUGUUUUCUUUCAUACAUACUCAUAAACUUCUACUUUGUUUUGGUGUAAAAUUAAAGUACUCUGAUUCUGAUUUUUUAAAGAUGGUAUUACUGUUUUCACAGUGUUGUCACACCUGCAUGAUGAAACUCAUUUUUGUAUUCAUAUCUUCAGAAGGAGGAUGCUCCUGCCUCUGUAAAAACUGCCUCUGUAGUGAAUAUAUUUAAUUACACAAGAUUUGCAAACAUAAAUUGUUUUAAAAGUCGGUGAAAUUGGAGAAUUAAUAUUCGAAGUCUUUUUGUAUAAUUUUGUCACACACCUCGAAGACUUGGGAUUUUUUUAUCCCUGACUGAACGUCUUCUCUCUGUCUACAGGUGCGAGUCAUCUCCCCCUUCCUGGGUCCUCCCUCUGACUAUGCUGUGGUGAAAAUGAUCCCCAAUGAGAGGCUGCCCCCCAGGAACCUUCACCGAGUCAAAGUGGACAAAACACAGGCCACACUGAAGUGGCAGCCACCAUACGACGCCCCGAACGCGCCUCUGGUACAAGUUUUUCACAUGCCCAUUUUUCUAAAUUUCCACAAUUUAAUCUUUUUUUGUAUUAUCUUUACCUCCUUUUUCUUGCUGUGUUUGUUUAUGCAGACAUACGCAAUCCACGUGCGCGAUGCAAUCCGCAAGCAGGAGCGGGACUACAAGCUGACCACCAAGAACAACACGGUGGAGUAUCAGCUGAAAGGCCUGGAGCCUGGAGGACGAUACAGCAUCUCUGUCCGCCUGAGAAACAUGAGCAAGGAGGCCAGCUUCACUCUGAGCACAGGUGCGCCGACAGCAUUCAGCAAGAUAGACAGGAGAGUAAAACUCUCUUUAAAUAGGCACAAACUUUGAGCAGAACCAGACUCAUGUUAGACAGUCAUCUGCUGAGACCAUGAUGUGAUUGAAAAUGGACAGACUGACGCAGAUGAAGAAAGACAGCGGUUCAAAAGACAGAAAGGAUAAUAUUUGCAGCAGUGUGAGUCACACAGGUCCACAGCAGCCAGACGUCUGCAGCAGCAAUCCAGAGAAAAAGAAUUUACAGUCAGUGACUUCAGUCAGAAAUGAGGAUUUACAGUGACAGACAAGGAGGGAGUGAAAAACAGGAGUGGUCUCAGCAUAUAGCAGCAUAACUGAGGACUGGUCCAAGCCUGGGUACAUGGUGCAGUCCUGAAAGACUUCUGCAAAAGCUGCAUGCUGCACGCUGCAAACAUACAACUAAAAGAAACAAAAGCUAAUGCACAAGAGACAAAACUCAACAAAAUCAAACAGGUGCACGUCUGCAUGACUGAGCUAUCUGAGAAAACAGUUUCAGUUCAGGGUCAACAUUACUCCAGUCCAGACUAGUGACUUACAUUUUUUCAGGAAUCCUACAGAUCACGGGAAUCCUGUGGGAUGGGAGUCGACUUAACUAUUGAUCUUGUGAUUGAGACGGUACAGGAUGAAAAAAAUAAUCGGAGCAGACAGGAGCCGCCAUUUUGUGGUAUUUCCAAUAAGUCUACACUGUAACACAAGUCAAAUGAGCUACAAUGCCCAGCCCAGAAUCCAACAGUGCUUCCGGCCGCUACUUCCCACCGGUGAUUCAGAGAACAGCAAUGGAAGAAGCUAACAGCAGCAGGGAAAUUGAUGAGAAAACAUGAUUCACAACGGAAAGUUUACAGGAAGGACUCAUCUAUCAGGCUGACAGAACUGACAGGAAAGUCUCAAAUUUUUAUGAACUUUGUGAGAGUCGAGUUAAUACAGGUGCUGCUAAACAGGGACUUAGCUGCUGGUCAUCCACAGAAAAACUGUAGGGACCACAGGCCAUGUAUUAUUUACAUAAUUUACAUAUUAUUUUUGUGCCCUUGAAAGUUUUUGUUUGGAUAGAGGCAAUAAAUGCCCCCCAAUAUUACCGCAGAUUAAGUGUUCCUGUUGCCAUAUCUUAUAAAAAUAAAACUGUAGAACUCAAGGUAACCUAAGAAAGAAUGGGGAGAAAACCAAACCAAAUUCAGUGUAUUGCCUAAAAACUAAAAAAAGUAAAAUAAUGAUAAUAGUAAAUAAUGGGAGCAGUACAGGGAAGGGAUUUUGUUUUUCUUUUAGGCAGAAACACAUCAGUUUGUUUGCAGACAUUAACGUCCCUGCAGAAAGCUGCUGCAUCACUCAAAUGAAGUUUAAUGUUGCAGGGAAAACUACAGCAAGGAGUCAAGAAAAAAAACAGGUCAUUUCUCUUCUAUAUGAGGCAGCAGCCUUUAAUAACAUGUAGGGGGAAAAUUUGAAAGAUUUCCAUCUCCAGAGCUCUUUCAAAAGGAGAGUGGUUUGCUGGGCUCUUAGGGAACCUCUUCAAAGCUUUUUCUAUAUUGGUAUUUUAGUCACAUGUGGGACAGUUUUUCCAAGAGGUCAUUCAAAAUGUUUUUUGUGCUCAAAUGUUGUGUGAAUGAUGUGGAAAAACAUGAAACUAUUCAUGCAAAAAAGGCAGGAAGAGAUAUGGUAUGAGAUGUUCAAAUCUGGUUCCCUUCUGCAUUUGAUGCGGGGAGUUUCUCAUUGCUCAGAUGUGUCAUCAGUCCUGUAGCUCAGCCAUCAAGGUUCACUCAACAUGUUCCUCCUAAUAAGCAUACACUUUAAAAUUACACACUCUCCUCUUGCUGCAGUUCCUCUCCCAGCUCCAGAGGCUCUGAAGAUUUUGACGGAGAAAGAUCACGUGUUUCUUUUUUGGAAGAGUCUGGCAGUCAGGGAAAAGGGCUUCAACGAGAGCAGGGUGAGACUAUUCUCUUUUUCUUCACAUUGUCAUGACUCUCUCUUCACCUUUCUGCGGGGUUUUCUUGAAGGUUUUAUCACCCUUUUUUCCACAGUAACACUUUGCGCACUAGGUUGGCUGUCAGAAUCUACUACUUCACUUGUCCACCUAUUUGAAAAAACAGUUUUUUUUUUCUUUUGACAAGAAAUAUUGUAAAAUCCAGCCGACACCAAUGCUAAUCAAAAAAUCUGAUUUAACUGAGACCAGGAAGUAAAACAUGACUUAUUUGAAAUUAUAGCGGACGACCAAAUCAAGUCAGACUAAUGUGAUACUCACACCUUUUGGCGCUCUUUAAUUAUCAUUUUAAACAGACAGAUCAAAUCCACACAUGAAGCUGAAUCAGAGUCUGAAUGAAGCAUCUUCAUCACUCUGAUGUUUUCUGCUCUUCAUAUCUUCUUCUGUCAACAGGGGUAUGAAGUGCAUGUUUAUGACAGUGUGACCAACCAGACGUCCUACCUGGGAAACACCACAGAGACGUAUUUCAGGAUCAGCAGUCUGCUGCUGGGACACAACUACACCUUCUCUGUGCAGGCUCGCUGCCUGAUCAGUGGUCAGCUGUGUGGAGAACCUGCACUCCUGCUCUACAACCAGCUGGCUGCAGGUAUGUCAGAUACUCAGAGACUGUGCGGAUAGGGGUGGCAUCUCCGGACUGUUUGACUUUUAAAAUCCAUCAUGUUUCGCCCAACUCAUCCAUCACCUAACAUAUGAGCUACUACUGGUUAUUUUGUUACAAGUCUGCAACAGGUGCACUGUAAUUCUCGCUGCCUCCAUGGGUCUUCCUCAUUUUCAUUCAUACAUUUUUCCUGAUGCAUGUUGACAACGGAGACAGAACCAGCAGAUGAGGCCACGCCAUUUCCAUAUUUGUUGUUUUUGCUGCUUGUAGACCCACUGCUGACAUCUCUAUGUACAAACCUUUUCUUGUUGGACAAAGCUUUGAGGGCAACAGUCCAGAUUUUGUAUUAAUGAUAAAGAAAUGAUUGAAAAUGAAGCUGCAACUGACUGUCUCCACAUACCAAACAUAAGUAAAAUCACACGCGCAAAUGAAUUUCAUGUUAAGUCAAUGCAAAGAUGCGAUUAGACGCUCCUACUACUCUGGCAGUGCGAAUGACAUGUAUUGGGCGGGAGUUGAAAAUGUCUCAACCUGAGCGAAUAUUCGCGUCGUGAUAACUUAUCAGCAUGAAGGUUGCUAGGUUACAUAUGAAAACGUACGGUUGUUCACUGGUAUCUAAAAUGGAGGACAAAUUGAUCGUGUCGGUGUGUGGGUGCCCUGAAUUUUAUGAUACCCUUUCUUUCAAUUGCUGAAAUAAUAAAUUACAGAAUAAAAAGGAGCUCGCCUGGAUGCAAGUGAGUGAGGAGGUCGGAUUACCUGGUAAAUUGUAAAAAACCUUUGUCAUUCACUUGAUCCCACUGGUUGAAUUAACAGGGAUUACUGUUGAAAUUACUGUUGAGUGCGAAUGAAGCAAGUAAAUACUAUUCAUUCACACGUCUAGAUUAGCGCGAAUUAUUUGAGUAGAUGAUUUUACCCGUGCUUGGUGUGAGCGCCCCAUUAGAGUACUGUGAACAUCUUCUUUGUUCUGAUGAAUUAGCUUUAAAGACCUUCUGACCUUUCCAGGUGCCAGUGAUGGCUCCCGCGCUGAAGGCCAUUCAGGGGACAUGGCGGCAGUGGUGGUCCCGGUCCUCUUCCUCCUCCUACUGGGCAUGUGCGGCGGCUUGGUGGCGCUCUACCUCCGACACCGCAGGCUGCAGAACAAUUUCACCGCCUUCGCAAAUUCCCAUUACAACUCCCGCCUGGGCUCGGCCAUCUUCUCCUCCGGGGAUGAACUGGGUGAGAUUUCUCAGACCUUUCUGUUGAUGUGUGUGUUUCUGCUGGCUGCCCCGGUGUUCAGGUUCUCACACGAGUAAGGGAAGUCUGAUGGGGAUCAUUGUCAGGUGGCUCAUAAAGGGUUUAAGUUUUCGAUGCAGAAUUCAACUAGGAAAAAGAAAGAAAAUCUUGUGAAACUUCAAUAAUUGAGUUUCUAAAUUCCUGAAUCCAUAUCAAACAUCAGAGUGAAAAUGCUUCUUUUCAUUUCACCAUUACAACACUGAGACCUUUAGAGCCUCUUAAGAGCUUUCAUCACUUCUCUUUGAAGCUCUUGUCAAGGCUAAAAGACUUUGUACUAAGCUUAUCUUUUUUCAAAGAUCUAGUCCCAACUUUUAGGGAAUUUCUAAACAAAUAGUCAUGUUUAUAAGAAUUUCUUAGAUUUUCCCCAUCAGGUGCAUCUCUGUGAAUACAACCACAUGUGUUUAGGAAGCUUCUUCUACAAAUCAGGAGUAAAGAAAGUAAAGGCUGCUUGGUUUUUUAUCCUGGAAAUGAGAAGUUAAGUUCUUCAAUCAGUCAAUCAAUCUUUACUUCUAUAGCCCCAUUUCAGUAACAAGUGUUAUCCCAAGACUCCAAACAAAAAAAGCUGGUCUGGAUCAUAAUCUAUUUUCAAAGGUCCAAUAUAAAGAUGGGAUAAGAUUGAGUCCCAUCCUGUAAGACCAGACCCCCUCCCAUAUCAUCUUCAACCACAUGAGUUCAGUACUUAUUUAUUUAUACAGCAUUUAUUAAGUCACAGUGAAGAGGGAGAACUUCCUUUAACAGGCAGAAACUUCAGGCAGGACCAGACUCAUGUUAGAUAUCUGCUGAGACUGAACUGGGUUUAGAGAGGAGAGAGAGGGAGAUGGAGAAAAAGAGAGAGAUGGAUGGAGGAGAGGUUAAGGCAUGUUGUUGAAGCAGCUGGAAUGCAGGCAGGUCCACGGUAGCAGAACAGCAGCGAUCCAGAGGAACCUACAGCAUGAUGGAGCUCAGGGACACAAAAACUGAAGAAGAAAAUCACUCCAAAACCCUGAAGAGAACCGCUAAGUUAGUGUUACCUCUGUGAAUGAUGUAGGCUGCAGACAUUUUCUUUUACUCACCACUUUUCUCUCAUCCUCUCCAGGUGACGAUGAUGAAGACGCCCCCAUGAUCAGCGGCUUCUCAGAUGACGUCCCCAUGGUCAUCGCGUAGCACGACAUUACCCCUAUACCUUUUUCUCUCUCCCUUUCUCCCCCCUCUCUUCCUCCUCCCCUUUCGCUCUCAUCUGCGGCGAAGCGGUACGAUGGAGUAAAGAUGAAAAACUCUGCCGCUGUUCUAAACCCGUUGAUAGGAAAACAUCCCGAUUAGCAGGAGACAUGAAGAAAAACGGAAAAGUAUAAACAGAGAAAGAGAUAUUUUUCAAAUAUACAAUGCACUUUUUUGGAUGCGCAAUAACUUAUUUUUUAUAAUGUAAAAAAAGUAUAUAUAUAUGGGGUCAAAUGAGGACUGUGAGGAACAGGUGGACACUGAAGAAACUGUGAAGGAUUUGAGUUUGUGGAGCUUGCCCAGGGAAGGAGAGACCCUAUUUAUAAUGCAAACUCACUAUCCAUAGGAGCAGUUCAUUGCUUAAAGCCAAAAUAAGCAUCCAGAGACUGUAAUAUAGAAAGCAAAAAACACACACACUUUGAAAAAAUAGACAUAGACAAAUGCUGUAUACUAUAUGUACAAAAGUAAAACUAUUGGAGAAGUCAUUACAUAUUUUGGUUAUAGUACAGUGUGUACUUAAGCAGUAUAUGUAACAUUGGUGUCCAGUAAGAAGCAGAUUGAUUAUUUAAAGGGGGAAUCUGUUAUUUUUCAAUCUUGGCCUGUUUUUGGAAAUAUUUCGGUGUCUUGAUGACUUAAAAUUGUGAUUUGCUCAAUUAGAUUCUUAAAGCUUUGCAUCCAUGAAACAUGCUGUGCCAGCUGUUAGAGGUCUGAAAAUGUCAAACAAAUGCACAAAUGUUGGCACUGAUCUGAUCAAACUGUUCAUGAAACCCUUUGACAACAUUACAAAAAGGAUUUUUAUACAGAUUAGGCUUUUUUGCGAAGGGGUAAGUUGCUUUUAUUGAUAAAAGAACAGCUGUAAAAUCCCACUGUGCAGUGCUUCACCAGACUCCUUUCAUAAAAACAAUGAUUUUACCUCACAAUGCACAGGAGAUGCUGGUUUGAAGCCAUCUGUAAUGUGUUUGUUAUUUGAUUUGUUGUAUGACAUGGAGAUUUUAGAGAGCUGGCUUUAAAUCAGCAGAGCACAAGUUUUCAAACCUUUCCCCCACAAAACUGUGCUAGUAGUAAACAUUUUAUUUCUGGUAAAAUGAGUGUUUUUGUCAAUGGGGUUUGGUGGCUUUGAAGUGAGCCUUGAAAUAACGUUUUUUCUGAACAAAAACUUUAUUUCUGUAAAGAUCCUUUGUGUAAUUUUGUCAGACACUCAACAAUUUGAGCCUUUCAGAACUUUUGUCUGGCAUUGUGCAGCAAUGAAAGGAAUAGUUUGGGGUUUUUUUCAAGUGGGAUUGUAUGAAGUGCUCAUCAACAGUAAGUCCAUGACCCAUAAGAAAUUCUGUUUAGCUUUUUUGAGCUGCAUCCAACAAGAGCAAAAACAAAGCUCUGAAAAGUUUUAAACGUUGGUUACACCUACACUGAAAUAAAUGCGAGGCUCUUCACAUAACAUCAUGAACUUUCUUAAGAAUAAGUGAUUUGGUACAAGCUGUGAGCUGACCGGCACCCCUCUGUGGAUAAUACACCCAUUUUUAAUGCUCACCUCAUACAAACCCCUUCAAAAAACACAAAAUAACCCUUUAAGGUUUGCUUUGCAGCUGCUGGAGCAUUUCAAACUGUCAUACAAAACAGGAACUGAGUUUGAAAAUCCCAGAUUUCCCCUUUAGCAGUGGAUCAUUUUGUGUACCAUUCACACACUUUCAGUUGUUUGUCUGUUUGAAUGAUCACCAGUUUAGAAACGGUUGUUACCUGUAAAUCUACAAAGUCUUUUCCACUCAGCGCAACCAAACAGCUCAGUGACUGGGUCGACCAGUGGCACCAUGCAGUGUCCUCAUUGAAACACCUUUGUUUUCUCACCACCAGCACACUGUUGUUUGUCUGCCUGUAAAGGCAACACAUGUACCAUGAAAAAAUUCAUGGCUUUGAGGGUGAAAAACCCCAUCUGAAAUAUUUGUAAAUAUUGGCUUUUAAUAUGUCCUCUCCUUGUUAUGCUGCACCACAUUACUCUGUGUUUUUCUUUUUUUUUUUUAAUUGUUCAGGACCACAUGUUUUGUCCCCAGCUUUUUGCCAUAGCUGUAGUCAUAAAGAAAGUGGGUUCUCAGGGAACUGUGUCGGAGCAGACACCCGCGCAGCAGCACCAUCACCCCCAUGGCUUAGGCAGCACCGUCCAUGGACUGCUGAAUAAAUCUUGAUAGAGGUACUGGAUCAGCUGACGUAGUAAAUGCCAGAUGCAGGUUAUUUUUCAGAAGUCAGACCACCGUUUAAAACUUCUGAGUUGCUUCAGACAAAAUUGCUCAAAACAGGAUUUGACGGGCCUGUCGUGGUGUUUGGUAAAAGUGUGAGAAUUCAACCACAAAAAGUCUGUCCAGAAACAGUUUACCUGCUUUUAUGAAUUUUAACUGGAACACUCAAUGAAAACUUUAAUCUCGAUGUAAACAUUUCUAAUUUAAUAAAAAAGUUGUCAGAAUUUGGUCCAUACAGAUAUAAGUACACAAGAUGCUGUUUCUGGGAAGAUUAGGUCUAUUUUUCAUAAUAUGAGUUUCAUGCUCUGCCAGACACCACUCAUGUAAGGGUUUAUAGCCCAGCAUAAUUGUUUUGUCAUUGCUUUAUUUGGAUUCUUAUUAAAAAAAAAGUUCUGUCCCUGUCCGGUCCCAGUGUCAGGAUAGUGAUCAGAGCCUGUAAAGGUGAUGCCACUGAGUACAUAGACUGGUACUGUUGCACAUCCAUGAACAUAUCGGCACAGAAACAUUUGGAGGACUGUGAUUUUUUUGCUCCCCCUGCUCAUGUCACACGGCUGUAGUCCAUUUACUGACGUUUGUGUUUGCCUCUCGGCUUGAGCCAUUUGAACUGAUGGUGUCCUGCUCUCUAUUGUUCUUUGUUUCGUUUGUAAAAAUGUCUCCAUGAAUGUAUUUUAUAUCUGUCAUUUUUAAGGUACUGUCCCAGCUCAUGAUGCUACCAUCACCACCUGUGAAAUUCAUGCACACUCUCUGCUUCAGCCCUUUUUUGUCACCCUCAUAUAUCAAAGUCUUUAAAAACCUUCAAAGUUUCCUUCAGACUUUGGUUGUAACUCCCUGCAGCUCUUUACUCUUCUCAUGACGUUUUUUGUUCGUUUUUCUUGGCCUUAAAAACAGAUUUUCUGGCAUUGAUGCUGUUUUUUUCUGGAGUUUCUGAAUUUCUGUUUUGCCACAUAAUGCCUUAUUAAACUACAUUAGGUUCUUAUGUGAUGAACUGUUUGUAGGGCUGCAAGUAGGAUUAUUUUCACUGUUGAUAAAUGUGCCAAUUAUUAUAAAAAUCAAUUGAUUAAUCAUGUAGAAUGAAAAACGAGAAUGUGUAAAAUUUUGAUGACAAUUUAUAUGGGCCCCAACUUUUUUUUUUUCAAACCAACAGCCCAAAAUCGUGAUUUAUAAUCAUGAAUAACAAAGAAUCGAGUGAAUUUCUGUAAAACCAAAAGCUGGAUCUGUAACUAUCACCCACGUUUUGUUUUAACAGGUAAGGUAAAUUCCUUGAAGGUUAUAAAACUGUUGCUGUCCAAUUUUUUUUGACUGGAGGGGAGUGGAAGUCCCGGCUUUUUGUAAUAUAGAACACAGGUGCACACACGUGUAAACGAACACACCACCACACUCAGCCUGUACACAACGCUCAGGAGGCUGAAAAAGAGCUUACUUUUAGGGCAUUUGAUUGAGUUUGUCAGAUCACUGCACCUUUUUACAUCGGCUGCUGCAAGCCAGUCGCUGAGUCUCUUUAAGUCAGGUUUUACACAUGUACAAAGUAUAAUUAUUGGUUCAUAUGUGACCGUUUUGCUCCCCACUUGUCUUAAUUGUUGACUCUUAAUGUCAAAUAGUUUGCUUUGAAAAUGUUGUUGGGCACAGAGUUUAAUCAUGUUGACCAUGUUUGAAGAUGUUAAUGUCUUGCUUGCUUAUCUCAGAGGUUUCAGGAAAAUGGAGAUGUUUGGAGAAACAGUGUGAGGUGUUUUAAAAACCACUUAUACUGAAAUAAACUUGUUGAAAAUCUAA